AUUCCCAGCCUCGCCUCGGGUGUAGGGAUUGCAAAGAAAAGCAAAACUACACCGUUUCGACCGUGUAGUUUUGUUUUUUAUGGGUAGAGGCUCAACCAUUCUCAUGUUGGGAUUGUUUAAAAUCAUACUCUGGAUAAGGACGUCGUUUAAGCAACUUUCGUUCGGGCUUAGCCCGCUCCUUUUAGGCACUCUUGUGAAAUCAGAGUGCCUGUAAAGAUGACGACAAAAGCGCCGACAUUCACACAGCCGUUACAAAGUGUUGUGGCACUGGAGGGUAGUGCCGCAACCUUUGAGGCUCAUAUUAGUGGUUCCCCAGUUCCUGAGGUGAGCUGGUAUCGGGAUGGCCAGGUUCUUUCUGCUGCAACUCUGCCCGGUGUGCAGAUCUCAUUUAGCGAUGGCCGCGCUAAACUUGUGAUCCCCGCCGUGACAGCAGCUAACAGUGGAAGAUACACCCUACAAGCCACCAAUGGAUCUGGACAAGCAACUAGUACCGCUGAACUACUUGUCACAGCUGAAACAGCGCCACCAAACUUUUCACAACGACUACAGAGCAUGACCGCAAGACAAGGAAGUCAGGUUCGACUUGACGUGAGAGUGACUGGAAUCCCUACACCUGUGGUGAAGUUCUAUCGGGAUGGAGCAGAAAUUCAAAGCUCCGCCGAUUUUCAAAUUUUACAUGAAGGAGACCUCUACAGUUUAAUAAUUGCAGAAGCUUACCCCGAAGACUCCGGAACAUAUUCAGUAAAUGCCACAAAUAGCGUGGGUCGAGCUACUUCAACAGCCGAACUGCUCGUUCAAGGUGAGGAAGAAGCUGUCCCCGCUAAAAAGACAAAGACAAUUGUUUCGACUGCUCAGAUUACACAAACUACACGACAAGCCAGAAUUGAAAAGAAGAUAGAAGCCCACUUUGACGCCAGGACACUUGCAACUGCUGAGAUGGUUAUAGAGAGUGCCACAGGACAACAGCUGACCCACAAGGCAGCUCUUGCCCCACGGAUGCCUCCUAGGCCUUCCUCGAAGUCACCGACUCCACCAAUAAUUGCUGCCAAAGUACAAAUGGCACGACAGCAGUCGCCAUCCCCGGUUAGACAGUCGCCAUCCCCUGUACGACAUGUCAGAGCUCCAACACCCUCGCCAGUCAGAUCUGUAUCUCCUGCUGGAGCGGCAAGACUCUCAGUCUCUACUUCGCCUAUCAGACCUGUGAAAUCGCCACUCUUGGUCCGAAAGACACAGGCAAUGGCAGUUGUAGGCUCUGAGGUUCUUCCUCCUUGGAAACAGGAAGGCUACGUAGCUACAUCUGAAACCAGAAUGAGAGAUACCAGAGUUACUACAAGUACAACCCAGAUGAGAGCUGAAGAGAGAUGGGAAGGGAGAUACGGUGUCCAAGAACAGAUUACUGUUAGUGGCACUGCUGCAGCAGAUGCUGCGAUUGGAGUUGGGGCUAUAAGAAAGGAACAGGUGAAAGUUCCUGUACCUAAGGUAAUAAUUGCUGCUGACACAAUUAAAGAACGAGAACAGAUUUCAAGAGCUAGAGAAGAGAUUUCUACCAAACGAGAAGAAAUUCACAUCGCUCAUCAUGAAAAGAUUGGUGUUGGCAAAAAGGCUGAAGCUGUAGCCACAGUUGUUCACGCAGUUGACCAAGCACGCAUUAGAGAGCCAAGGGAGCCAGAUUAUGCCGAAGAAGCGUAUUCUGAACAGGCUGCUUUGGAAUAUGGAUAUAAAGAGCAUGCAAUAGCAAGGCGUACGGUUGAGUUACCGCCAGAACAUCAUAUUGUCACCAAAGCUGUGAAAACCAAGGAGGUUCAUGUUCCUCCUGAAACACACAUUACAGCUGCUGAAAAAAUGGCCGUAUCAACACAGAUUAAAAGGACUGCAGAAACUUCAGUCGAAAAAUCAGUCCAUGUGGAACACACCCGUCCCCGUACAGCAAGCCCUCAUUUUACAGUUUCAAAAGUUUCUGUUCCCAAACCAGAUCAUACUUAUGAGGUUUCAAUAGCAGGAUCUGCUAUAGCUACUCUGCAAAAGGAGUUGUCAGCAACUUCUGUUCCAAAGAUCACCAAACCCGUGAGGCCUCCUCUUGCAAAGUCACCCGAACCCCGAGUGAUCCCACAGCAAGUCGCCUCGCCACAGUUUCCUUUUGUAGAGACAGCGGCCGACACCUAUCAGAGGCAUUAUGGUGCUGAAAUGAGAAGGGAAAUAGGUGUGACCGUGACAGGUGGUCUGUUGCGGGAACAAGAACGCAUUGAAUUAAUGCAAGAAGGCGAGCCACAGGUGAUUGAAGUUGCUAGAGUUCCUGAACCAGCAGAGGUUCCUGCCACACCCCCUUCCAUAGUAACAGUACUGAAAGAUAUGACUGUUAUGGAGGGAGAAUCCGUCACCCUGGAAUGCCGCAUUUCUGCAUAUCCAGCUCCAACUAUAGCAUGGUACAGAGAAGACUACCACAUUGAGAGUUCCAUAGAUUUUCAGAUUACCUUUGUGGCAGGAGUCGCUCGCCUUGUGAUUCGAGAAGCUUUUGCAGAAGACAGCGGAAGAUUUACUUGCACGGCUACCAAUCAGGCCGGAAGUGUCAGCACUUCAUGCCACCUCAUCGUGCAAGUCUCGGAGGAGUUUGAGAGCAAAGAAGCUAUUUCUACAAAAGUGGUCACAGAAGAAAAACGCUAUGUGGAGUCCAAAGAUGUAGUGAUGGCUGAAAUCACAGCUGCUGCAGAAGAAGUGUCUGGAGAAGCUGCAGCUCCUUUCUUCAUAAGAAAACCAAUUGUACAGAAGUUAAUUGAAGGUGGAAGUGUCAUUUUUGAGUGCCAGGUUGGGGGCAACCCAAAGCCACAUGUUUACUGGAAGAAAGCUGGGCUUCCUCUUACUACAGGCUACAGAUACAAAGUGCUUCAUAAAAAAGAAACUGGGGAAUGCAGACUUGAAAUUUCUAUGACUUUUGCUGAUGAUGCCGGAGAAUACACCAUUGUUGUUCGUAACAAACACGGGGAAGUUUCUGCAUCAGCUUCCUUAUUAGAAGAAGCUGCUUAUGAGGUCUACCUAAAAUCUCAACAAGAAAUAUAUCAAACUCAAGUGACCGCAUACGUACAAGAACCCAAAGUGGCUGUGGUAGCCCCGCCAACUUUGUAUGCUGACUACGAAAAAGAAUAUGAAAAAGAACAAGCUCUAAUUAGGAAGAAAAUGGCAAAAGAUACCGUGAUAGUCAGGACUUUUGCAGAAGAACAGGAGUUCCACAUUUCUUCCUUUGAAGAAAGACUUAUCAAAGAAAUUGAAUACAGAAUUAUUAAAACCACCCUUGAAGAGCUCCUUGAAGAAGAUGGAGAAGAAAUGGUGGUUGACAUAUCUGAUUCUGAAACAGUUGAAUCAGGAUUUGAACUGAGGUUAAAGAAUUACAGAAUCCUUGAAGGAAGUGGAGUGACCUUCCAUUGCAAAAUGACUGGAUAUCCUUUGCCUAAGAUUGCAUGGUACAAGGAUGGGAAGCGCAUCAAGCAUGGAGACCACUACCACAUGGAGGUUCUACAAGACGGCAGAGCCAGUCUGCGCCUGCCUGUGGUCUUGCCUGAAGACGAAGGCAUUUAUACCGUCUUUGCCAGUAACGUGAGAGGAAAUGCCAUAUGCUCUGCAAAAUUAUAUGUUGAACCUGUUGGACCAACUGGGUCUCCAGGUUAUAUCCCAUCACCUGAAAUGAUUAGAAGAUAUCGGUCUCUUUCUCCUCGAUCCCCGAGCCGUUCACCUGCACGCAGCUCGCCUUCACGCUCUCCUGCACGCAGGCUGGAAGAGACGGAUGAGGCACAGCUGGAGAGAUUGUACAAGCCGGUGUUUGUCUUGAAGCCGACAUCCUUUCAUUGUGCAGAAGGGCAGACGGCAAGGUUUGACCUCAAAGUUGUGGGCCGACCGAUGCCAGAAACAUACUGGUUUCACAAUGGUCAACAAGUCCUUAAUGAUUAUACACAUAAAAUAGUGAUAAAGGAAGACGGCACACAGUCGCUGAUUAUUAUUCCAGCUACUCCUGCCGAUUCUGGAGAAUGGGUUGUAAUUGCUCAAAACAGAGCAGGCAAAACAUCCAUCGCAAUGACCCUGACUGUGGAAGCUAGGGAACACUUAGUGACACCGCUGUUCGUUGAAAAACUGAAGAAUAUGUCUGUCAAGGAGGGAGACAAUCUGAAAAUGAAUGUAAAGGCCAAGGGUAACCCUAAUCCUGACAUUGUGUGGCUAAAGAACAGUGACAUCAUCGUACCCCAUAAAUACCCAAAUAUAAAGAUUGAGGGAACCAAAGGAGAAGCUGCCCUGAAAAUUGACUCGACUACCAGACAUGAUGCUGCGUGGUAUACCGCAACUGCCAUUAAUAAAGCCGGACGUGACACUACAAGGUGUAAAGUGAACGUUGAAGUUGAGUUCACUGAACCUGAACCGGAAAGGAGAUUAAUCAUUCCCAAGGGGACAUACAGAGCAAAAGAAAUUGCAGCUCCGGAACUGGAACCUCUCCACUUGCGUUAUGGUCAAGAGCAGUGGGAGGAAGGUGACCUCUAUGACAAGGAAAAACAACAAAAGCCAUUUUUCAAGAAGAAACUCACUUCCUUAAGGCUCAAGCGCUUUGGGCCAGCCCAUUUUGAAUGUAGACUUACGCCCAUUGGUGACCCCACCAUGGUAGUGGAGUGGCUACAUGACGGCAAGCCGUUGCAGGCAGCCAACCGACUUAGAAUGAUUAAUGAAUUUGGAUAUUGCAGCCUUGACUAUGAUGUCUCGUAUCCCAGAGAUAGUGGAGUGAUUACAUGCAGGGCUACAAAUAAAUAUGGCACUGACCACACAUCGGCAACACUCAUUGUUAAGGAUGAGAAAAGCCUUGUUGAAGAAUCUCAGCUGCCCGAAGGCAGGAUGGGACUGCAGCGCAUUGAAGAACUGGAACGGAUGGCCCAUGAAGGGGCUCUUCAUGGAGUUACAGAAGAUCAAAAAGUAAAACAAAAGCCAGAAAUAGUUUUGUUUCCUGAGCCUGCAAGAGUCCUUGAAGGUGAAAUUGCACGAUUCCGCUGCCGGGUGACUGGUUACCCCCUGCCCAAAGUCAAUUGGUAUCUCAAUGGCCAACUCAUUCGUAAAAGCAAAAGGUUUAGGCUUCGGUAUGAUGGAAUCUAUUACCUGGACAUUGUGGACUGCAAAUCAUAUGAUACAGGUGAAGUAAAAGUAACUGCAGAAAACCCUGAAGGCUCAACCGAACACAAGGUGAUAAUUGAGAUUCAGCAGCGGGAAGAUUUCAGAUCAGUUCUUCGCCGGGCACCUGAGCCUAAGCACGAAGCUCCGACGACAGAGCCCGGAAGACUUUUGUUUGACGUUCAAAAGGUUGACAAACCAGUUGAGAAAACUACCAAAGAGGUGGUGAAGCUCAAAAGGGCAGAAAAAGUCAGCCAUGAGAAGGUGACAGAAGAAUCCGAAGAACUUCGCAGUAAAUUCAAACGCAGAACUGAGGAGGGCUAUUAUGAAGCCAUUACUGCUGUGGAGCUUAAAUCACGUAAGAAGGAUGAGUCCUACGAAGAGCUGCUUAAGAAAACGAAAGAUGAACUUCUUCAUUGGACCAAAGACUUAACGGAGGAAGAGAAGAAAGCCCUUAUGGAGGAAGGCAAAAUCACUAUUCCAACCAUCAAGCCAGAGAAGAUUCAACUCAGUCCAAGCAUGGAGGCUCCAAAGAUAUUGGAACGUAUACAAAGCCAGACCAUUGGCCAAGGAAGUGAUGCCCAUUUCCGUGUCCGUGUAGUGGGCAAACCGGACCCAGAAUGCCAGUGGUUCAAAAACGGUGUGCAGAUUGAGAGGUCGGAUCGCAUCUAUUGGUUCUGGCCAGAAGAUAAUGUUUGUGAAUUGGUCAUCAGAGAUGUAACAGCAGAGGACUCUGCCAGCAUCAUGGUGAAAGCUGUUAACAUAGCCGGAGAAACCUCGAGCCAUGCUUUCUUACUAGUACAAGCCAAGCAGCAUAUCACAUUUACGCAGGAGCUACAAGAUGUCACUGCUAAGGAGAAAGAUUCAAUGGCAACCUUUGAAUGUGAAACCUCCGAACCCUUUGUCAAAGUGCAGUGGUACAAGGAUGGUGUGGAGAUUUCUUCUGGAGACAAAUACAGAACGCAUUCAGACAGGAAGGGUCACUUCCUUUCAGUGCUAAUGAUUGACAAGUCUGAUGAGGAGGAUUACAGCUGUGCCCUGGUGGAAGAUGAAUCUGUGAAAACUACAGCUAAACUAAUUGUCGAAGGUGCUAUUAUUGAGUUUAUUAAAGAACUGGAGGAUAUUGAAGUCCCAGAAUCCUUCUCAGGAGAACUGGAAUGUGAGAUUUCACCUGAAGAUAUGGAAGGAAAAUGGUAUCAUAACGAUGUUGAACUCACACCCAGUAAUAAAUAUGUCAUAUCCUCACGCCGAGGUCGCCAAAUCCUCACAAUUAAGGACGUUGCCAAAGAAGACCAAGGAGAAUAUAGCUUUGUAGCAGAUGGAAAAAAGACCUCCUGUAAACUGAAGAUGAAGCCACGACCUGUCACUGUCCUUCAAGGUCUUGCUGAUCAGAAGGUCUGUGAAGGUGAUAUUGUUCAACUUGAAGUGAAGCUUUCCCAAGAAAAUGUUGAAGGGGUCUGGAUGAAGGAUGGUGUUGAAAUUCAACCAAGUGAUCGGGUCCACAUUGUGAUAGACAAGCAGUCUCAUAUGUUGUUAGUUGAAGAUGUAACAAAAGAAGACAGCGGCGCAUACUCCUUUAACAUCCCUAGCCUGCUUCUUUCAACUACUGGUCGUGUCACUGUCUAUAGUGUGGAUAUAGUAAUACCUCUAAAAGAUGUUCAUGCAGUUGAGGGCACAAAAGCCAUCCUUGAAUGCAAAAUUUCAGUUCCGGAUGUAUCUUCAUCCAAAUGGUACCUAAAUGAUGAGCAGAUAAAGCCUGAUGACCGUGUCCAAACAGUCUCCAAAGGUGCUAAACAACGACUUGUGUUUACGAGGACACACGCAUCAGAUGAAGGACACUGUAAACUGGCUGUUGGCAAAGUUGAAACUAGCUGCAAUCUCACAAUUGAAAAAAUCCAGAUUAUUAAAGGACUUCAUGAUAUCACCUGCACUGAAACGCAGAAUGUAACCUUUGAAGUUGAGCUGUCCCAUGCCGGGAUUGAUGUUGUGUGGCAUUUCAAAGACCAGGAACUCAAAGCCAGCCCCAAAUACAAAAUAGAGGCACAUGGCACAAUAUAUAAAUUGACAGUAGUGAACAUGAUGAAGGACGAUGAAGGGGAGUACACAUUCUAUGCUGGGGAGAAGAAGACAUCUGGAAGGCUGGUUGUAGCAGGUGGUGCUAUUUCAAAGCCCCUCACUGAUCUAACUGUGGCUGAAUCCCAGACAGCUGUUUUUGAAUGCGAAGUAACCAAUCCAGAGUCUCAGGGCCAGUGGAUAAAGGAUGGAAAACCACUUUCUAUGACAGUUCACUGUAAAAGUGAAUCCGAUGGUUUGAAGAGGAGGCUUAAUAUUCCAGUCAGCAAACUUGAUGAUGCCGGAGAAUAUACCUUUCAAGUGGCAUCUUCAAAAACAUCUGCUAAGCUGAAAGUGGAAACUGUUAAGAUCAAAAGGACACUGAAGAACCUGACUGUAACAGAAACACAAGAUGCAGUGUUUUCAGUAGAACUUACUCAUCCUGAUGUGAAAGGCGCUCAGUGGAUUAAAAAUGGCGUUGAGCUGCUUUCUAGCGACAAAUAUGAGAUCAAGGUGGAAGGAACUGUCCACACACUGAAAGUCAAGAAUUGUGGUGUACCUGAUGAGUCAGUUUACAGCUUUAAACUGGGAAAGAUUGGAGCCAAUGCCAGGCUCCAUGUUGAAACUGUUAAGAUCAUCAAAAAACCAAAGGAUGUGACUGCUCUGGAGAACUCCGUCGUUUCCUUUGAAGUGAGCGUGUCUCAUGACACUGUCCCAGUCAAGUGGUUCCACAAAAACAUUGAGCUCAAGCCAAGUGACAAAUACAGACUGAGCUCUCAAAGGAAAGUUCACAAGCUGACAUUGCAAAAUAUAUCCCCUGCGGAUGCUGGAGAAUACACAGCAGUAGUAGGACAACUUGAAUGUAAAGCAAAACUAUUUGUGGAAACUGUACACAUUACAAAGACCAUGAAAAAUAUUGAGGUUGCUGAGACCAAAACUGCCUCUUUUGAGUGUGAGGUGUCUCAUUUUAAUGUACCUGCUGUGUGGCUGAAAAAUGGAGUGGAAAUUGAAAUGAGCGAGAAGUUUAAGAUAGUAGUUCAGGGAAAACUCCAUCAGCUCAGCAUCAUCAACACCAGCAGUGAGGAUUCUGCCGAAUACACCUUUAUCUGCGGAAAUGACAAAGUCAGCGCGACCCUGACAGUGAAACCUAUCCUGAUUACAUCCAUGCUGAAAGACAUCAAUGCAGAAGAAAAAGAUACAAUAACCUUUGAAGUGACUGUCAAUUAUGAAGGCAUUACAUACAAAUGGUUAAAGAAUGGGGUGGAAAUAAAAUCCACGGACCGAUGCCAGAUCAGAACUAAGAAGCUUACAUAUUCUCUUUCAAUAAGGAAUGUACAUUUUGGAGAUGGAGCUGAAUACAGUUUUGUUGCUGGAAAAGCUGCUUCAGCGGCCACUUUAUAUGUGGAAGCUCGCCAUAUUGAAUUUAGAAAACACAUUAAAGACAUUAAAGUUGUGGAGAAGAAAAGAGCUGUUUUUGAAUGUGAAAUCUCAGAACCUGACAUUUCUGUUCAGUGGAUGAAAGAUGGGCAGGAGCUUCAGCUUGGAGAAAGAGUGAAAGUUCAAAGGGAAAGAUUUGUUCAUCGUCUUCUGAUUACUUCCACAAAGGUGUCUGAUUCUGGGAAGUACACUGUAGUAGCAGGAGGAAAUAUGUCUAGUGCCAAUUUGAUAGUGGAAGGGCGUGACGUUCGUAUCAGAAGCCUCCAAAAAGAUGUUCAGGUCAUUGAGAGACAGCGAGCUGUGGUAGAAUUUGAGGUCAAUGAAGAUGACAUUGAUGCUCGCUGGUAUAAGGAUGGAAUUGAAAUCAACUUCCAGAUUGAAGAAAGGUAUCAUUAUGUGGUGGAAAGAAGAGUCCAUCGGAUGACCAUCACUGAAACCAGAUAUACAGAUGCUGGAGAAUACACCAUUUUAGCUGGAAAAAACAGGAGUUCCAUUACUCUCCAUGUGAAUGCUCCAGAGCCACCUCAAAUUGUAAAGGAGCUUCAGCCAGCCACCGUGGAGUCUGGGAAACCAGCCCGUUUCUGCGCUGUUGUGUCAGGCACACCUCAGCCCAAGGUCUCAUGGUACAAAGAUGAACAGCCUCUUUCCCCAGGCUUUAAGGUCAAGUUCCUUCAUGACGCCCAAGAAUACACUCUGUUGCUGAUCGAGACGUUCCCUGAAGAUGCUGCUGUCUACACGAUAGAAGCGAAGAAUGACUACGGCGUGGCCACCUCUUCCGCAUCCCUGUCGGUGGAAGUCCCAGAAGUUGUUUCUCCUGAUCUAGAGGUGCCAGUUUACCCACCUACUAUUAUCACACCACUGCGUGAUGCGCUUACUUCUGAGGGACAGCCCACUUACUUUCAGUGCAGAGUUACAGGGACAGACCUCAAAGUCUCUUGGUAUAGCAAAGACAAAGAGAUCAAGCCAUCCCGCUUCUUCAGGAUGACUCAGUUUGAAGACACUUUCCAACUGGAGAUUGCAGAAGCUUACCCAGAAGACGAAGGCAUUUACACCUUUGUGGCCAGCAAUUCUGUAGGCCAGGUGUCAAGUAUGGCUGCGUUGAAACUGGAAGCCCCAGAAAAACUUCUUCAAGAGAAGAUAGAGCAGCAGAUUGAGAUGGAAGUUAAAGUUGCACCAAUCCUGAGGAGAAGACUGGAAUCCCAGGAAGUAGCUGUGUAUCACCUUGCCAAUUUCACUUGUGAGAUCGAGAUGGCGCCAAACGUACGCUUUCAAUGGUAUAGAGCUGGGCGGGAAAUUUAUGAUGGUGACAAAUACACCAUCCAUACAGCUAAUUAUACAUCCACUCUUCAAAUCCCGAGACCUCAAGUAGUUGACUGUGGGGAAUACAGUUGCAAAGCUUCCAAUCAAUAUGGCAGCGUAAGCAGCAAAGCAACCUUAACAGUAACUGAAGCGUUUCCUCCAACUUUCCUAACCAGACCUGAGUCUGUUACUACUUUUGUGGGUAAGAGUGCCAGGUUCCUCUGUACAGUGUCAGGCACCCCUGUGAUAGACACGGUGUGGCAGAAGGACGGCACUGCCAUUUCCUCCACAGAACGCACCAAGAUUUCAGCUGCUGACAAUAAGCACAGUUUAGAGAUUACACAUCUUUCAGUCAAUGACAGGGGGGUAUACACUUGCAAAGCCUCUAACAAGUUUGGAGCAGACAUCUGCCAGGCAGAACUUGCCAUCAUUGAUAAGCCCCGUUUCAUUAAAGAGCUGCAGUCUGUGCAGUCUGCGGUCAAUAAAAAGAUACAUCUUGAAUGCCAAGUGGAUGAAGACCGGAAAGUAACCGUAUCCUGGAGUAAGGAUGGGAACAGAAUACCCCCAGGCAGAGAUUACAAGAUUUACUUUGAAGACAAAAUAGCAUCACUUGAGAUCCCUCUGUCUAAACUUAAAGAUUCAGGGACAUAUACAUGCACUGCUGCAAAUGAGGCUGGGAGUAGCUCUUCUUCUGCAACUGUAACCAUCAGAGAGCCACCAUCCUUUCUGAAAAAAGUGGACCCCUCUUACUUGUUGACUCCAGGAGAGUCAGCACAUCUUCAAUGCAAAAUCAAAGGGUCCCCUGUGAUCCAGGUGACAUGGUUCAAAAACAAUAAAGAAAUUAGAGAGAGUGAUACACACAGGAUAUCUUUUGCCAACAACGUGGCUGUGCUAGAUAUUUCCAAUGUGAAAGUUGACAACACUGGAAGUUACUCAUGUGAAGCAGUUAACGACGCUGGCAGUGAUAGCUGUAGCACUGAGAUUGUUGUCAAAGAGCCUCCUACUUUCAUCAAAACUCUCGAGCCGGCUGAACUAGUGAGAGGAAUAAAUGCCACUCUUCAGUGUGAGGUUUCUGGUACUGCACCAUUCGAAAUCAGUUGGUUUAAAGACAAGAAGCAAAUUCGCAGUAGUAAAAAAUACAGGUUGACUUCCCAAAAGUCUCUUAUCUCUUUGGAGAUUUCUUCAUUUAAUAGUGCAGACGUUGGUGAAUAUGAAUGUUCCAUAGCGAAUGAAGUUGGAAAAUGCAUUUGCAGUGCAUCAUACAUACUGAAAGAACCUCCAUCUUUUGUUAAGAAAAUUGAAGACGUUACUUCUCUCGCUGGAGAUGCAGUUGUUUUACAGGCAGCUGUGAAAGGCUCCGCUCCUAUUUCUGUCACUUGGAUGAAGGGGAAAGAUAUUAUUAAAGAGGAUAACAAAGUCAAAGUGACCUUUGAAAAUGGCAUUGCCACUUUGCAAAUCUCAGAUGUCCAAAUGAGUUCUGGUGGUAAAUAUACAUGUCUGGCUGAGAAUGACGCAGGAAGUCAAACAAGUUUUGGACAAUUAGCAGUUAAAGAGCCUGCCACAAUCGUUGAGAGAGCAGAGUUCAUUCAGGUGACUGCUGGGGACCCAGCAACUUUGGAAUAUACUGUUGCAGGCACCCCAGAGUUAAAAACAAAAUGGUUCAAAGAUGGAAAACCUCUGGUUUCUAACAAAAAGUAUAGAAUCAGUUUUAAGAACAACGUUGCUCAGUUAAAAUUCUAUACGGCCGAAUUGCACGAUACUGGCGAAAUCACCUUUGAAGUUGAGAAUGACGUUGGACGCAGUUCGUGCACCACCACAUUUUCUGUAUUAGAUCGCACCAUCCCCCCGUUCUUUACCAAGCCCCUGCGGAACGCUGACAGCGCAGUUGGUAGCUCCUGCCAUCUUGAUUGCAGAGUAUCAGGUUCUCUUCCAAUAAAAGUUUCUUGGUUUAAACACGACAAAGAGAUCACUGCCAGUGCCAAAUAUAAAGUACGUUAUGAAGAAGGUUCAGCGUCUUUGGAGAUCCAGCGUCUGGAUAUCAAUGAUGUAGGGGUGUAUUCCUGUAGAGCCACAAACUCUGCAGGGAGUAAAGAAAGCAGUAGCACUUUGACUGUAAAAGAGCCACCUAGCUUCGUAACAGAGCCAGAGUCUCAAGACAUAUCACCUGGGUCAACGGUGCGUUUGAAGAGUACUUUUAAAGGAACAGCACCACUCUCUGUAGAGUGGUUUAAGGGUGAUGCUAAGCUAACAACCGGUGGAGCUUGCUACAUCAUGACAGAAGCUUUGUCGAGUUACAUGGAACUUUAUGCAGUAAAACCUGCAGAUUCAGGCGUCUAUUCUUGCAAAGUCAGCAACGUGGCUGGUUCAGUUGCAUGCACUGCAAACGUGUUUGUGAAAGAACCCGCUACUUUCGUGGAGAGACUUGAGCCAUCGCAGUUGAUUAAGAAAGGAGAAUAUGCCCAGUUAGAAUGUAAAGUAAUGGGCACCCCUGAAAUUAAAAUAUCCUGGUUUAAGGAUGAUAGGGAAAUUAAAGACAGUGCCAAGUUCAAGAUGUCUUUGAUAGGCUCCACAGCAGUACUCAGACUGAUGGAUGUCGCCGUUGAAGACAGUGGUGAAUACAUGUGUGAGGCCAAAAACGACGCUGGGAAGGACACCUGCAGUAGUGUUGUGGCAGUAAAAGAAUCGCCAUAUUUUAUCAAGGAAUUUGAACCCAGGGAAGUAUUAAAAGAUUCAGAUGUUAUACUGGAGUGUGAGGUGUUAGGUACUCCUCCAUUUGAGGUAUAUUGGUUAAAGGACAACAAGCCUGUGAGGAGCAGUAGAAAACACAGAAUAACCAUGGAGAAUUCCUUGCUUAGUCUCCAAGUUUUCAAGUUCGACUCUUCAGAUGUGGGCGAAUAUCAAUGCAUGGUAACAAAUGAUGUAGGAAGCUGCGUCUGUAGCUCAGAGGUGGCUCUGAAAGAGCCCCCACAAUUUGUGAAGAGGAUUGAGACCAUUAGCUCUCUUAGAGGAGGCACCAUUGUGUUUCAGGCAACUAUUAAAGGCUCCAUGCCAAUAACAAUCUCUUGGUUGAAAGAUAAUGACGACAUUGUUGAAGAUGAUAACACAAAAAUGACUUUUGUGAACAAUGUGGCAACUCUCAUGAUCAGGGCCAUUGAAGUAAAGCAUGAUGGGAAAUAUUUUUGUCAGGCUAAAAACGACGCCGGAAUCCAAAGAUGUUCUGCUUUACUAACAGUGAAAGAGCCAGCCACGAUCACUGAUAAAGCUGUUUCAAUUGAUGUCACUGAGGGUGAUCCAGCCACCUUGCAGUGUAGAUUUUCAGGAACGAAAGAUAUUACCGCCAAAUGGUUCAGAGCUGGGAAGGAGUUGACUUUGGGACCCAAAUAUAAAAUCAGUAUCACCGACACAGUCUCCAUGCUGAAGAUUGCUUCAACAGAAAAGAAAGAUAGUGGCGAAUACACAUUUGAGGUUUCAAAUGAUGUUGGAAGCAGCAGCUGUAAAGCUAGCAUUAAUGUAUUAGAUCUGAUCAUACCACCCAAAUUCACCAAAAAGCUAAAGAAAAUGGACAGCAUUAAGGGCUCUUUCGUCCACCUUGAGUGCAUAGUGUCUGGUUCCCAUCCAAUAAGUAUCCAAUGGUACAAAGAUGGUCAAGAAAUAACUGCUAGUGAAAAACACAAAUACUCCUUUCAUGAUAACAUGGCAUUCUUGGAGCUCAACCAGCUUGAAGGUAGAGACAGUGGAUCUUAUACCUGCGAAGCAACAAACAAAGCAGGAAAAAACCAGUGCAGUGCAUAUUUAACCGUCAAAGAACCUCCAAGUUUUGUUGAAAAACCACAGUCACAAGAUAUCAUACCUGCUGCUAGAGUCCAGCUCAAAGCCCUGGUGAGCGGCACUCCUCCCAUACAAAUAAAGUGGUUCAAAGACAGCAAAGAACUCCUGACGGGAGCCUCUCGCUCAGUUUAUAAGGAUGACACUUCAAGUGUACUAGAACUCUUUUCAGCCAAGACAUCUGAUUCAGGAAACUAUAUCUGCCAAAUAAGCAAUGAUGUUGGGUCAACAACCUGCAAAGCAACCCUCUUUGUGAAAGAGCCCCCCAGGUUUGUUCAGAAGCCUAGCCCUGUAGUAGUUUUGAGAAAAGGGCAAUCUACCACUUUUGAAUGCCAGGUAGCUGGUACACCUGAAAUCCGUGCAACUUGGUACCUAGAUGGGAAUGAAGUUACGGACCACGCUAAAUAUGGAGUCUCAUUUGUAGACAACAUUGCCACUUUUAAAGUCACCAAUGCUAAGGUGGAAAACAGUGGGACUUAUAUUUGUGAAGUUCACAAUGAUGCAGGUAGUGAAAGCUGCAGCAUUGAACUGAAAGUGAAAGAACCUCCCACAUUUAUAAGGGAGCUGAAACCCGUGGAAGUAGUGAAAAGUUAUGAUGCUGUCUUAGAAUGUGAAGUCACAGGCACCCCUCCGUUCGAAGUAACCUGGCUGAAGAACAACAGUGAGAUUCGAAGCAGCAAAAAAUAUACCAUGACUGAUAGACAAUCUAUAUUUGGCCUUCAAAUAAUGAGCUGUGAUUUUCAAGAUGCUGGCGAAUACCAGUGCAUUAUAGCAAAUGAAGGAGGCAGUUGUUCAUGUAGCACAAGGGUCACUUUGAAAGAGCCCCCAUCCUUCAUCAAGAAGUUAGAAAAUGUACGUGCUGUUUUGAAAAGUUCCGCUGUUUUUCAAUGCACAGUGGCUGGUUCCCAGCCUUUAACAGUGUCUUGGAUAAAAGAUGAAAGAAUCCUUGAAAAUGAUGAGAACUUCCACAUUACCUUUGAGAACAAUGUGGCAAGAUUGAAAAUCAAGAACGUUCACCUUAGUCACAGUGGGAGAUACACCUGUCAGGCCAAGAAUGAGUCAGGAGUUGAAAAGUGCUUUGCUUUGCUUUUAGUACAAGAACCUGCUCAGAUAAUAGAAAAGGCUAAAUCAGUUAAAGUGACUGAAAAAGACCCCGUGACUCUGGAAUGUACUGUGGCUGGAACGCCAGAACUUCAAACCAAAUGGUUCAAAGAUGGCAAACAGCUCAUGCCCAGUAGAUAUUACACUAUGAGCUUUGAUAAUAAUGUGGCCAGUUUUAGGAUUGAAUCCGUGAUGAAGCAGGACAGUGGUGCAUACACUUUUAAGGUUGAAAAUGAGUUUGGAAGCAGCACCUGUGAGGCUGUUCUGUCAGUACUAGAUCAAUCAAUUCCUCCCUCAUUUACCAAAAAACUACCAAAAAUGGAUAAAAUUCUGGGAUCAUCCAUUCAUAUGGAGUGUAAAAUUUCUGGCUCACUCCCUAUUACGGCAAAAUGGUAUAAAGAUGGAAAAGAGAUCCCUGACAGCGCCAAAUACAGGAGUCUGUGCCAUGAAAACACUGUAUCACUAGAGGUUAAUUACCUGGAAUUGACAGAUUCUGCAAAUUAUACUUGCAGCGUGACUAAUGUUGCAGGAAGUGACUCAUGUAGUGCCGCCUUAACAGUGAAAGAGCCACCAAGCUUCCUGGCAAAACCAGAAAGCCAGCAAGCUGUACCUGAUUCAACAGUGGAAUUUAAAGCUGCUUUAAAGGGAACACCGCCUUUUAAAAUAAAGUGGUUUAAAGAAGAUUUAGAACUUGUGCCUGGACCUAACUGUUUAUUUGGGAUUGAAGGGUCUACUGGUUUCUUAAAUCUUUAUUCAGUGGAUAUAUCAAAAAGUGGGAACUAUACUUGCCAAGUUUCCAAUGACGUUGGCAGUGAUUCUUGCACAACAACACUGAAUGUAACAGAACCUCCAAAGUUUGUUAAGAAGCUAGAGCCGUCAAAAGUUGUGAAACAGGGUGACUCCACACGACUCGAAUGUAAAAUCAGUGGCACUCCAGAAAUCAAAGUGGUAUGGUACAGGAAUGACACUGAACUCCAUGCUAGUGAAAAGUUCCAGAUGUCAUUCACAGAUUCUGUGGCAGUAAUUGAAAUGAGACAUCUUGGUGCUGACGAUAGUGGCGAUUACAUAUGUGAAGCACAGAAUCCUGCUGGCAAAGCAAGCUGCAGCACAAAACUUCUAGUAAAAGAACCUCCUGUAUUUAGCAGGAAGCCAUCUCCACUACAUACACUCAAAGGCACUGAAGUUAGCCUUGAGUGCGAAAUUUCUGGGACGCCACCAUUUGAAGUCACAUGGUAUAAGGAUAAGAGACAAAUCCGCAGCAGUAAAAAAUACAAGGUCACAUCCAAGAACUACCAUGCGAGUGUGCACAUUCUGAAUGUUGAAGCUUCUGACAUUGGUGAAUACCAGUGCAAAGCUCAGAAUGACAUUGGAAGUGACACUUGUAUUUGCACUGUAAAACUAAAAGAACCACCAAAAUUUGUGACCAAAAUAAACAACCUUACUGUGGUGGUGGGUGAACAAGUAGAGUUACAAGCAACGGUGGAAGGCUCUCAACCAAUUUCAGUUCUCUGGCUGAAGGACAAGGAAGAGGUCAUUCGAGAAAGUGAAAACACAGCAAUCACCUAUGUGGGAAAUGUUGCCACUUUACAGCUUGCCAAAGCAGAACCAGCAAGUGCUGGGAAGUAUAUCUGUCAAGUCAGUAACGAUGCUGGAACCCGGGAGUGUAUGGCCACUCUAACAGUUCUAGAGCCAGCUGUCAUUGUAGAGAAGGCAGAGCCAAUGAAGGUCACUGUAGGAGAUAUUUGUACCUUAGAGUGCAAAGUGGGUGGUACACCUGAACUUUCAAUAGGCUGGUUUAAGGAUGGAAAAGAACUGACAAGUAGCGACAAAUACAAAAUUACCUUCUACAACAAAGUGUCGACACUUAAAAUUCUUGAUUCUGAAGGGGAAGACAGUGGCUUAUAUACCUUUGAGGUACAGAACAAUGUUGGCAAAAGCAGCUGUACCGCAUCAGUUGAUGUUCUAGAUCGGAUUAUCCCACCUUCAUUCACAAGAAAACUUAAAGAAACCCAUGGUGUACUAGCUUCAUCUGUCGUUCUUGAGUGCAAAGUGGCUGGGUCCCACCCAAUUACCGUUGCUUGGUUUCAUAAUGGCCAUAAAAUCACUAGUGGGGAAAAACAUCAAAUCAGUUUUUCAGACAACGUUUGCGGUUUGCAAAUCAGUUCACUGAAGUCAUCGGAUACAGGAACAUACACAUGUAAAGCUGCUAAUGUAGCAGGCUCCGAAGAGACCAGGGCUAUUUUGACCGUGCAAGAACCACCCUCUUUUGUGAAGGAACCUGAAUCUGUGGACAUUUUGCCAGGCAGAAGUGUUACAUUUUCUGCUGUUAUUAGAGGAACGCCACCCUUUAAGGUGAACUGGUUUAGAGGGGUCAGUGAACUGGUACCAGGUGAUAAAUGUAACAUCUUUUUGGAAGAUUCUGUCACAGAUCUGGAGCUUUUUGAUGUAGAGCCGCUCCAGAGUGGAGAUUAUACCUGCGUUGUGACUAAUGAAGCUGGCAAAGUGUCUUGUACAGCACAUCUUUCUGUAAAAGAACCAGCCGUCUUUGUGAAGAAAGUCAGUGACCAUUGCGUCGAACCAGGCAAAUCCAUCAUUCUAGAAAGCCAGUACACUGGUAGCCUUCCUAUUUCAGUCACAUGGAAGAAGGAUGGUGUAACUUUAAGUCAAUCUGAAAAAUGCAAUAUCACCACAACGGAGAAGUCAUGCAUUCUGGAAAUUCUUAACAGUACAAAGGAUGACCAAGGGGAAUACACAUGCAUGGUGGAAAAUGAGGCUGGAGAAGAUAUUUGUGAAGCGCUAGUAUCCACUUUAGAACCCCCUUCUUUCGUCACACACUUGGGACCUCUUGAAGUAUCAGUUGGAGACUACACAACUUUGCAGUGCCAAGUUUCUGGGACACCAGAAAUCACAAUAUCUUGGUACAAAGGAGAUACCAAAUUAAGAUCAACUCCAGAGUAUAAAAUGUACUUCAAAGACAAUGUUGCUACACUUAUAUUUAACAAAGUAGAUGUCAGUGACAGUGGAGAAUAUAUUUGCAAAGCAGAAAACGUUGUUGGAGCUACCUAUUCAAAGGCUGUUUUGGCAGUUCAAGAGCGAAAACACCCACCUUCUUUUGCGAGGAAGUUAAAGGACACAGAGCAAACUGUUGGUUUCCCGGUCAAAUUCGUUUGCCGCCUAAAUGGGUCAGAACCCAUCAGUGUUACUUGGUAUAAGGAUGGUGUGCCUUUAAGAGAUGACUUUAAUGUACAAACCUCUUACAUAGAUAAUGUGGCGACUCUUCAUCUGUUGCAAACUGAGAUGGGCCAUACUGGGCAGUACUCUUGCACAGCUACCAACCCUGUUGGAACUGCUACAUCUAGUGCCAGGUUCUCAGUCUCAGAACCUAAACAAGCCCCCCUGUUUGAUAUCACACCUGAAUCCAAAGAUCUUCCCGUUGGAGAAAGUGCUGAUUUUGAGUGUCAUGUUACCGGAGCCCAACCAAUACAUGUUACCUGGGCAAAAGACGGCCGGGAGAUCCGCACAGGAGGAAACUAUGCCAUCACAUUUGUAGCAAAUACAGCCCAUUUAAGGAUUCUGAGAGUAGCCAAAGGAGACUCUGGACAGUACACCUGCCAAGCUAGCAACGAUGUCGGAAAAGACUUUUGCUCAGCUCAGCUUAAUGUGAAAGAACCUCCUAAAUUUGUAAAGAAACUAGAAGCAGCAAGAAUGGUGAAGCAGGGUGAUUCAUGUCAACUUGAAUGUAAAAUCAGUGGUUCCCCAGAAAUCAAAAUUGUGUGGUACAAAAAUGACCAGGAAAUACAUGCUAGUGACAAGCACCGCAUGGCAUUCAGUGACUCCAUCGCAGUGCUCAUCAUCGUUGAUGCCAACCCUGAAGACACUGGAGAUUACAUUUGUGAAGCUCUCAAUUCUGCUGGCACUGCGAGCUGCAGUACGGUCGUCACCGUGAAAGAGCCUCCUGUUUUUAGCAAGAAACCUAGCCCCGUAGACACCCUUAAGGGCUCUGACGUCAUCCUCCAGUGUGAAAUUGCAGGCACACCACCAUUUGAAGUUGUCUGGUUCAAGGACAGGAAGCAAGUCAGGAGCAGUAAGAAGUUCAAAGUGACCACUAAGAACUUCAACGCCAGUGUCCACAUCCUUAACCUUGAAGCUGCCGACACCGGGGAAUAUCAGUGCAAAGUGGCAAAUGAGGUGGGAAGUGACACUUGCUCUUGUGCCGUGAAGUUCAAAGAACCACCUCGAUUUGUUAAGAAGCUGAGUGACACCUUCACCUAUGCUGGAGAACCCACUGCAUUGCGGGCCGUAGUGGAAGGCUCCCAGCCUAUUUCUGUCGUGUGGCUUAAAGACAAGGGUGAAAUAAUACGGGAAAGCGAAAACCUCCAGAUUUCCUUUUCGGAUAACAUUGCAACCCUUCAGAUUGCAAAUGCCGAAGCCACCAAUGGUGGGAAGUACAUCUGCCAGAUUAAAAAUGACGCCGGAAUGCGAGAAUGUGCAGGACACCUGCAAGUCCUAGAACCGGCUGUGAUUUUGGAGAAGCCUGAGCCAAUGACGGUUACCGCUGGCAGUGUAUUUACUUUGGAGUGCACGGUGGGUGGGACUCCAGAGCUAAUUGCGAAGUGGUUUAAGGACGGAAGAGAACUCACCAACAGCCGCAAGCAUCAGAUUACCUUCUCCAACAAAGUAGCAACACUUAAAGUUCUUUCUGCCGGCAUGGAAGACAGGGGACUGUACACGUUCGAAGUGCAAAACGAAGUGGGGAAAAGCAGCUGUACUUCUUCGGUUGAUGUUUCAGACCAACUUGUCCCUCCUUCUUUUGUAAGAAGAUUAAAAGAAACGUUUGGCGUGCUGGGUUCUUCAGUUGUUCUGGAGUGCAAAAUUGCUGGGUCACCACCUCUUUCAGUGACUUGGUUUUACGGAGGAAAUGAGAUUUUCAGUGGGGAUAAAUACGAAACCGCCUUUUCAGAUAAUGUCUGUGCUUUGAAGGUGAACGCUCUGGACUCAUCUGAUACAGGGCCCUACACCUGUGCUGCUGCAAAUGUAGCUGGAUCUGAUGAAUGCAGCGCCUUUUUGACAGUGCAAGAACCUCCCUCUUUUGCAAAGACACCUGAUCCAUUGGAGGUUUUGCCUGGAAUGAGUGUAACCUUCAGAAGUCUGAUAAGAGGAACUCCUCCUUUCAAAGUGAACUGGUUUAAGGGAAGCAGAGAACUUGUGCCAGGGAAAACAUGCAACAUCAUCUUGGCAGAUUCAACUGCAGAGCUGGAAUUGUUUGAAGUAGGACCACUCCAGACUGGAGAUUACACCUGUCUUGCCACUAAUGAUGCUGGCAGUGCCUCUUGUACCACCCAUCUUUUUGUGAAAGAACCGGCUGUGUUUGUGAAGAAACUAAGCGAUUUCAGCAUAGAGCACGGCAAAUCCAUAAUUCUAGAAAGUACAUUCAGUGGAACUCCCCCGCUUGCCGUGACAUGGAAGAAGAAUGGUUUAAACAUCACACAGUCUCCAAAAUGUAACGUAACAACAACAGAAAAGUCAGGCAUACUGGAAAUUCUUAAUAGUACCAGAGAAGACGAAGGAGAAUACGUGUGUGAAAUUGCAAAUGAUGCUGGGGAGGACGUAUGCCAUGCCCUGGUAUCAAUCUUAGAACCACCUUAUUUUGUUAAACACUUGGAGCCUAUGGAGGUGACUGUUGGAGAGCCAGCAUCUUUACAAUGCCAAGUGGCUGGAACACCAGAAAUCAAGGUGUCAUGGUACAAAGGAGAUACCAAACUAAGAUCUACUCAGGCUUAUAAAAUGCACUUCAAGAACAAUGUGGCUUCACUUGCUUUCAGCCAGGUGCAGCAUGCCGACAUUGGUGAAUUCGUCUGCAAAGCAGAAAACAGCGCUGGGUUUGCCACUUCAACAGCAGUGCUGACUGCCAAAGACCGUAAACUUCCUCCUUCAUUUACGAAAAAGCUGAAAGACAUUCAUGAGACUGUCGGCUCUCCAAUCGCGUUUGAUUGCCGUAUCGUUGGCUCUGAACCACUGGAAGUGUCUUGGUAUAAGGAUGGGGUGUUGUUGAGAGCCGACGAUAACAUUCAAGCAACCUUCCUAAACAAUGUAGCAACUCUUCAAAUCUUGCAAACCGACAUGGCUCACUGCGGCCAGUACGUUUGCUCAGCUCACAAUGCUCUUGGAAAAGCUUCUUCCAGUGCCAAGCUCCAGCUCACAGAACACCUGAAACCUCCAUUCUUCGAUGUGAAGCCUUUGCCUCUUGAUGUUGCUCUUGGGGAAAGUGGCUCUUUCAAGUGUCACGUCACAGGAUCAGUGCCCAUGAAAGUCAGCUGGGCAAAAGAUAACAGAGAGAUCCGCCCCGGUGGCAAUUACAAGAUCACACUGGUAGAAAACACAGCCACACUGACUGUGCUGAAAGUAGGCAAAGGUGAUGCUGGGCUUUAUACCUGUUAUGCAAGCAACAGCGCUGGGAAGGAGUCUUGUGCUGCUCAGCUGGGUUUCAAAGAGCCACCAAGGUUUAUUAAGAAGUUAGACUCCUCCAGAGUUGUGAAAGAACAUGAUUCAACUAGAUAUGAAUGCAAGAUAGGUGGUUCUCCAGAAAUUAACGUUGUGUGGUACAAGGGUGAAACUCCAAUUCAGCCCAGUAACAAAUACAGUAUGUCCUUCGUUGAUUCUGUGGCAGUCAUUGAAAUGCACAGCCUGACUGUGGAAGACAGCGGAGACUACACUUGUGAAGCCCAAAAUGCAGCAGGCAGUGCCAACAGCAGUACUUCAUUGAAAGUCAAAGCUGCUCCUGUUUUCCGCAAGAAACCCAGGCCAGUAGAAAUUCUGAAAGGUUUUGACGUUCAUCUUGAAUGUGAGCUUCAGGGCACUCCUCCCUUCCAAAUUUCAUGGUAUAAAGAAAAGAGGGAAAUUAGAAGUAGCAAGAAGUACAAGAUCUUAUCUGAAAAUUACCUCGCUAGUAUUCACAUUCUCAACGUUGAUGCCGCCGACAUUGGUGAAUAUCACUGUAAGGCAACCAACGAUGUGGGAAGCGAUGCUUGCAUUUGCUCUGUGAUGCUGAAAGCACCCCCAAGGUUUGUGAAGAAACUUCAUGAUAUCACUGCAGUAGUUGGGGAGCCAGCUGAACUUCAAGCCACGGUAGAAGGUUCUGAGCCAAUUUCUGUUCUUUGGUUGAAAGACAAAGGUGAAGUCAUCAGAGAAAGUGACAAUGUCUGGAUGUCAUAUUCAGAUAAAGUUGCUGUCCUUCAGGUUGUCAAUGCAGAACCAACCAACACUGGAAAAUAUACAUGCCAGAUUAAAAAUGAUGCUGGAAGUCAGGAAUGUUUUGCUACCUUAUCAGUUCUAGAGCCUGCAGCUAUUGUAGAGAAGCCUGGACCAAUGGCAGUCACAGCUGGAGAUUCUUGUACCUUAGAAUGUACAGUAGCUGGAACACCAGAGCUCACCGCUCGGUGGUUCAAGGAUGGACAUGAGCUCUCUUCUGACCACAAAUACAAAAUCACUUUCUUCAACAAAGUGUCUGGACUUAAGAUUCUGAACGCAGGAUUACAGGACAGUGGAGAAUACAGAUUUGAGGUGAAAAACAAUGUUGGUCAAAGCAGUUGCUCAGCAUCGGUACAGGUUUCAGAUCGCAUUAUACCACCUUCAUUCACAAAAAGGCUGAAAGAAACACAUGGUCUCUUGGGGUCAUCUGGCGUACUUGAGUGCAAAGUCAUUGGCUCACCUCCUAUCUCUGUUUCUUGGUUCCAUGAUGGAGAUGAAAUCACUAGUGGAGAAAAGUAUCAGGCAACCCUUACAGAUAACACUUGUUGUCUGAGAGUAAAUACUCUUCAAGAGUCAGAUAUUGGAAAUUACUCUUGCAUAGCAACAAAUGUAGCUGGAUCUGAUGAAUGUGACGCCUAUUUCAUAGUCAGAGAACCCCCAACUUUUGUGAAAAAACCUGAACCUUUGCAAGUUUUAUCUGGGGCAAAUAUAACGUUCACAAGUAUCAUUAAAGGAACCCUUCCAUUUGAUAUAAAAUGGUUUAGGGGUAGUGUUGAACUAGUCCCAGGACACAGAUGUAACAUCUCUUUGGAAGAAUCAGUUGCUGAACUGGAAUUGUUCGAUGUUCACCCAGUCCAAAGUGGAGAUUAUACUUGCAUUGUUAGUAAUGAAGCGGGGAAAAUCUCUUGCACAACUCACCUCUUCGUGAAAGAACCUGCCAAAUUUGUGAAGAAAUUGAAUGACUUCAAUGUAGAGAAAGGAAAACAGCUAACGCUGGAAUGCACAUACACUGGUACACCUCCAAUUGCAGUAUCUUGGAAGAAAAAUGGUAUCAAUAUAUCUCAUUCAGAAAAAUGCAGUAUUACCACUACAGAAACAUCUGCCAUACUGGAGGUCUCUAGUAGCAAAACAGAUGAUGCCGGAUUAUAUUCUUGCCAUAUAGAAAAUGAUUCAGGACAAGAUAAUUCUCAAGCUACAGUCUCAAUAUUAGAACCACCUUACUUUGUCAGAAAUCUGGAACCUGUUCAGGUGACAGUUGGAGAUUCUGCAUCAUUACAAUGCCAAAUUGCUGGAACACAAGAAAUCAUUGUGUCAUGGUACAAAGGAGACACAAAACUAAGAGCAACCGCUACCUCUAAAAUGCACUUUAAAAACCAAGUUGCCACGCUAGUAUUUAACCAAGUGGAUAGUAAUGACGGUGGAGAGUAUAUCUGCAAAGCGGAAAACAGUGUUGGGGAAGUGGUUUCUUCAGCGCUACUGUCUGUUCAAGAGCGUAAACUUCCUCCUUCAUUUUCACGAAAAUUAAGAGAUAUUCAUGAAACUGUUGGUUUACCAAUUACAUUUGAUUGUGGCAUUACUGGUUCUGAACCUAUCGAAGUAACUUGGUAUAAAGAUGGUGCACAAAUAAGAGAUGGCUAUAACGUGCAAACCUCGUACUUAAAUAAUGUUGCGACUCUACAGAUCUCACAAACUGACAUGAGUCUUGCAGGGCAAUAUACUUGCACAGCUUCCAAUGCUAUUGGAACUGCUUCUUCUAGCGCCAGACUCAUCCUUACAGAAGGGAAGACUCCUCCACUCUUUGACAUCCCAAUUGCAUCGGUUGACGCAGUUGUUGGUGACGGUGCUGACUUUGAAUGCCACAUUUCUGGAACACGUCCUAUUAAGAUUACUUGGUCAAAGGAUAACCAGGAAUUACGAACUGGAGGGAACUACCAGAUCAGUUACGUAGAAAAUAUAGCCCAUUUGACAAUUCUGAAAGUUGGCAAAGGAGACUCUGGAAAAUAUUCAUGUCAUGCUAGCAAUGAAGUUGGAAAGGAUUCCUGCACAGCUCAACUUAAUAUUAAAGAACGACAGAAUCCACCUUCUUUCACUAAAAAGCUGUCUGAAACUGUAGAAGAAACAGAAGGGAAUACGUUUAAACUUGAGGGCCGUGUUUCUGGUUCUCAGCCUAUGACUAUUGCCUGGUACAAGAAUAACCAGGAGAUUUAUGACAGCCACAAUUGUGAAUUAUCAUUCAAAAACAACACAAUUCUUCUGCACGUUAAAAAUGCAGCACAAACUGACGCAGGUUUAUAUACCUGCAAAGUGUCCAAUGAAGCCGGGAGCACCCUGUGUACUUCUUCUGUUGUUAUUAAAGAACCCAAAAAGCCACCUGUAUUUGAUCAACCUCUUAAACCGAUGGCUGUAGAUGAAGGCAACAUCUUGCAGCUCAGUUGCCAUGUCCGGGGAUCACAGCCAAUUAGAAUCCAGUGGCUAAAAGCUGGGAAAGAACUAAGAUCGUCUGACAAAUGCAGCUUGAGCUUUGCUAAUGGAAUUGCUCUUUUAGAAGUCCAGGCAGUUACCAAAACUGAUUCUGGCGAGUAUGUGUGCAAAGCUUCAAACGUGGCUGGAAGUGAUGCUUGCAAGUCAAAAGUAUCAAUUAAAGAAAAAGCAGCAGCUGCACCAGCAGCUAAGAAGGCACCAACUGAUGGAAAGCUUUACUUCAUCUCAGAGCCUCAAAGUAUCACUGUUAUUGAAAAGAGCGCCGCUACAUUUAUUGCUAAAGUUGGUGGAGAUCCAAUCCCCAAUGUGAAAUGGAUGAAAGGAAAAUGGAGGCAGCUGAACCAAGGAGGUCGCAUUGUGAUUCAGCAAAGAGGGGAUGAAGCCAAGCUGGAAAUCAAGGAUGCAACAAAAACUGAUUCUGGGCAGUACAGAUGUGUGGCUUUUAACGAUCACGGUGAAAUUGAAAGCACUGCCAACUUACAGGUUGACGAAAGGAAGAAACAAGAAGUAAUUGAAGGAGACCUUAGAGCAAAACUAAAGAAAACUCCAACCAAAAGGAAAGAAGAUGAGGAAGAAAAGGCCAUUGAUAUCAUGGAACUUCUCAAAAAUGUAGAUCCUAAAGAAUAUGAGAAAUAUGCUCGUAUGUAUGGAAUUACAGAUUUCCGAGGUCUCCUCCAAGCCUUUGAGUUGCUAAAACAAAGCCAAGAAGAAGAAACCCAUAGAUUGGAGAUUGAAGUAACAGAGAAAUCUAGACGGGAAGAACAGGAGUUUGAUGAACUUGUGUCAUUUAUUCAGCAAAGACUUACACAAACAGAGCCCAUUACUCUGAUCAGAGAUAUUGAAGAUCAGACUGUAAUAACAGAUGAAGAUGCUAUCUUUGAAUGUGAGAUUAAAAUAAACUAUCCAGAAAUCAAACUGUCCUGGUACAAAGGCACUGAAAAACUGGAUUCUAACAACAAAUAUGAAAUAAGAAUUGAAGGUGACCGGCACAUACUUAAAAUCAGGAACUGUCAGCUUGGAGAUCAGGGAAAUUACAGGGUGGUAUGCGGACCCCAUAUUGCUAGUGCUAAACUAACAGUGAUUGAACCUGCGAUUGAACGACAGCUGCGAGAUACUGCACUCAAGGAAGGAUUUACAUGCUCUUUGGUGUGUCAGUUCUCUGUUCCAAAUACAAAAUCCCAAUGGUUCAGAAAUGGAAAGGCCCUUAAAAUAGGAGGCAGAUAUGCAACUGAAGUCUCAGAGAAGGUGCACAGGCUCAUCAUCAAGGAUGUAAAAACAGAAGAUCAGGGGCGCUAUACUUGCCGCUUUGACCAUCUAGAAACAACAGCCGACCUAACAAUUGAAGCUGAACCAAUUCAAUUUACCAAGACCAUACAGAAUAUAGUGGUGAGCGAAUACCAGUCUGCAACCUUUGAGUGUGAGGUAUCUUUUGAUGAUGCAGUCGUCACAUGGUAUAAAGAGAAAACUGAACUCAGAGAGAGCCAUAAGUACAGCUUUAGGACAGAAGGCCGCUGCCAUUAUAUGACUAUCCAUAAUGUUACAGCAGAUGAUGAAGGGGUGUAUUCUGUCAUUGCCCGCCUUGAGCCGAGAGGUGAAGCAAGAAGCACAGCUGAACUUUACCUGACUACUAAAGAGAUUAAACUGGAAGUGAAGCCUCCAGAUAUCCCAGAUGCUAGAGUUGCCGUUCCAGUCGAAGUUCCAGCAGAAGAUAUUCCUGCUCUUCCUAUCUUACUUCCAAUGCCAGAAGAGAAGAAAAAGGAAAAAGUGGUUAAAAAACCAGUUCUGAAGAAAAUUCCCAAAAAGCCAGUUCCAAAAGCUCCAGAGGAAGUUGCGCCACCUGAAGUUCCUGCAAAGAAACCUCAAGAGGUCAAAGUAACCACUGUGGCAAAGAAGAAAGAAGCAGUUUAUGAGAAAAAGGAAGAAAUCUAUGAGGUUCGCAAAGAAGCAUAUGAAGAAUGGGAAGAAGAUUAUGGAGAGAAGCAUGAAUAUUAUGAAAGAACGGAAGGUUACGAUGAAGGAGAAGAGGAAUGGGCAUAUGGAGAAAGAGAAAUUUCUUAUGAGGAAAAAGUUUAUCACGAAGAAGUGGUUCAAGUUCCAAGAAAGCCAGAACCUGAACGAAAAGUGCCAGAAAUUUCAAAGAAGAAGGAAGAAAAGAAAAAGGUUAUCGUACAGAAAGUUACUCGAAAACCUGUAACUGAAGAGGUUGAAAGAACUUCUCAGAGGCUAGAAGAAGAACACCUUAAACGGGCUAGAGCUCCAGAAGCUCCACCACAGAAACCUGCACGGAAGAUUGUGCAUGAAGAAGUUAUAGAAAGAAAAGUACCAGACGAACAAAAAUGGACUAUUUCCGAGGAAAAGGUGUCUGUGUCAUAUCACAAAGAAGAGGAAUAUACUUAUGGAUCAGAACCAGAAGAGUAUGAAGAAGAAAGCUUCUAUGUGGAAUACCCAACUGAAGAACCAGAUGAGUAUGAUGAAGAAAGGUUCUAUGAGGAGGUUCCUGAAGUUCCACCACCUAAAGUCCCUGAGGUGCGUAAGAGAGUAGAAGAAAAAAUUCCAGUUGCUGUUCCCAAGAAAGAAGAAGCCCCACCAGCUAAAGUGCCCGAAGUGCCCAAGAAACCAGUCCCAGAAAAGAAAAAGCCUGCCCCUCCUCCGAAAGUAGAGGCACCACCAGCUAAAGUGCCAGAGGUACCGAAGAAACCCGUUCCAGAAGAACGAAAGCCUGCUGCUGUUCCCAAGAAAGUGGCACCACCAGCUAAAGUGCCAGAAGUACCAAAGCCAGUCCCAGAAGAAAAAGUACCUGUUCCUGUUCCUAAAAAAGUGCCUGAGGUACCUAAGAAAGCUGUUCCAGAAGAGAAAGUUGCUGUUCUGAAGAAAAAAGAGGUUCCCCCAGCCAAAGUCCCUGAGGUGCCCAAGAAAGUGGUUCCUGAAGAAAAAGUACCUCGACCACGUAAAAAAGAAGAGGCUCCUCCAGCUAAAGUGCCUGAAGUACCGAAGAAAGUCAUCCCAGAAGAAAAAUUACCUGUUGCUGUUCCCAAAAGAGUGGAACCUCCUCCAGCCAAAGUGCCUGAGGUGCCUAGGAGAGCUGUUUUAGAAGAGAAAAUAUUUGUUUCAGAAGAAAAAGUAUCUGUUGCCAUUUCUAAAAGAGUGGAAGCUCCUUCACCUGAAGUGGAAAGAUGGACUGAAGAAGUGGAAGAAGAAGAGGAAGAGGAGGAGGAGGAGGAAGAAACAGCUGUCACUUAUGAGAGAGAGGAGGAGGAGAUUUCAUAUGAGAAAGAAGAGGAAAUUUCGUAUGAGAGAGAGGAAAUUACUUAUGAAAGAGAGGAGGAGAUUUCAGAGGUGUCAGAAGAGGCCUACUACGCUGAGGAGACAGUGCAUGUUACUGUUCCCGAGGAAGUGCCACCAGUUAAAGUUCCUGAGGUCCGGAAGAAACCUGAACCAGAAAAGAAAGUGGCUGUUCCCAAGAAACCAGAGGCUCCUCCGGCCAAAGUUCCUGAGGUGCCCAAGAAGGCUGUGCCAGAAGAGAAAGUAACUGUUGCAGUGCCUAAAAAACCAGAACCACCACCUGCUAAAGUGCCUGAGGUUCCCAAGAAACCUGUUCCAGAAAAGAAGGUGGCAGUUGCUGUACCAGAAGCACCUCCAGCAAAAGUGCCUGAGGUACCCAAGAAACCUGUUCCAGAAGAAAAAGUUGUGCCUAAAAAACCAGAGGCGCCACCAGCUAAAGUGCCUGAGGUACCAAAGAAACCUGUCCCAGAAGAAAAGGUUCCAGUUGCUGUUCCAAAGAAACCAGAACCCCCACCUGCUAAAGUGCCUGAAGUCCCAAAGAAAGUUGUUCCAGAAAAGAAAGUACCAGCUGAAGUGCCUAAGAAACCUGAAGCUCCGCCAGCUAAAGUUCCUGAAGUACCCAAGAAAGUGGUUCCUGAAGAAAAAGUACAGGUUCCUGAGCCCAAAAAACCAGAGCCUCCUCCUGCUAAAGUCCCUGAGGUGCCAAAGAAAAUAAUCCCAGAAGAAAAAGUACCUGAGAAAAAGCCUGAACCUCCAGCACCCAAAGUGCCAGAAGUUCCCAAGAAAGUUAUUCCAGAAAAGAAGCCACCUGAACCAGAGGUCCCACCUCCUAAAGUGCCUGAAGUACCCAAGAAAAUUGUUCCAGAAGAAAAAGUACCUAAGAAACCAGAACCUGCUAAAGUGCCUGAGGUACCCAAGAAAGCUGUGCCUGAAGAGAAAGUUCCUACACUCAAAAAGAAAGAACCGCCAGCAGCUAAAGUGCCUGAAGUGCCCAAAAAGCCGGUUGUCGAAGAGAAAGAACCAACUCCUGUGAUUAAAAAGCCGGUAGUUAAAAAACCAGAACCUCCUCCUGUUGAAGAGCCAGAAUAUUUUGCUGAGCCUGAAGAACCAGAACCAGUUGUCGUGGUUGAAGAACGAGAGCACAUUACUCUUGUAGAAGAAACAGAAGUCAUUGUUGUUCCUGAAGAACCUGAACCUGCUAUUGUGCCUAAAAAAACAAAACCUGCCAUUGUGCCUAAAAAAGCAGAACCGGCAGCUCCGCCUAAGAAACCGGCAGCUCCGCCUAAGAAACCGGCAGCUCCGCCUAAGAAACCAGAAGCUGUGCCUAAGAAACCAGAACGUCCACAGUAUGAAGAAGAAAUCAGAACCUUGCAUUAUGAAGAAGAACGAGAGGUACAGACUUUUAUUGGACACAGAGAACGAGAAUAUGUGUCUGUUCACCAAGACAUAGAGGCCAUUGCUGCACUUGAAGAACCUGAACAGGCUUUGGCUUUUGAAAUCCCAGAACCUGAGGAAUACAUUCCUGAGGAACCAGAGGUCAUAAUUCCACCUGAAGAACCUGAACCAGUUGCUGUUCCUGAGGAACCGGCACCUGCUAUUGUGCCUAAAAAACCAAAGCCUACUGCUGUACCUAAAAAAGCAGAACCUGCAGCUCCACCCAAAAAGCCAGAACCCAUUGCAGUGCCUAAAAAGCCAAAACUUGCUCCUGUACCUAAAAAACCAGAACCUCCAGCUGCUCCUAAGAAACCAGAAGCUGUGUUUAAGAAACCAGAACGUCCACCAGCUAAAGAGGAGUAUGAAGAAGAACGAGAGGUACAGACUUUUAUUGGAUACCGAGAACGACAACAUGUGUCUGUUCAUCAAGAGAUAGAGGCCAUCGCUGCACUUGAAGAACCUGAACAGGCUUCGGCUUUUGAAAUCACAGAGCCUGAAGAAUACAUUCUUGAGGAACCAGAGGCCAUUGUUCCAUCAGAAGAACCCGAACCCGAACCAGAAGUCAUUGCUGCACCUGAAGAACCAGAGGUUAUUGCUGCUCCUGAAGAGCCUGCACCUGCUAUUGUGCCUAAAAAACCAAAGCCUAUUGCUGUACCUAAGAAACCAGAACCUACUGAAGUGCCUAAGAAACCAAAACCCAUUGCAGUGCCUAAAAAACCAGAACCUGCAGCUCUGCCCAAAAAACCAGAACCCACUGAAGUGCCUAAAAAGCCAAAACUUGCUGCUGUGCCUAAAAAACCAGAACCUCCAGCUAAGAAACCAGAAGCUGUGUUUAAAAAACCAGAACGUCCACCAGCUAAAGAGGAGUAUGAAGAAGAACGAGAGGUACAGACUUUUAUUGGAUACCGAGAACGACAACAUGUGUCUGUUCAUCAAGAGAUAGAGGCCAUCGCUGCACUUGAAGAACCUGAACAGGCUUCGGCUUUUGAAAUCACAGAGCCUGAAGAAUACAUUCUUGAGGAACCAGAGGCCAUUGUUCCAUCAGAAGAACCUGAACCCGAACCAGAAGUCAUUGCUGCACCAGAAGAAUCUAUUGCAGAACCUAAAAAACCUGAACAUCUGCCAGCGAAAGUGCCUGAGGUACCCAAGAAAGCUGUCCCAGAAAAGAAAAAAACAGUUCCUGUGGCUAAAAAAAUCAAACCAGCACCAGCUAAAGUUCGGGAAGCACCUAAGAAAGCUGUGCCAGAAGAAAAAGCACCCGUUGCUGUGCCGAAAGAGCCAGAACCCUUGCCAACUGAAGAGCCAGAAGUUACAGAGGAAAUUGAACCUGAAGAACCAAUCCCUGCUCCUAUCCCAGAAGAAGAAGAGAUAAUUCCAACAGAAGAAGAACCAGAACCAGAAAAGAAGAUACUUGAAAAACCUAAACCCCGUGUACCUUUCCCACCAAAAGAGGAAGUUAAAGAGGAAAAGGUUUCACUUAAAGCACCUGGGCUGAAAGCACGGAAACAACGUCCUGAACCUGCCCCUCCUCCACCUAAGGAAGAAAUUGCUCUGAAAAAAGUCCAAAGAGCAGUUAAGAAGCCUGAGGAGGAAGAAGCUAAACCGGAGAAAGAACCUAAACCUGAACUCAAGCCUCAAGAAAAGAUUAAGAAGCCUGAAGUGCCAGAGAUUCAAAAGAAGAAAACUGAGAUCCCACCUAUCAAGAAAAGGGAGGAAAAAGAGAAGCCUGUGCCUGAACCAGCCAAAGUUCCAGAACCCAAACCAGCAAAAAUUCCUGAACCAAAGCCUGCUACAGCCCUGAAAUCUCCUAAGCCCCCUGCAAAGCCGACACCUGAAGCCGCUCCUUUGACAACUCCAGUGGUUGGGAAGAAAGCAGAGCCCAAAACUACACCAAAGGAGGAAGCUGCGAAGGGUAAAAGUCCUAUUAAAGCCAUAAAGACACCUUCGCCAGCGGAUGCAGAGAGGAGGAAAUUACGGCCAGGGAGUGGUGGUGACAAGCCGCCUGAUGAACCCCCGUUCACAUACCAGCUAAAAGCUGUGCCGCUCAAGUUUGUGACAGAAAUCAAAGACAUCGUGCUGACAGAAGCAGAGUCCAUAGGCUCAUCUGCCAUCUUUGAGUGCCUCAUCUCUCCCUCCACUGCCAUUACAAGUUGGAUGAAAGAUGGCAGCAACAUCCGCGAGAGCCCUAAGCACAGGUUCCUGUCUGAUGGGAAAGACAGGAAGCUCCAUAUUAUUGACGUCCAGCUUUCAGAUGCUGGGGAGUACACUUGUGUACUGAAACUGGGAAACAAAGAGAAGACCUCUACAGCGAAGCUUGUUGUUGAAGAAUUACCAGUGCGCUUUGUGAAGACUCUGGAGGAGGAACUUACAGUCAUCAAAGGGCAACCCUUUUAUCUCACCUGCGAGCUGAACAAAGAGAGAGAUGUGGUCUGGAGAAAAGAUGGGAAAAUUGUCAAAGACAAACCUGGGAAAAUUGCUUUGGGUAUUAUCGGCUUGCAGCGUGCCGUCACUAUCAUGGAUGCUGAUGACACUGAUGGUGGAAUAUACACGGUGACUGUUGAAGAUGCAAACAUCAGCUGUCAAUCGACCGUUAAAGUUGUUGAAAUGAUAAAAGACUGGCUAGUGAAACCUAUCAGAGACCAGCAUGUGAAACCAAAAGGUACUGCUACCUUUGCUUGUGAUGUUGUGAAGGAUACGCCAAAUAUUAAAUGGUAUAAAGGUGAUGAGGAGAUUCCUCUUGAACCAACUGACAAAACAGAAAUUAUAAAAGAUGGAUCUCAUCUCUACCUCAAAGUUAAGAAUGCCACACCCGAUGAUAUUGGGGAAUAUUCAGUGGAAGUUGAAGGGAAACGAUAUCCAGCUAAGCUGACACUUGGUGAUCGUGAAGUUGAGCUGCUUAAACCCCUGGAAGAUGUUACUAUUUAUGAAAAAGAAACAGCAAACUUUGACACUGAGAUUUCUGAAGACGAUAUCCCUGGAGAAUGGAAAUUGAAAGGAGAACUACUCCGGCCUUCACCUACUUGUGAGAUCAAAGCUGAAGGAGGAAAACGCUUCUUAACCUUACACAAAGUCAAGUUAGACCAGGCUGGAGAAGUUCUUUAUCAAGCAUUGAAUGCAGUUACUGCAGCUAUCCUGACAGUGAAAGAAAUUGAGCUUGACUUUGCCGUGCCAUUGAAAGAUGUGACUGUACCAGAGAGGCGGCAGGCAAGGUUUGAAUGCGUGCUCACCAGGGAAGCCAACGUAAUGUGGUCUAAAGGCAGUGACAUAAUCAAAGUUGGAGACAAAUUUGACAUCAUUGCAGAUGGAAAGAAACACAUACUCGUGAUCAAUGAUUCUCAGUUUGAUGAUGAAGGACAGUACACUGCUGAAGUCGAAGGGAAGAAAACCACAGCAAGACUGUUUGUAGAAGGUGUCAGGCUGAAGUUUAUCUCCCCACUCCAAGAUCAGACAGUGAAGGAAGGAGAAACAGCUCACUUUGAAUUUGAACUUUCUCAUGAAGAUAUGCCAGUGACCUGGUUUAAAAAUGACAAGAAACUCCACAAUAGCAGAACAGUUCAUAUUUCUGCCGAAGGGAAGAAACACAAAUUAGAAAUAAGCGAAGUGACACUUGAUGACAUCUCUGAGAUCAAGGCACAAGUUAAGACACUACACACUGAGGCACACCUGAAGGUUUUAGAGGCUGAUCCAUACUUCACUGUGAAAUUGCAAGACUAUACUGCCACUGAGAAAGAUGAUAUCAUUCUGGAGUGUGAACUUAGCAAAGAUGUGCCAGUGAAGUGGUAUAAAGAUGGUGAGGAACUUGUAGCUUCCAAGAAAAUCUCCAUCAAGACUGAUGGCAAGCGCCGCAUAUUAAAAAUUAAAAAAGUAUCAGAUGCUGAUAAGGGCAAUUAUGAAUGUAACUGUGGAACUGACAAGACAAAUUCUGAAGUUAAGACUGAGGCUCGAUUAAUAAAAGUAGAGCGUCCUCUGUACGGAGUGGAAGUAUUUGUUGGUGAAACAGCACGGUUUGAGGUUGAAAUCUCUGAGCCUGAUGUUCAAGCAAUUUGGAAGUUAAAGGGAGAAACUUUAACCGCUUCACCUGAUUGUGAAAUGAUUCAAGAUGGAAAGAAGCAUGUCCUUAUCCUUUAUAACUGCAAAUUGGAUAUGACAGGAGAGGUGUCCUUCCAGGCUGCAAACGCUAAAAGUGCUGCUAAUCUGAAAGUCAAAGAACUACCUCUCAUCUUCAUAACUCCACUCAGCGAUGUCAAAGUCUUUGAGAAGGAUGAAGCUAAGUUUGAAUGUGAAGUAUCAAGAGAACCGAAGACUUUCCGUUGGUUGAAAGGAACCCAAGAGAUCCCAGGAGAUGAGAAGUUUGAAAUCCUAUCAGAAGGCACAAAGCAUGCCCUUGUCAUUAAGAGUGUGGCUUUUGAGGAUGAAGCUAAAUAUAUGUUUGAAGCUGAAGAUAAACGAACAAGUGCAAAGUUGAUCAUUGAAGGCAUUCGUCUUGAAUUCAUUACUCCUCUCAAGGAUGUGACAGCAAAGGAGCGCGAAACUGCUGUUUUCACCGUGGAACUAUCCCAUGACAAUAUCCCUGUCAUCUGGUAUAAGAAUGACCAACGGCUCCAUACCACCAAGGUUGUUUCAAUGAAGGAUGAUGGCAAAUUCCAUACGCUCACGUUUAAAGAUCUCACUAUUGAUGAUACAUCUCAGAUCAAAGUGGAAGCCAUGGGGAAAUCGUGUGAAGCUAAACUCACUGUUCUUGAGGGGGAUCCUUAUUUUACUGGAAAACUUCAAGAUUACACCGCUGUGGAAAAAGAUGAAGUCAUUUUGCAAUGUGAAAUUAGCAAAGCAGAUGCUCCGGUAAAAUGGUUUAAAGACGGACAAGAAAUAACUCCAUCUAAGAAUGCUAUUAUCAAGGCCGAUGGCAAGAAACGAAUGCUUAUCCUCAAGAAAGCCUUGAAGAAAGACAUUGGUCAAUAUACCUGUGAUUGUGGUACUGACCAGACUUCCGGCAAGCUCAACAUUGAAGACCGUGAUAUUAAGAUUGUACGUCCCCUGUACAGUGUGGAAAUAUUUGAGACAGAGACUGCCCGUUUCGAUACGGAAAUCUCUGAGGAAGAUAUUCAUGCCAACUGGAAACUGAACGGAGAGCCCUUGACUCAGUCAGCUGACUGUGAGAUUAAGGAGGAAGGGAAAAGGCACUGUGUUACACUCUACAAUGUGCGCUUGAACCAGGCUGGUGGUGUGGACUUCCAAGCAGCCAACGCCAAAUCGAGUGCUCACCUUCGGGUGAAACCACGUGUCAUUGGCCUCCUGAGGCCUCUAAAGGAUGUAACUGUGACGGCUGGAGAAACGGCAACCUUCGAAUGUGAGCUCUCCUAUGAGGGAAUUGUAGUGGAGUGGUUCUUGAAAGGACAGAAAUUGGAACCCAGUGACAAGGUUGUACCCCGUGCUGAAGGAAGAGUUCACACCCUUGUUCUCAGGGAUGUGAAGCUAACUGAUGCUGGAGAAGUCACUUUGACUGCAAAGGAUUUCAAAACGAAAGCAAAUCUUUUUGUAAAAGAACCACCUGUUGAGUUUACCAAACCUCUUGAGGACCAGACCGUAGAGGAAGAAGCCACUGCAGUAUUGGAGUGUGAACUGUCCAGAGAUGCACCAGUGAAAUGGUUCAAGAAUGGCACGGAAAUUCACAAAACAAAGAAAUACGAUAUCAUUGCGGAUGGCAGAGUCAGAAAACUUAUCAUUCAUGGCUGCACACUGGAUGAUGCUAAAACAUACACCUGUGAUGCUAAAGAUUUCAAGACCUCUUGUUUCCUGAAUGUUGAACCACUUCAUGUCGAGUUUACAAAGCCUCUUCAUGAUCUUGAAGUUAAAGAAAAGGAAGUUGCUCGGUUUGAAUGUGAAAUUUCCCGACCAACUGUUAAGGCAAAGUGGUUUAGGGACGGUGUUGAAAUCCGAAAAGGCAAGAAAUAUGACAUCAUUGCUAAAGACGUCCAGAGGAUACUUGUUAUCAGCAAAUGUCUACUUGAUGAUGAAGCUGAAUAUACAUGUGAAGCAAAGGCAGCCAGAACCUCGGGCAUGCUUACAGUGAUAGAGGAGGAAGCUGUCUUUACCAAAAACCUUCCCAACAUAGAAGUAAACGAAACAGAUACCGUCAAAUUGAUUUGCGAGGUUUCCAAGCCUGAUGCAGAAGUAACUUGGUUCAAAGGCAAUGAGGAGUUGCCUGAUGGCGGCAGAUAUGAACAAAUUGCGGACGGACGAAAGAGAAUUCUGGUCAUCCAUAACGCUCGUCUUGAUGACGCAAGCCCCUACAGCUGCAGGCUUCCAAGCACUCGGACAACUGGCAAGCUCAAAGUUCACGAACUUGCAGCUGAAUUUAUUACCAGACCCCAGAAUGUUGAAGUACUUGAAGGAGAAAAGGCAGAAUUUGUCUGCUCAGUAUCCAAAGAUGCCUUUGAAGUACAGUGGCUUAGGGGGGAUACUGUUCUUGAAGCUGGUGAUAAGUAUGACAUCAUAUCUGAUGGCAAAAAGAGAAUUCUGGUCAUUAAAGAGUCUGUCCUGGAUGAUGAGGGAAGUUAUGCUGCCAUGGUUGGUGAUGCCAAAGCCAAAGCACGCUUGAAAGUGAUUGAAAAACUCAGGAUUGUUAUUCCACUGAAGGACCAAGAAGUUAAAGAAGGAGAAGAGCUUGUCUUUAACUGUGAAGUUAAUACAGAAGGUGCCAAGGCUAAGUGGUACAAAGAUGAUGAACCAAUAUUUGAUAGUGCAAAAUACAUCCUGGUCCAUAAGGAUCUAGUUUACACUCUAAGAAUCAGAGACGCCCAUUUGAAUGACCAAGCAACCUACACUGUCGCACUAGCAAACCAGAGAGGAGAGCAUGUCAAGUCCUCUGCUAACUUAACUGUACUUGAGGAAGAUCUCAGAAUUAUUGAGCCUCUUCAAGACAUUGAAACCAUGGAGAAGAAAUCUGUCACAUUCUGGUGCAAAGUGAAUCGUCUUAACGUAACCCUCCAGUGGACAAAGAAUGGCGAAGAAGUCACCUUUGACCGCCGCAUUUUGUACAAAGUGGAUAAAUACAAGCAUUCACUUAUCAUUAAAAAUUGUGGGUUUAUCGAUGAAGGGGAAUACACCGUCACUGCUGGCCAAGACAAGUCUGUUGCGGAGCUUAUCAUCACAGAGGCACCUACAGAUUUCAUUGAGCAUUUGCAAGACCAGACCGUCACUGAAUUUGAUGAUGCCGUCUUUUCUUGCCAGCUUUCCAAAGAGAAAGCGAGUGUGAAGUGGUACAGAAACGGACGAGAAAUAAAAGAGGGCAAAAAGUAUCUCUUUGAAAAGGAUGGAAAUUUACACCGAUUAGUUAUAAAAGACUGCAGACUAGAUGACGAAUGUGAGUAUUCUUGUGGAGUGGACGACAGGAGAUCCCGAGCAAGGCUGUUCGUUGAAGAAAUUCCUGUGGAGAUCAUCCGGCCACCACAAGAUGCUUAUGAAGCUCCUGGCUCUGACGUCAUCUUCUUUGCUGAAUUGAAUAAAGAUAAGGUGGAAGUCAAAUGGUUGAGAAAUAACAUGAUUAUUGUUCAGGGAGAUAAACACCAAAUGAUGAGUGAAGGGAAGGUCCAUAGGCUGCAAGUCUGUGAAAUAAGGCCGCGUGACCAAGGAGAAUAUAGAUUCAUUGCCAAAGACAAAGAAGCUCGAGCUAAGCUAGAAUUGGCAGCUGCUCCAAGAAUAAAGACAGCUGAUCAGAACCUUGUGGUAGAUGUUGGGCAGCCAUUGACUAUGACUGUUCCAUAUGAUGCCUACCCACGAGCAGAAGCAGAGUGGUUUAAGGAAGAUGAAGCCCUGCCCACUCAGACGGUUGAUACAACAGCUGAAAGUACUACCUUCAGAAUCCAUGAAGCAAAGACAUCACACAAAGGAAGAUACAAAAUUAUACUCAAAAAUAAACAUGGCCAAGCUGAAGCACGCAUCAAUGUACAAGUUAUUGAUGUCCCUGGUCCAGUUAGGAACUUGGAAGUAACUGAAACAUUUGAUGGUGAAGUUAGCCUUGCCUGGGAGGAACCAGAAAGUGAUGGAGGUAGUAAAAUCACUGGAUAUGUUGUUGAAAGGCGUGACAUCAAACGCAAGACCUGGAUUUUGGCAACUGAUCGUGCCGACAGUUGUGAAUACACAGUUACCGGUCUUCAAAGGGGAGGUGUGGAGUAUCUCUUCCGUGUGAGUGCGAAAAACAGAGUGGGUACCGGCGAGCCAGUUGAAACAGACAAACCUGUUGAAGCAAAGAGCAGAUUUGAUGUCCCAGGUCCUCCUCUCAAUGUACAAGUUCCUGAUGUAAACAGAUCUAGUGCAACUCUUACUUGGGAAACACCAGAAUACGAUGGAGGUUCUCCAAUUACGGGCUACAUUAUUGAAUUGCGUGAUAGAGGUUCAAUCAAGUGGGAGCCCACCAUGACCACAGGAGCGCAUGAAUUGUCUGCAGUAAUAACAGAUGUCGUGGAAAACAAAGAAUACUUUUUCAGAGUCAGAGCUCAAAACCAAGUUGGAGUUGGCAAACCUAGUGCUUCUACACAUGCAGUCAAGAUCAUGGAUCCAAUUGAAAGACCAAGUCCUCCCAUUAACCUUGACCAUUCUGACCAAACUAAGGAAUCUGUGAAACUUACAUGGGAACCUCCUCUGAAAGACGGAGGCAGCCCAAUUUUGGGCUACAUUAUUGAAAGACGUGAGGAGGGAACGGACGACUGGGUCCGCUGCAAUCCGAAACUUGCACCUAGUCUUUCUUACAAGGUGACUGGAUUGACACCGCUGGCUAAGUAUUAUUAUAGAGUAUCUGCCGAAAAUGCUGCUGGUGUAUCAGAUCCAGCUGAAGCUAUUGGACCACUGACUGCUGAUGAUCCUCAUUUUGGACCCACAAUGGACUUAAGUGGAUUUAAAGAUGGACUUGAAGUUAUUGUUCCAGAGCCACUCAAAAUACGUGUUCCUAUCACUGGGUAUCCAGUACCAACCGCCACAUGGUCUGUAGGUGACAAAGUUUUAGAAGAAGGUGACCGGGUGAAAAUUGAGACUACAGCUGCCUUUGCACAACUGGUUAUUACUCCAAGUGAACGGCCAGAUAAAGGCAUUUAUAAGUUGACAUUAAAAAACCCUGUGGCAUCAGUCUCAGGAGAAAUUGAUGUGAAUGUCAUUGCUCGCCCAAGUGCACCAAGAGAACUAACAGUUGGAGAGAUAACUAGGAACACAGUACAACUAUCAUGGGAACCACCUGAAAAUGAUGGCGGAAGCCCAUUGACUGGCUAUGUUAUUGAAAAACGUGAAGUGAGCCGUAAAACAUGGAUCAAAGUUAUGGACAAUGUCCUUGACCAAGAGUUCACCAUACCAGACCUUGCUCAAGGAAAAGAAUACUUGUUCAAGGUUUCAGCAUGCAACAAAUGUGGACCAGGAGAACCUGCUUACAUUGAUGAACCUGUUAACAUGUCAGCACCUGCAACGGUGCCUGAUCCACCAGAGAAUGUUAAAUGGAGGAAUCCAACGUCGAAGUCCAUUUUCCUUACAUGGGAACCGCCUAAAUAUGAUGGUGGCUCCCGGAUCAAAGGUUAUCUGGUAGAAAAAUGCCAACGCGGCACUGACAAAUGGGAGCCCUGCGGAGAUCCAGUUGUUGAGACCAAAAUGGAAGUAACAAAGCUUUUGGAAGGGGAAUGGUAUGCUUAUCGCGUUAAAGCUCUGAACAGGCAAGGAGCCAGCAAACCAAGCAAGCCCACAGAUGACAUCCAAGCUGUGGAUGCAAUGGAGGCCCCGGAGAUUUUCCUAGAUGUCAAGUUGCUUGCUGGAAUCACUGUCAAGGCCGGAACAAAAAUAGAGCUGCCAGCCACAGUAACUGGGAAACCUGAACCUCGGAUUACAUGGACAAAGGCUGAACAUCUCCUCAGACCUGAUAAAAGAAUAUCCAUUGAAUCCAAACCGAACCAUUCCACAGUCAUCAUAACAGACAGCAAGAGAAGUGACAGUGGCACCUAUAUUAUUGAAGCUGUAAAUACCAGUGGUCGGGCCACAGCCGUGGUUGAGGUUAAUGUUCUAGAUAAGCCUGGCCCACCAGCUGCAUUUGACGUAUCCGAGAUUACAAGCGUAUCUUGCUUUUUGACCUGGAAUCCUCCUCGAGAUGAUGGUGGCUCCAGAAUCACAAACUAUGUUCUAGAGCAAAGAACUGCAGACAGCGAAAUAUGGCACAAACUGUCAUCCACUAUUAAAGAAACGAACUUCAAAGUCACUAACCUCACGCCUCAUAAAGAAUACAUCUUCAGAGUCAGUGCAGAAAACAUGUAUGGAGUUGGAGAACCAGCCGUGUCCAUUCCUAUCAUUGCCAAAUAUCCAUUUGAUCCACCAGGCCCUCCAACACGAGUUCAACCUGUUGAGAUCACUAAAGAUUCUGUAACAUUAACUUGGGCUGAACCAGACGAAGAUGGUGGUAGCCCUAUCACUGGUUACUGGGUUGAACGAUUUGACCCUGAUCAAGAUAAAUGGAUACGAUGCAAUAAAAUACCAGUUAAAGAUACAACAUUCAAGGUAAAAGGUCUUACAAACCACAAGAAGUAUAAGUUCCGUGUCUUGGCUGAGAACCUUGCUGGGCCAGGGAAACCAAGCAAACCGACAGAUGCAAUCUUAGUGAAGGAUCCCAUUGAUCCCCCAUGGCCUCCUGGAAAACCAACGGUGAAAGAUGUUGCUAAGACCUCAUGUUUCCUGAACUGGACAAAGCCGGAACAUGAUGGCGGUGCCAAAAUUGAGUCAUAUGUUAUUGAGUUGUUAAAGACUGGUACAGAUGAGUGGGUGAGAGUGGCUGACGGAGUUCCCACGACAGAACACUUCCUCAAAGGACUUAUGGAGAAACAAGAAUACUCUUUCCGAAUCCGAGCUGUGAACAAAGCUGGAGAGAGUGAACCCAGUGAACCCAGCGAUCCUGUGUUGUGCAAGGAGAGGCUGAAUCCUCCUUCACCACCUCGCUGGCUUGAAGUCAUUAAUAUCACUAAAAACACUGCAGACCUUAAAUGGACAGUGCCAGAACGAGACGGGGGCUCCCCGAUUACAAAUUACAUUGUUGAAAAGAGAGACGUGCGGCGCAAAGGCUGGCAGACCGUUGACACUACAGUAAAGGACACCAAAUAUACAGUGACACCACUGACAGAAGGCUCUCUGUAUGUAUUCCGUGUUGCUGCAGAAAAUGCAGUGGGACAGAGUGACUACUGUGAAAUUGAGGACUCCGUUCUUGCUAAAGACACCUUCACUACCCCUGGAGCACCAUAUGCACUUACACCAGUUGAAGUGACGAAGAGACAUGUUGACUUAAAAUGGGAACCACCUAAGAAUGACGGUGGCAGACCAAUUCUACGAUACGUUAUUGAAAAGAAAGACAAACUGGGCACCCGCUGGGUGAAAGCGGGCAAGACAGCUGGACCUGACUGCAAUUACAGAGUAACGGAUGUCAUUGAAGGCACAGAGGUUCAGUUCCAGGUUCGUGCUGAGAAUGAGGCUGGAUGUGGUCAUCCUAGUGAACCAACUGAUAUUCUGGCAAUUGAAGACCCAACAAGCCCUCCUUCACCUCCUCUCGACUUGCAUGUGACAGAUGCAAGCAGAAAACACAUUUCGAUUGCAUGGAAACCACCAGAGAAAAAUGGCGGAAGUCCCAUCAUUGGGUACAAUAUUGAGCUCUGUGAAGCAGGAACUGAGAAAUGGAUGAGAAUAAAUUCUCGGCCAGUCAAAGACUUGAAAUACAAAGCAGAAGAAGGAAUUGUACCUGACAAGGAAUAUGUUCUCAGGGUCAGAGCUGUCAAUGCUAUAGGAGCUAGUGAACCAUCAGACAUAUCAGAAAAUGUUGUAGCCAAAGAUCCAGAUUGUAAUCCGACUAUUGAUCUAAAGACUAAAGACAUUAUUGUAGUUGAAGGUGAAAAGUUAAGUGUUCCUGUUCCCUUCAGAGCUGUUCCAUCUCCAACCAUUGCAUGGCAUAAAAAUGGAAAGGAGGUUAAAACAGGUGACCGGACAACAAUGAAGAGCGAUUACACUUCUGCCUUGCUGGAAGUAACAAAUACUGUCCAUGCUGACGCUGGUGUUUACACUAUUACCUUGGAGAAUAAAUUGGGUUCAACAACUGGUACUAUCAAUGUCAAAGUGAUAGGUCUGCCUGGACAAUGCAGCUCUAUUAAGGCAAGUGACGUGACUAAAGACUCAUGCAAGGUUACCUGGGAACCUCCGGAAUUUGAUGGCAAUACUCCCAUAUUACAUUAUGUACUGGAACGAAGAGAAGCUGGAAGGAGAACAUACAUACCAGUGAUGUCUGGUGAGAACAAAUUGGCAUGGAAUGUAAAGGAUCUUAUCCCAAAUGGUGAAUACUACUUCCGUGUUAAAGCUGUCAAUAAAAUUGGAGGAGGUGAAUACCUUGAACUGAGAAAUCCAGUGAUUGCAGAAGAUCCAAAACAACGUCCAGAUCCACCAGUUGAUCUUGAGACUCACAAUCCCACAUCGAAGUCAAUAACGCUCACAUGGAAGCCACCAUUGUAUGAUGGAGGAACCAAAAUUAUGGGCUACGUUUUGGAAAAGCUGGUUAAAGGAGGAGAGAAGUGGGAAAGAUGCAACGACUUUUUGGUUCCACUUUUGACUUACACUGUAAAAGGCCUUGAGGAAGGCAAAGAAUAUCAGUUCCGUGCCCGCGCAGAGAAUGCUGCAGGUGUCAGUGAACCUUCUAAUGUCACUCCUCUGGUGAAAGCAGUCGAUCCCAUUGAGGCUCCAAAAGUCUUCAUUGGCACGGGUCUGCAAGCUGGCCUUGAGGUAAAGGAAGGUUCUGAGAUUCCACUUGAAGCACGUGUUUCAGGGUCACCAUACCCAAGUAUCGCUUGGUUAUGGAAUGAUGAAGUAAUUAAACCAGAAGAAAUCAAGAAGAGAGUUACCAGGGUUACUAGGAGAAAGAAAGGGGAAGUUGCAGAAGACGAGCCUUUCCACUUGUCCUUGCCAGAACGUUUGAGCGUUGACAACAGCAGACAAGGAGAAUCUUUUCUGGUUGUUCGGGACUCAAUCAGAGCAGACCAUGGCACAUUUACGAUCCGAGUUGAAAAUGAUCAUGGGGUUGCAAAAGCGUCAUGUGAAGUCAAUGUGUUAGAUGUACCUGGCCCACCAGUCGAAUUUGCUUUUGAAGAUGUUCGAAAAAAUUCCAUUACUUGCAAGUGGGAACCUCCUUUGGAUGAUGGUGGAAGUGAUAUAUUGAACUAUGUCUUGGAAAAGAAAGACAACACAAAAGCUGAAAUUGGCUGGGUUACUGUUACCUCAACACUUAGGCAUUGCAAAUAUAAUGUGAUCAAACUGAUUGAAGGAAAGGAAUACGUUUUCCGUGUGAAAGCUGAGAACAGAGUUGGGGUUGGACCUCCUUGUACUUCAAAGCCUGUUGUAGCUAAAGAUCCAUUUGGUCCUCCUGAUGCACCUGAUAAACCUCUAGUAGAAGAGCCUUCCAGCAGUAGUAUGUUGGUUAAAUGGAAUGAGCCUAAAGACAAUGGCAGCCCCAUUUUGGGAUACUGGGUUGAAAAACGUGAAAUCAAUGGAACUCACUGGGCUCGAGUGAAUAGAGAACUUGUGAAUACCCUGGAAAUGAAGGUUGAAGGACUAUUGGAAGGAUUAACAUAUGUUUUCAGAGUUUGUGCUGAGAAUGCAGCUGGUCCGGGCAAAUUCAGUCCUCCAUCAGAUCCUAAAAUUGCACAAGAUCCAAUAUUGCCACCUGGUCCACCUGUUCCAAGAAUUGUUGAUACAAGCUCAACAAGUAUUGACUUAGAAUGGGAUGCUCCACUGUACAACGGGGGUGGAGAAAUCACUGGUUACUACGUUUACAAGCAGUUUGUGGGCUCGAAUGAGUGGUCACGUUGCACAGAGAAAGCUGUUAAAGUUCGAAGCUAUAUAGUUAAAGGAAUUAGGGAAGGUGCUGAUUACAAAAUUCGGGUGACGGCUAUUAAUAUUGCUGGAGAAGGACCUCCUGGAGAAACUGAGCCUGUAACAGUUGCAGAACCUCAAGAGCCUCCCACGGUUGAACUGGAUGUUUCCGUCAAAGCAGGUGUUCAGAUAUUAGCAGGUCAAACCCUUAAACUUCCUGCUGUUGUUACUGGACGCCCUACUCCUACAAUUGUAUGGACUUUAGAGGAAGGGGAAAUUGACAAAGAACGAGUUGUGAUUGAAAACAUUGGCACGUCAUCUGUGUUGAUGAUCAAAAAUGCACUCAGAAAAGACCAUGGAAGAUAUGUGAUUACUGCAACAAAUGAGAGUGGUUCUAAAUUUGCUGCAACCAGGGCAGAAAUAUUUGAUGUUCCUGGACCAGUGACUGAUCUACAUCCUGUAGUGGUGAAUAGAAAGAUGUGUUUGCUUAAUUGGGAUGAUCCCAAAGAUGAUGGUGGAAGUGAGAUUAUUGGCUUCCUUGUAGAAAGGAAAGAUGCCAAAAUGCAUACAUGGAGACUAGCUGUAGACACAGACAGAUCUAAGUGUGACAUUACAGGUCUUGUUGAAGGACAAGAAUAUAGGUUCCGUGUAUUCGCCAAGAACAAGUUUGGCUGUGGUCCACCUGUUGAACUAGGACCUAUCCUUGCUGUUGACCCCAAAGGGCCUCCCACUGCACCUGAGAGGUUUAUGUACACAGAGAGAACGAAAUCAUCUGUUACACUUGACUGGAAACCUCCCCGUAAUGACGGUGGCAGCCCCAUCAUUGGUUACAUCGUUGACAAGAGAAGACAUGACUCAAAUGAAUUUGAAAGAGUCAAUAAGAGACUCUGCCCAACUACAUCACUCCUUGUUGACAAUCUUGCUGAGUUGCAUAUGUAUGAAUUCCGAGUCAAGGCAGUCAAUGAGAUUGGAGAAAGUGAACCAUCAUUGCCUCUUAAUGUGGUUAUACAAGAUGAUGAAGAACCUCCCACCGUGACUUUACGUCUGACUGUUCGGGGAGAUACGAUCAAAGUAAUGGCAGGACAGCCAGUCAACAUCCCUGCAGAUGUGACAGGUCUUCCAAUGCCAAAGAUUGAAUGGUCCAAAGAUGAUGUUAUUAUUGACAAACCAUCCGAUGCCCUUAAGAUCACCAAAAAAGAAGUUUCUAGAACAGAGGCAAAAACUGAACUCAGUAUGCCCGCAGCAUUUAGGAAAGAAAAAGGCACUUAUACAGUUACAGCUUCCAAUCGUCUCGGCACAGCAUACCGCAACGUUCAUGUUGAAGUAUUUGAUCGUCCUUCUCCGCCAAGAAACCUCACCGUUUCUGAUAUUAAAGCUGAAUCUUGCUGCUUGACUUGGGAUGCUCCACUUGAUAAUGGUGGCAGUGAGAUUACUCACUACAUUCUUGAGAAACGUGAUGCAAGCAAGAAGAAAUCUGACUGGGAGGAAGUAUCCAGCACAGUGGUGGAUAGACGAUUUGGGGUCUAUAAACUUACAACAAAUGGUCAAUAUCAAUUCAGAGUUAGAGCUGUGAAUAGGUUUGGAACAAGUGAUGAAUGUCUUUCAGAGAAAGUAGUUAUCAAGGAUCCUUAUGGUCUACCUGGACCUCCUGGAAAACCAAAGGUUAUUGAACACACUAGGUCGUCAAUGCUAGUAACAUGGACACCUCCUCUAGACAAUGGUGGAGCUGCAAUUACUGGCUAUUGGCUAGAGAAGAAAGAAGAAGGAGGUGUCUACUGGUCUCGUGUCAACAGAGCUCCAGUAACAAAACCAGCUGUGAAAGGACUGGAAUUCAAUGUACUGCGUUUGAUUGAAGGUGUAAAAUAUCAGUUCAGAGCUAUGGCUAUAAAUAUUGCUGGAGUCGGCCCUCCAAGUGAACCAUCAGAUCUUGUUGAAGCUGCAGAUCCAAUCUUUCCUCCUGGUGCCCCAUCAUGCCCAGAUGUGAAAGACAGAACCAAGUCGACUAUAUCUCUUGCAUGGAAACCUCCACAGAAAGAUGGCGGCAGUCCCAUUAAAGGAUACAUUGUUGAGAUGCAAGAAGAAGGCAGUUCAGAUUGGAAGAAGGUGAACGAACCAGACAAGCUGUUCCCUACCUGCGAAUGUGUCGUACCCAACCUGAAAGAGCUCAGAAAGUACAGAUUUAGAGUCAAGGCUGUAAAUGCUGCCGGAGAAUCUGAGCCCAGUCUUGCUACUUCCGAAAUACCAUGCAAGGAUAUUCUAGAGGAGCCAGAAGUAUAUAUCGAUGUUGGAGCACAAGAUUUGCUCUCUUGUCGUACUGGCACAACAAUCAAACUUCCAGCAGUUAUUAAGGGACGUCCAAUUCCUAAAGUAACUUGGGAAUUUGAAGGAGAUGCAAAGAAAGCUGUAAAGGAUGGACAUAAUAUACCUGAAGAUGCUACGGUGGAAUCAACAGAUACCACUUCCGUCAUUAUGAUCCCUGUAUGUAACAGAGGUCAUUCUGGGAAAUAUAGUAUUACAGCGAAGAAUAAAGCAGGACAGAAAACUGUAAACGUCAGGGUGAAUGUCCUCGAUGUUCCAGGGCCACCAAAAGACCUGAAAGUAAGUGACAUCACAAGAUGCAGCUGUAAACUUUCAUGGAAAAUGCCAGACAAUGAUGGCGGAGACAGAAUCAGAAACUACAUUAUUGAGAAAAGAACUGUUGAAGGGAAGGCCUGGACAAAGGUCAAUGCAAACUGUGCUGGCACAUCCUUAACUAUUCCUGAUCUCAUAGCCGGGCAACAAUAUUUCUUCCGUGUACGUGCAGAAAACCGCUUUGGUGUUGGACCACCAGCAGAUACAAUUCAAAGGACCACAGCUAGGGAUCCAAUCCAUCCUCCUGACCCUCCUAUCAAACUCAAGAUUGGUCUUGUAACUAAGAACACAGUGAGCUUGACGUGGAAGCCUCCGAAGAAUGACGGCGGUGCUCCUGUGACCCAUUACAAUAUUGAGUGCCUCCGUUGGGAUCGUACAGGUGAAGGAAAGGAAGCCUGGCGACAGUGCAAUAGACGGGAUGUGGAAGAAACAAAGUUUACCGUUGAAGACCUUAAAGAAGGUGACGAAUAUGAAUUCAGAGUGAAAGCAGUAAACGAAGCAGGUCCAAGCAGACCGUCAGCUACCGUUGGGCCAAUUGUUGUCAGAGAUCAGACAUGCCCUCCAUCUAUUGAACUCAGAGAAUUUAUGGAGGCAGAAGAAGGAACAGAUAUUAACAUUGUAGCCAAAAUAAAGGGUGUGCCCUUCCCUACACUGACUUGGGUUAAAGCUCCUCCAAAGAAACCUGAUGACAAACUUCCAGUGCUGUACGACCAACAUGUCAACAAGAUUGUGGGUGAAGAUUCUUGUACUUUAGUGAUACAGCAGUCCCGCAGAAAGGAUACAGGGCUCUACACUAUAACUGCAGUCAAUAAUUUUGGAUCAGAUUCAAAGGAGAUGAGGCUGAAUGUUCUGGGUCGUCCUGGGCCACCAGAAGGACCCAUUAAAUUUGAAUCUAUUUCAGCUGAUCACAUGACAUUGUCUUGGCUUCCUCCUAAAGAUGAUGGUGGCUCUAAGAUAACAAACUAUGUUAUUGAAAAAAGGGAAGCAAACAGAAGGACCUGGGUCCCUGUAACCAAUGAGCCUAAGGAAUGCCUCUUCACAGUACCCAAAUUGCUGGAAGGUCAUGAAUAUGUCUUCCGCAUAAUGGCACAGAAUAAAUAUGGCAUUGGGGAACCUCUUGAUAGUGAGCCUGAAACAGCAAGAAAUCUUUUCACUGUCCCUGGAAUUUGUGACAAGCCAACAGUUAGCAGCAUCACACAUGAUUCAAUGACUGUCAACUGGGAGGAACCAGAAUAUGAUGGAGGCUCGCCUGUAACAGGUUAUUGGCUGGAGCGUAAAGAAACCACUGGAAAGAGAUGGACAAGAGUUAACCGUGAUCCCAUUAAACCUAUGACAUUGGGUGUUUCUUACAAAGUAACUGGCCUUAUUGAAGGUUCAGAUUAUCAGUUCCGUGUAUAUGCUAUUAAUGCAGCUGGUGUUGGCCCACCAAGCAUGCCAUCUGAUCCAAGAACUGCAAGAGACCCAAUUGCUCCACCUGGUCCUCCUACUCCAAAAGUUACUGACUGGACAAAAUCAUCGGUUGACCUUGAAUGGGCUCCACCAUUAAAAGAUGGUGGCUCUAAAGUCACUGGUUACCUUGUGGAAUUUAAAGAGGAAGGGAAAGAAGAAUGGGAAAAGGCAAAAGAUAAAGAAAUCAGAGGAACCAGGUUUGUUUUAGCAGGAUUAAAAGAAGGAGGUUUCUACAGAUUUAGAGUCAGAGCAAUAAAUGCUGCUGGUAUUGGAGAGCCUGGAGAUGUUACUGAAGUCCUUGAAAUGAAAGACAGAAUAGUUGCUCCUGACCUCCAGUUGGAUGCUCAUGUGAAAGACAGAAUUGUUGUUCAUGCCGGUGGAGUGAUCCGUAUUAUAGCUUAUGUCUCAGGAAAGCCAGUUCCAACCAUUACAUGGAGUCGGGAUGAAAGAGCUCUGCCAGAAGAGGCUAAAAUUGAGGAAACUGUUAUUAGUUCUUCUAUGGUCAUAAAGAACUGCAAGAGAAGUCACCAGGGCAUCUACACGCUCCUAGCUAAAAAUGCAGGUGGAGAAAGAAAGAAGACUAUUAUCGUUGACGUGCUGGAUGUACCAGGCCCAGUUGGCAUCCCAUUUCUUACUGAAAAUCUAACCAAUGACUCCUGCAAACUUACAUGGUUUUCUCCUGAAGACGAUGGUGGUUCAGCUAUCACCAACUAUGUCAUUGAAAAGCGUGAAGCGGAUCACAGGGCUUGGACACCAGUAACUUAUACGGUCACCCGGCAGAAUGCUACUGUGCAGGGACUGAUUGAGGGAAAAGCAUACUUCUUCCGAAUUGCACCAGAGAAUAUCAUUGGCAUGGGCCCAUUUGUAGAGACAACAAAAGAGAUUUUAAUCAGAGAUCCAAUAACCGUACCAGAGAGGCCUGAGGAUCUUGAAGUGAAAGCAGUAACUAAAGAUUCCGUUACACUGACCUGGAACCCACCUAAGUAUAACGGUGGCUCUGAUAUAACCAUGUAUGUUUUGGAAAGCCGUCUGAUUGGAAAAGAAAAAUUCAGUAGAGUUACGAAAGAGAAAAUGCUUGACAGGACAUACACUGUUGAAGGACUGAAAGAAGGUGACACUUACGAGUAUCGUGUGAGCGCUUGUAAUAUUGUGGGACAAGGCAAACCAUCAUUUUGUACAAAGCCCAUCACGUGCAAAGAUGAAAUUGCUCCUCCACAACUUGAACUUGAUAUCAGAGAGAAGCUCACUGUCCGUGUAGGAGAAGCUUUCAGUCUGACUGGCCGUUACUCAGGCAAACCACAACCAAAGGUUACUUGGCUCAAAGAUGACAUUACAGUGAAAGAAGACAAACGGACAAAGAUCCAGACCACUCCAGCUACUCUUUGCUUAGGGGUAUUAAAAUCUGUCCGUGAAGAUUCAGGCAGAUAUUGUGUCAUCGUCGAAAACAGUUCAGGAUCAAGAAAAGGCUUCUGUCAAGUUACUGUAGUUGACCGUCCUCAACCUCCAGUGGGCCCAGUUAUUUUUAAUGAAGUACAUAAAGAUCAUUUUGUUAUCUCCUGGAAACCUCCCUUGGAUGAUGGUGGCAGUCCAAUUACGAAUUACAUUAUUGAGAAGAGAGAUGCAAACAGAGACGUCUGGAUGCCAGUCACAUCAGCCAGUGUGAAGACAACGUGCAAAGUGCCUAAAUUACUAGAGGGGAGAGACUACGUUGUCCGAAUUUAUGCUGAAAAUUUGUACGGCAUGAGUGAUCCUCUAGAAUCAGAUGAAAUGAAGGCCAAGGAUCGUUUCAGUGUUCCUGAUGCACCAGAGCAACCAAUAAUUAAGGACAUCACCAAAAAUUCUGCAUUAGUUACCUGGAAAAAGCCAUAUGAUGGAGGAAAGCCAAUAACAAAUUACAUACUUGAAAAGAAGGAAACCAUGUCUAACCGAUGGGGAAGAGCCACCAGAGAACGUAUUUACCCAGAUACCCAGUUCAGGGUAACAGAUCUUCUUGAAGGCUGUGAAUACGAAUUCCGAGUUUCAGCAGAAAAUGAAAUUGGUGUUGGUGAUCCUAGCCCACCGUCAAAACCAUUCUUUGCCAGAGAUCCAAUUGCUAAACCAGGUCCACCAAUUAAUCCUGAAGCAGUGGAUAAAACUAAAAGUUCCGUUGCUUUGUCCUGGCAACCACCACGUCAUGAUGGAGGAGGCAAGAUUAUAGGCUAUCUCAUUGAGUACCAAAAGGUUGGAGAAGAGGAGUGGAAAAAAGCUAAUUUUACAGCGGAUUCCUGCCCUGAGACAAACUACAAUGUCACUGGUCUCACUGAAGGUACCAAAUAUAAAUUCAGAGUCAUGGCAGUCAAUGGAGCAGGAGAAUCAGAGCCAGCUUAUGUUCGCGAUCCAGUGGAAGUCAAGGACAGACUUGAACCUCCUGACUUAAUCCUGGAUGCUAAUAUGGCACGGGAACAACAUGUAAAAGCUGGAAGUACACUGAGACUCAGUGCUGUAAUUAAAGGAAUCCCAUUCCCAAAAGUGAGUUGGAAGAAAGAAGAUAAGGAAGUUUCUACAAAAGCAGAUAUUGAAGUUACAGGAGUUGGCAGUAAGCUAGAAAUUCGUAAUGCUGCCCAUGAAGACGGAGGAAUUUACUCUCUGACUGUGGAGAAUCCAGUUGGGUCAAAGACUGUUUCAGUAAAAGUUGUUGUGCUAGAUAAGCCUGGGCCUCCUAGGGAUCUACUGGUCAGUGAAGUUAGAAAAGAUUCUUGCUACCUGACUUGGAAGGAACCUGAGGACAAUGGUGGCUCUGUCAUUACCAACUAUGUGGUGGAAAGGAAAGAUGUUGCUACUGCUCAAUGGUUACCAAUAUCUUCCUCCUCUAAGAAACACAGUCUGUUAGCUAAAUACCUGAUGGAAGGCACUCAAUAUCUCUUCCGUGUUGCUGCUGAGAACCAGUAUGGCCGAGGUCCUUAUGUUGAAACCCUCAAGCCAAUCAAGGCUAUCGAUCCACUUCAUCCUCCUGGCCCACCAAAGAACUUGCAUCAUGUAGAUGUUGACAAGACGGAAGUCUCUCUUGUUUGGAACUGGCCUGACCGUGAUGGCGGUGCUGAAAUAACUGGAUUUUUGGUGGAGUAUCAAGAAGAAGGUGCACAGGACUGGACUAAAUUCAAAACCGUCCCUGUGCCAGAAUGUGUUGUUACUGGUCUACAACAAGGAAAAAUUUACAAAUUCCGUGUGAAAGCCCAAAAUAUUGUGGGUCUUAGUCUUCCAGACACAACCAUACCAAUAGAAUGCCAAGAAAAAUUAGUACCACCAUCUGUUGACCUGGAUGUGAAAUUAAUAGAAGGCCUUGUUGUUAAAGCUGGCAGCACAGUAAGAUUCCCUGCAAUCAUGAGAGGUAUACCUGUUCCCACUGCAAAAUGGGUCACUGAUGAUACUGAAAUCAAAUCAGAAGGCAACUACAAGAUCGACACAGAUAAUUACUCAACUGUCCUAACUAUUAAAAACUGCACGAGAAAAGACACUGGAGAAUACCUGCUCACAGUAUCGAAUAUAGUUGGAAGCAAAACUGUACCUGUUCAUCUAACAGUUUUGGAUGUUCCUGGUCCUCCAACUGGCCCAAUUGAUAUUCUAGAGGUGACUCCAGAUCACAUGGUUAUUGCUUGGCGACCUCCUAAAGAUGACGGUGGAAGUCCUGUGAUUAAUUACAUUGUUGAGAAGCGAGAGUCAAAGAAAGAAACCUGGGGAGUAGUCUCUUCAGGAGUUAAUCAGACAAGAAUUAAAAUUCCACGUCUACAGAAAGGCUCUGAAUAUGUUUUCCGAGUCCGUGCAGAGAAUAAGAUAGGCAUUGGUGCACCUCUUGAUUCGCAACCAGCAGUUGCUAAGGCUAUGUUUGAUCCACCAGCCCCACCUGGUAAACCAGUAGUUCAUGACAUUACUGAAAAUGCUGCAACAGUAGCUUGGACUAUACCCAAAUCUGAUGGUGGAAGUCCAAUAAUUGGAUAUCUUCUUGAACGCCGUGAAAUCUCAGGCAAGUGGGUACGUGUCAACAAAACACCAGUGCUUGAUCUGAGGUUAAGAGCCACAGGCCUCUAUGAAGGUAGCACAUAUGAAUUCCGUGCUUUUGCAGAAAACAGUGUGGGCAUAAGCAAACCGUCUCCAGUUUCUGACCCAAUAAAAGCAUCACGUCCUUUCUCACCUCCUGGACCUCCCAUUAAUCCAAAGCUCAAGGAUAAGACCAGAGAAACAGCUGAACUAGUAUGGACGAAGCCACUCAAAGAUGGUGGUAGCCCUAUUCUGGGAUAUGUUGUAGAAUGCCAGAAAAGUGGAACUACACAAUGGAAUAGAAUUAAUAAAGAUGAACUAAUCAGACAGUGUGCUUUUACAGUACCUGGACUAAUUGAAGGAAAUGAAUAUAGAUUCCGUAUAAAAGCUGCUAAUAUUGUAGGAGAGGGAGAACCUAGAGAAUUGCCAGAAACAGUUCUUGCCAAAGACAUUCUCUCCCCUCCAGAACUAGAGCUGGAUGUGACAUGCCGUGAUGUAAUUACAGUCAGAGUAGGCCAAACAAUAAAAAUUGUUGGCAAAGUGAAAGGUAGACCUGAUCCUGACAUAACAUGGUCUAAAGAUGGCAAAACGCUAACAAAAGAUCAGCGUGUUGAAAUAAUUCAGGAAUUCCCUCAUAUAGAGCUGCAAGUGAAAAAAGCUACAAGAGCAGAUCAUGGCAAAUACCUCAUUUCAGCUAAGAACAGCAGUGGACAUGCCCAAGCAUCAGCCAUUGUUAACGUACUUGACAGACCUGGACCUUGCAAGAACCUGAAAGUAAGCUAUGUCACUAAAGAUUCUUGUAUGGUUGCUUGGGAGAAUCCUGAAGAUAAUGGCGGCUCAGAAAUUACAAAUUAUAUAGUAGAAUAUCGUCAACCAAAUCAGAGAGGCUGGUCAAUAGUUGCUUCUGAUCUUACUAAACGGCUGAUAAAAGCACAUCUUGUAGAAAAUCACGAAUACUUUUUCCGUGUUUGUGCAGAAAACAAAGUAGGUCCUGGCCCAAUUGUGGAGACCAAAACUCCAAUCCUUGCCAUUAAUCCCAUUGAUAGGCCAGGUGAGCCUGAAAACCUUCACAUUGCAGAAACAGGAAAGACCUUUGUGUAUCUGAAAUGGAGGAGGCCAGACUACGAUGGUGGCAGUCCCAAUUUAACUUACCAUGUUGAGAAGAAACUGAAGGAUUCUGAUGAGUGGGACAGAGUCCACAAAGGCAGCAUUAAGGAAACACAUUACAUGGUUGACAAAUGUGUUGAAAAUAAAAUUUAUCAGUUCAGAGUUCAGACGAAGAAUGAAGCAGGUGAAAGUGACUGGGUAAAGACAAGUGAAGUUGUUGUUAAAGAAGAAGUGCAGAAACCAGUACUUGAUCUAAAAUUAACUGGAGUACUUACUGUGAAAGCUGGAGAGCCAAUUAAAAUUGUAGCAGGACUUCGAGGCAAGCCACAACCAGAAGUAUGUUGGACAAAGGAUAAUGAAGAUCUAUCCAAAUCUCCAAGAGCCAAAAUUGAAACAACUUCAGACACAUCGAAGUUCCUUCUCUCAAAAGCAAGGCGUACUGAUGGUGGUAAAUACGUUAUUACUGCCACUAAUCCAGCUGGUAGCUUUGUAGCAUAUGCUACUGUAAAUGUUUUGGACAAACCAGGACCUGUAAGAAAUUUGAAAGUCUCUGAUGUUUCAAGCGAUCGAUGUACUGUCAACUGGGACCCACCUGAGGAUGAUGGUGGUGCUGAAAUACAGAACUACAUCGUGGAGAAAUGUGAAAGCAAACGGAUGGUUUGGACUACGUAUUCUUCGUCAGUGAUAAUGAACAAUGUACAUGUAACACAUCUCAUAGAAGGCAAUGAAUACAUAUUCAGGGUGCGUGCAGAGAAUAAAAUGGGCACUGGUCCACCAACAGAGACAAAGCCAAUUAUAGCAAAAACAAAGUAUAACAGACCUGGUCGUCCUGAUCCCCCAGAAGUCACAAGAGUCAGCAAAGAGGAGAUGACUGUAGUUUGGAAUCCACCAGAAUAUGAUGGCGGAAAAUCAAUUACAGGUUAUAUAUUAGAGAAGAAAGAGAAACGUUCGUUGAGAUGGGUUCCUGUUACCAAAACUGCAAUCCCAGAAAGACGUAAGAAAGUUCAAGAUCUUAUUCCAGGACAUGAGUAUCAGUUCCGAGUCAAGGCAGAAAAUGAAAUUGGAAUUGGUGAACCAAGUUUCCCGUCGAGACCAGCAAUAGCAAAGGAUCCAAUAGAACCACCUGGUCCUCCCACUAAUCUUAAGGUUGUUGAUAGCACAAAGAGCUCUAUUACUCUUGGAUGGGGAAAGCCGCUCUAUGAUGGUGGUGCUCCUAUCAUUGGAUAUGUGGUAGAAAUGAGACCAAAAACUGAAAAAGCAGGUCCUGAUGACGGAUGGAAAAGAUGCAAUGUUGCUGCACAAGUUAUUCAUACAGAAUUUACUGUGACAAGCCUAGAUGAGAAAGAACUAUACGAGUUCCGUGUUUCAGCCCAAAAUCAGGUUGGCAUUGGCCGGCCAGCUGAUUUGAAAGAAGCUGUUUCUCCCAAAGAAAUACUUGAACCUCCUGAGAUUGAUUUGGAUGCAAGCCUGAGAAAGUUAGUCACAGUCAGAGCAGGGUGCCCCAUAAGGCUUUUUGCCAUUGUGAGAGGGAGACCAGCACCUAAAGUCACCUGGAGGAGAGUAGGAAUUGAUAAUGUGAUCAGGAGGGGUCAGGUUGACCUGGUUGACACAAUGGCGUUUUGUGUCAUUCCCAACUCUACGCGUGAUGAUUCAGGCAAAUACUCUUUGACCGUUGUUAACACUGCUGGAGAAAAGGCCGUCUUUGUGAAUGUCCGUGUCCUUGAUACUCCUGGACCUGUAGCCGAGUUCAGCGUCUCAGAAGUCACAAAAGCAUCAUGUCAGCUUUCAUGGACACCACCUGAAAACGAUGGUGGUAGUCCUGUAACACAUUAUAUCUUGGAAAGACGUGAAGCUGAUAGAAAGACCUGGGGGAAAAUUAUUAGUGAUGUAAAGAAGACUAGUUUCAAAGUUGCUAACCUUGUACCGGGUACUGAGUAUUUCUUCAGAGUGACAGCUGUCAAUGAAUACGGUCCUGGUGUUCCAAGAGACACACCUAAGCCAAUCCUGGCAACAGAUCCACUGAGUGCACCUGAUCCUCCAAGGAAAGUUGAAGUGGCUGAAAUUACGAAGAACAGUGCUACUUUAGGGUGGUUGACCCCACUGCGUGAUGGUGGUUCUAAAAUAGAUGGAUACAUUAUUGCGUUCCAAGAAGAGGGUCAAGCUGGAGAUCACUGGACACAGUACUCCAUUGUAAAAGAUCUCAACAUUGUUGUUGCUGGCCUAAAGGAAGGAAAGAAAUACAAAUUUAGAGUGGCAGCUAGAAAUGCUGUGGGAGUAAGUUUGCCCAGAGAAACAGAAGGCAUGUUUGAAAUUAAAGAACAACUCAUGCCACCUAAGAUUCUGAUGCCAGAUCAUAUCAGUUUAAAAGCAGGGAAGAAACUCAGGGUCGAAGCGCAUAUUUAUGGGAAGCCUCACCCAACCUGUAAAUGGAUGAAAGGAAAUGAAGAUGUGCUUACAUCUAGCCGCCUGGCUGUCCAUAAAGCAGACAACACUUCUGUUCUCAUCAUUAAGGACGUAACCAGGAAAGACAGUGAUUAUUACAGCCUAACAGCUGAAAACAGCUCUGGAGUGGCUACUCAGAAAAUCAAAGUGGUUGUCAUGGAUAUCCCUGGCCCGCCACAGCCACCAUUUGACAUUGCUGACAUUGAUGCUGAUGCCUGCACGUUGUCAUGGCAUAUUCCUCUGGAAGAUGGCGGUAGCAACAUCACGAACUAUGUGGUUGAAAAGUGUGACGUCAUCCGAGGUGGCUGGAUAACAGCAGCAGCUUCUGUCACAAAGACAAAUUGCAGACUUGGCAAGCUAACCCCUGGAGACGAAUACAUGUUCCGGGUCCGUGCUGAAAACCGUUUUGGCAUUUCUGAACCACUUCAAUCCGAUAAGAUGAUUGCAAGGUUCCCAUUUGAUGUGCCUAGCGAACCCAAGAAUGCACGUGUUACCAAGGUGAACAAGGAUUGCAUUUUUGUGGCAUGGGACAGGCCAGACAGUGAUGGAGGCAGUCCAAUCACUGGUUAUCUCAUUGAACGUAAAGAAAGGAACAGUUUGCUCUGGGUGAAGGCAAACGAUACACUUGUGCGAUCCACAGAAUACCCGUGUGCAAAUUUAAUUGAAGGCCUUGAGUACACCUUUAGAAUCUAUGCUCAGAACAAAGCGGGUUCUAGCAAGCCUAGCAAGCCAACAGAUUUCGUUACAGCAAGAAUGCCAGUCGAUCCUCCUGGUAAACCUGAAGUUAUUGAUGUUACUAAGAGUACUGUGUCCCUUGUCUGGGCAAGGCCAAAACAUGACGGUGGUAGCAAGAUAAUUGGCUACUAUGUUGAAUCCUGUAAGCUUCCUGGAGAUAAAUGGGUACGAUGCAAUACUACUCCCCAUCAAAUACCUCAAGAAGAGUACACUGCAACUGAUUUGGUGGAAGGUGCGCAGUACCAAUUUAGAGCUAUAGCCAAAACAGCAGUGAACAUCAGCUGGCCUUCUGAACCUUCUGAUCCAGUAACUGUUCAGCCAGAAAAUGUACCACCAAAAAUAGAGCUUGGUGUAGGUAUGAAAACCUUACUUAUAGUAAAAGCUGGAACCAAUGUUUGCCUUGAGGCGAGUGUGUUUGGCAAGCCUAUGCCAAGUAUUACUUGGAAGAAAGAGGGGGAGAUUCUAAAACCAGCUGAAGGAAUCAAGAUAACCACCAAGAGGAACUUCUCCACUGUAGAGCUUUUCAGUGUAAAUAGAAAGCAAACAGGAGACUACACUAUUACUGCUGAAAAUGCAGGUGGUACCAAGUCAGCAACUAUUAAACUUAAAGUACUCGACAAACCUGGUCCUCCAGCUUCCGUGAAGAUUGCCAACAUGUACACGGAUCGGGCAAUGCUUUCUUGGGAACCUCCUCUUGAAGAUGGAGGAUCAGACAUUACUAAUUACAUAGUUGACAAACGAGAAACAAGCAGGCCCAACUGGGCUCAAGUCACUACGAAUGUCCCAAUCACUAGCUGCAGUGUUGAGAAACUGAUUGAAGGACAUGAGUACCAAUUCCGCAUUUGCGCUGAAAACAAGUACGGAGUAGGGGACCCAAUCUUGACUGAAUCCGCAGUGGCUAAAAACCCAUAUGAUGUACCUGGACCUCCUGAGCCACCUAUUAUUAGUAACAUAACAAAAGCCUCCAUGACUGUGAGCUGGAAAGCACCUGCUAAUGAUGGUGGCUCCCCUAUAACUGGAUAUAUCGUUGAAAAACGUGAAACUAGAGCUGUUAACUGGACAAAAGUGAACAGAAAGCCAGUCAUUGAAAGAAUGGUAAAGGCCACUGGACUCCAGGAAGGAUCCGAAUAUGAGUUUAGAGUAACUGCUCUAAAUAAAGCUGGGCCAGGAAAACCUAGUGGACCAUCUAAGCCGGCAUAUGCUCGUGAUCCUCAGUAUCCUCCUGGUCCACCAGCAUUCCCCAAAGUUGUUGACAGUACCCGUAGUUCUAUAAGCUUGUCUUGGUCCAAACCAGCUUAUGAUGGCGGAAGUCCUAUUAUUGGCUACCUUGUUGAAGUCAAACGAGUAGACACAGAUAACUGGGUCAGAUGCAAUUUGCCAAGGAAUUUGCCAGAUACCCAUUACAUUGUGACUGGACUCACAGAGAACACAGAAUACCAGUUCCGCAUUUAUGCUGUUAAUAAGGUUGGAUACAGUGACCCAAGCGAUGUGCCAGACAAGCACAUGGCAAAAGACAUUUUAAUUCCACCUGAAGGAGAGCUUGAUGCUGAAUUGAGAAAAGUCCUAAUUCUACGUGCUGGAGUCACAAUGAGGCUUUAUGUGCCUGUAAGAGGCCGUCCACCUCCUAAGAUCUCUUGGUCUAAAGUGGAUGCCAACAUAAGAGACAGGCAAGGACUAGACAUCAAAUCAACUGAUUUUGACACCUUCUUGCGGUGUGAAAAUGUAAAUAAAUAUGACGCUGGGAAAUAUGUCCUGAAUCUGGAGAACAGCUGUGGCAAAAAGUCAUACACCAUUGUAGUCAAAGUACUUGACACUCCCGGGCCUCCCAUUAAUCUGAUUGUAAAAGAAGCAUCUAAAGAUUCUGCCUUCAUUUCUUGGGAGCCUCCAUUAAUUGAUGGUGGGAGUCCAGUGAAGAACUAUGUGGUUGAAAAACGUGAUGCAGAGAGAAAAUCGUGGUCCACAGUAGCCACAGAGUGUCCAAAAACAAGCUUUAGGAUCUCUAACUUAGAAGAAGGCAAAUCUUACUUCUUCAGGGUUUUUGCUGAAAAUGAAUAUGGUAUUGGUGACCCCUGUGAAACUCGUGAUGCUGUUAAAGCUUCUGAAACACCUGGACCUGUUGUAGACUUAAAGGCUCUGGCUGUGACAAAGUCAUCUUGCAAUGUGUCAUGGAAAAAGCCUAUUAGUGAUGGUGGAAGCCGUAUUAAUGCAUAUAGCGUUGAGCUAAUGAUUGGUGAAAAUCAGUGGCAAGAAGUUAUGAGGUCAAAGAAUCUCCAGUAUUCAGCAAGAGACUUGAAAGAAGGAAAAGAAUACCUUUUCAGAGUGAGAGCACAAAAUGAAGCUGGGUAUGGGACACCUAACGAAAUUACAGUGGUGGCAAGGGACGAUAUUGUGCCACCUGAUCUUGAUUUAAGAGACCUGCCAGGCUUGUGCUAUCUAGCUAGAGAAGGAAGCUGUUUCCGUCUGAAAAUCCCGAUUAAAGGCAAGCCAGCACCAACUGUGACAUGGAAGAAAGGAGAAGAUCUGGCCCUUACCGAGACGGGAAGAGUUGCAUUUGAAGCUACCGCAGUUAACACUACACUCCUUGUACGUGACUGCCAUAAAGAUGAUGCUGGAAAAUACACAAUCACACUGAAGAACAUCGCGGGCAGCAAAGAAGGCACUAUUUCUGUGAAGGUUGUUGGUAAACCUGGAAUCCCAACAGGACCUGUGAAAUUUGAGGAAGUUACAGCCGAUGCUAUGACAUUAAAAUGGGGUCCUCCAAAAGAUGACGGUGGUUCAGAAAUUACUAACUACAUCCUCGAGAAGAGAGACAAUGUGAACAAUAAAUGGGUGACAUGUGCAUCAGCUGUCCAGAAAACUACCUUUAGAGUUACAAGACUUCAUGAAGGCAAUGAAUAUACUUUCAGAAUUAGUGCUGAAAAUAAAUAUGGAGUAGGUGAAGGUCUUAAAUCUGAACCCAUAAUUGCAAGGCAUCCAUUUGAUGUUCCUGAUGCUCCAGCACCACCCAAAAUUGUUGAGAUUAGGCAUGAUUCUGCAUCUUUAGUAUGGACAGACCCUAAAAAGACAGGCGGCUCACCAAUCACAGGUUACCACCUUGAAUAUAAAGAACGAAACAGUAUUUUGUGGAAGCGAGCAAACAAGACUCCACUGAGGAUGAAAGACUUCAGAGUGACAGGGUUAACUGAAGGCUUAGAAUAUGAAUUUAGAGUGAUGGCAAUCAAUCUAGCUGGAGUGGGUAAACCUAGCCUGCCAUCGGAACCAAUUGUGGCCCUAGAUCCUAUUGAUCCUCCUGGAAAGCCAGAAGUUAUCAGUGUAACUAGAAACUCAGUAACUCUGAUCUGGACAGAACCAAAAUAUGACGGUGGACACAAAUUAAUUGGCUACAUAGUAGAGAAACGCGAUCUACCGUCAAAGACUUGGAUGAAGGCAAAUCAUGUGAAUGUUCCAGAAUGUGCAUAUACAGUAACUGACCUUUUUGAAGGUUCAAAAUAUGAAUUCAGAAUUAGAGCUAAGAAUACCGCUGGAGCUAUUAGUCCUCCAUCAGAAAGUACAGGAGCUAUUAUAUGCAAGGAUGAAUACGAGGCACCUACUAUCGUUAUUGAUCCUACUGUCAAAGAUGGCCUGACUGUAAAGGCAGGAGAUAUGAUUGCAAUGUCUGCUAUUAGCAUCCUUGGUAAACCACUUCCAACUUCAGCAUGGUCCAAAGCAGGAAAAGAUUUUAAGCCUUCAGAGACUGUUCAUAUUGAAUCAACUCCAACCUCUUCCACACUUAGUGUCAAAUAUGCAGCUAGAAAAGAUUCUGGUGAAUAUACAAUCACGGCAACCAAUCCUUUUGGUACUAAACAAGAACAUGUACAUGUAACAGUUUUAGAUGUACCAGGGCCCCCUGGACCAGUUGAAAUCGGCAAUGUCUCCGCUGAAAAAGCUACUCUCACAUGGACACCUCCUAUUGAAGAUGGCGGAUCACCAAUCAAGUCUUACAUACUUGAAAAGAGAGAAACUAGCCGACUGCUAUGGACUCAGGUGGCUGAAGACAUUCAGUCGUGUAGGCAUGUUGUUACUAAGCUUAUCCAAGGAAAUGAGUACAUCUUCCGUGUCUCAGCUGUGAACCAGUAUGGCAAGGGAGAACCCUCUCAGUCAGAACCAGUUAGAAUGGUGGAUAGAUUUGGUCCCCCUGGUCCUCCUGGUAAACCAGAAGCAUCAAAUGUUACAAAAAACAGUGUUGCAAUGAGCUGGAAGAGGCCAACUGAUGACGGUGGCAGUGAAAUCACUGGCUACCAUUUGGAAAAAAGAGAAAGGAAAGGCGUGAGAUGGAUCAGAGUAUCAAAGAAACCAGUAUCAGACCUUAGGUGCAAAGUGACUGGACUCCUAGAAGGAAAUGAGUAUGAAUUCCGCGUCAGUGCAGAAAACAGAGCAGGAAUUGGGCCACCAAGUGAUAUUUCUCAACCAGUAUUAACCAAGGAUGCUGCAUAUCCACCAGGACCUCCUGCCAACCCAAGAGUAACUGAUACAACAAAGACAAGUGCUAGCUUAGCCUGGGGAAAACCUCAUUAUGAUGGUGGACUUGACAUCAUUGGCUAUAUUGUUGAGCACCAAAAAGAAGGAGAAGAAACAUGGGUUAAAGACACCCUAGGAACUGCUCUAAGAAUCACAGAGUUUGUUGUUGCUAAUCUCCAGCCAGGAGCCAAAUACAAUUUUAGAAUUAGUGCAAUCAAUGCUGUUGGUGUGGGUGAACCAGCACUGAUUCCAAAUAUUGAAAUCAAGGAACGUGAAAUGGCUCCUGAUUUUGAAUUAGAUGCUGAGCUGAGGAAAACUCUCGUUGUCAGAGCCGGACUGACCAUUCGGGUAUUUGUUCCAAUUAGGGGACGUCCAACUCCAGAAGUUACAUGGACCAAGGAUGAUAUCCCACUUAAAGCACGCGCCAAUAUUGAAAAUACAGAUUCUUUCUCUCUUCUCAUUGUCACAGAAUGUACUAGAUAUGAUGCAGGAAAGUAUCUAAUGACCCUUGAAAAUGCUGCUGGCAAGAAGACUGGUUUUGUAAAUGUAAAAGUUUUGGAUACACCAGGGCCACCAAUAAAUCUUAAGCCCAGAGACAUAUGUAAAGAUAGCAUCACCCUCCAGUGGGAUAUGCCCCUAAUUGACGGUGGUUCACGCAUAACAAAUUAUAUCGUUGAAAAACGUGAGUCAACACGAAAGGCAUACUCAACCAUCACAACCAAGUGCCCAAAAUGUUCCCUUAGGAUUCCUAAUUUGGCUGAAGGGUGUGAAUAUUAUUUCAGAGUAUUUGCUGAAAAUGAAUUUGGAAUUGGUGAACCUGCUGAAACUGCCGAACCUAUAAGAGCAACUGAAGCACCAUCACCUCCAGAGAGCCUUAAUAUUAUGGAUAUCUCAAGGAACUCAGUCAGCCUAGCUUGGCCAAAGCCAGAACACGAUGGUGGUAGCAAGAUUACUGGUUAUGUAAUUGAAGCGCAGAAAAAAGGUUCAACUCAGUGGACACAUAUCACAACUGUGAAGACAUUACAAUGUGUGGUAAAAAAUCUGACUGAAAAUGAAGAAUAUACUUUCCAGGUUAUGGCAGUUAAUAGCGCUGGAAGAAGUGAUCCAAGAGAAAGCAGGCCAGUUGUUGUUAAAGAGCAAAUGAUGCUUCCAGAAUUUGAUUUGCGUGGUAUUUAUCAGAAAACAAUAAUUGCUAGAGCUGGUGACAAUAUCAAAGUUGAGAUCCCUGUGCUUGGUCGCCCAAGACCAAGUAUUACUUGGAAAAAGGAAGACCAGUUGCUUAAACAAACCCAAAGAGUGAACUUUGAAAAUACUGCUACUGCAACCAUCUUAACCAUUAAUGAAUGCAUGAGAAAUGACAGUGGCAGAUAUCCACUCUCUGCUAAAAACAUUGUUGGCGAAGUUAGUGAGGUUAUAACUGUACAGGUGCAUGAUGUCCCUGGACCUCCUACAGGACCAAUCAAAUUUGAUGAAGUUUCAUCCGACUUCGUCACCUUUUCAUGGGAACCUCCACUGAACGAUGGAGGGGUUCCUAUAAGUAACUAUGUUGUAGAAAUGCGUAAAACCGACAGUACUUCGUGGGCUGAGUUAGCAACUACCGUUAUACGUACCACAUUUAAAGCUGCUCGUCUAACUACUGGAACUGAGUACCAAUUCCGUGUUAAAGCUCAGAACAGAUAUGGUUCAGGCCCAGCUAUCAGUUCAGAGAAUGUAAUUGCCAGUUUUCCUUUCAAAGUUCCUGGGCCUCCAGGCACUCCUCAACUGAUUGCAGUUACCAAAGAUUCAAUUAGCAUUAGCUGGCAUGAGCCUCUUACAGAUGGAGGAAGUCCAAUUUUGGGCUAUCAUGUUGAACGAAAAGAACGAAAUAGCAUUCUUUGGCAGACUGUAAGUAAAGCCUUGGUGUCAGGCAACAUCUUCAAAUCAAGUGGUCUUACAGAUGGCAUUGCGUAUGAAUUCCGAGUCAUAGCAGAAAAUAUGGCAGGCAAAAGUAAACCAAGCAAGUCAUCUGAGCCAACACUUGCUCUGGACCCUAUUGAUCCUCCUGGUAAGCCAGUUCCUCUCAACAUCACAAGACAUGCAGUAGCACUUAAGUGGAAAAAACCGGAAUAUAAUGGCGGCUUUAAGAUAACUGGCUACACAGUUGAGAAGAGAGAUCUUCCCAAUGGUCGAUGGCUAAAAGCUAACUUCAGCAAUAUACUAGAAACUGAGUUCACUGUUAGCGGACUCACAGAAGAUGCUGCUUAUGAAUUCCGUAUCACUGCUAGAAAUGCUGCUGGUGCUGUUAGCCAACCAUCUGAACCCUCGGAUGCCAUAACAUGCAGAGAUGAGAUUGAAGCCCCAAGGAUAAUGGUUGAUGCUAAAUACAAAGACACUUUAAUAUUGAAAGCAGGUGAACUUUUCAAACUUGAAGCUGAUGUUGCGGGUCGUCCUCCACCAACUCUGACAUGGACAAAAGAUGGAAAGGAGCUUGAAGACACAGCAAAAUUGGAAAUUAAAAUAGCAGAUUUCUCAACAGUCCUUAUCAAUAAAGACUCUACAAGGAGAGAUGGAGGUCCUUAUACACUUACAGCUUCCAAUCCAGGUGGCUUCGCCAAACAUAUCUUCAAUGUGAAAGUUCUAGACAGACCUGGUCCUCCAGAAGGACCUUUGGCUGUGUCUGACGUUACCACAGAAAAAUGUGUCCUGUCAUGGUUACCACCUUUGGAUGAUGGAGGUGCAAGUAUUGACCAUUAUGUUGUAGAAAAACGUGAGACUAGUAGAUUGGCAUGGACAUCUGUAGCCACAGAAGUUCCAAUAACAAAAUUAAAGGUCACAAAGCUAUUGAAAGGCAACGAAUAUGUGUUCCGUGUUAUGGCUGUUAACAAAUAUGGAGUUGGUGAAGCCCUAGACUCAGAACCUGUUCUUGCAGUAAAUCCUUAUGUAGUACCUGAUCCACCUAAGACACCUGAAGUUACAACUGCAACCAAAGAUUCUAUGAUUGUAUGCUGGGGACAUCCUGAUUCUGAUGGUGGAAGUCCUAUAACCAAUUACAUUGUAGAACGUCGUGACAGAGCUGGAUUACGCUGGGUGAAAUGUAAUAAGCGGGUUGUCACAGAUUUGCGUUAUAAAGUAUCUGGACUCACAGAAGGUCACGAAUAUGAAUACCGAAUAAAGGCUGAAAAUGCUGCUGGCAUAAGUGAACCAAGUCCAUGCAGUCAAUUCUACAAAGCUGCUGAUACUCUGUUUAAGCCUGGUCCACCUGGCAACCCUCGUGUCUUAGAUACAAGCAAAUCCUCAAUUACAAUUGCUUGGAAUAAGCCGAUAUAUGAUGGUGGCUCAGAAAUCACAGGCUACAUGGUUGAAACAGCACUACCUGAAGAAGAUGAAUGGAAAAUUGUAACUCCACCUACAGGACUGAAGGCCACUUCCUUUACCAUUACCAAUCUAAAAGAAAACCAGGAGUAUAAAAUCAGAAUAUAUGCCAUGAACGCUGAAGGCAUUGGAGAACCGGCUCUUGUGCCUGGAACACCAAAGGCUGAAGAAAGGAUGCUGCCCCCAGAAAUUGAACUUGAUGCCGACCUACGCAAAGUUAUAAUUAUUAGAGCUUGCUGUACUUUAAGACUUUUUGUCCCGAUUAAAGGAAGACCAGCACCUGAAGUGAAAUGGACAAGAGAACUUGGAGAAUCUUUAGACAAGGCCACUAUUGAAUCCACGAGCUCUUAUACACUGCUUACAGUUGGAAAUGUGAAUAGAUUUGACAGUGGCAAGUAUAUACUGACCAUAGAAAACAGUUCAGGCAGCAAAUCAGCUUUUGUAAUUGUAAGAGUUCUAGAUACACCUGGAGCCCCACAGAAUCUGAAAAUAAAAGAGGUCACGAAGUCAUCUGUUACACUUACGUGGGAACCUCCCCUCAUAGAUGGCGGCUCUAAAAUAAAGAACUAUGUUGUUGAAAAGCGUGAGGCAACAAGAAAAGCGUACUCAACUGUUAUGGCCAAUUGCCACAAGACAAGCUGGAAAGUGGACAACUUACAGGAGGGCUGCAACUAUUAUUUCAGAGUCCUAGCUGAAAAUGAAUAUGGAAUAGGGCUACCUGUUGAAACAGCAGAAUCCGUUAAGGUGUCUGAAAGGCCUCUCCCUCCAGGAAAAAUAACUGUAUUAGAUGUGACAAGAAACAGUGUGUCUUUGACUUGGGAAAAGCCUGAACAUGAUGGAGGAAGCAGAAUUUUGGGCUACAUUGUAGAAAUGCAAAGCAAAGGCAGUGACAAAUGGGCCACAUGUGCGACUGUGAAAGUUACAGAAGCUAUUAUAAAAGGACUGAUUCAGGGUGAAGAAUAUUCUUUCCGUGUUUCAGCUCAGAAUGAAAAAGGAAUCAGUGAUCCUCGACAAUUGAGUGUGCCAGUCAUUGCAAAGGAUCUUGUGAUACCGCCAGCCUUCAAACUGCUGUUUACUACUUUCAGUGUAUUAGCAGGUGAAGACUUAAAGGUCGAUGUUCCAUUUGUUGGUCGACCGAAACCAGCUAUAGUAUGGCUUAAGGACAAUGUGCCGCUGAGACAAACAACUAGAGUAAAUGAGGAAAAUACAGACAACAACACAUUAUUAACAAUAAAGGAAGCAUGUAGAGAAGAUGUUGGACAAUAUCUAGUCAAACUUUCUAAUUGCGCAGGUGAAGCUACUGAAAUCCUUAGCAUUAUUGUCCUUGACAAGCCAGGACCUCCAACUGGACCAGUAAAGUUGGACGAAAUAACUGCAGACAGUAUUACCAUUUCUUGGGAACCACCCAAAUAUGAUGGUGGCAGUUCUAUCAACAACUACAUUGUAGAAAAACGAGAUACCUCCACAACUGCUUGGCAGAUUGUUUCAGCUACUGUUGCCCGAACUACUCUAAAAGCAUGUAGAUUAAAGACUGGAAGUGAAUAUCAAUUCAGAAUUGCUGCUGAAAAUAGAUAUGGAAAGAGUACAUACCUCACAUCAGAUUCGGUGGUUGCCCAGUAUCCAUACAAAGUACCUGGCCCACCUGGAACUCCUUACGUACCAGAAGUCUCCAGGGAUAGUAUGGUUGUGCAUUGGAAUGAACCAGUCAAUGAUGGUGGCAGCAAGGUUACUGGAUAUCAUUUGGAGCGCAAGGAAAGAAAUAGCAUCCUCUGGGUUAAAUUGAAUAAAGCAGCAAUUCCCGACACGAAAUUUAAAACAACUGGACUUGAGGAGGGACUUGAAUAUGAAUUCAGAGUUUAUGCAGAAAAUAUAGUUGGUAUCGGAAAGGCAAGUAAAGGUUCAGAAUGCUACACUGCUCAUGAUCCUUGUGAUCCUCCGGGUCGUCCCGAGCCUAUAAUUGUCACAAGGAACUCUGUUACUCUUCAGUGGAAGAAGCCAGAGUACGAUGGUGGAAGCAAGAUCACAGGCUACAUUGUUGAAAAGAAGGAGUUACCAGAUGGCCGCUGGAUGAAAGCAAGCUUUACAAAUGUAACUGAGACUCAGUUUGCAGUAACUGGCCUAGUUGAAAAUCAGAGAUACGAGUUCCGUGUCAUUGCACGUAAUGCUGCAGGUGUCUUCAGUGAGCCAUCUGAAAGUUCAGGGGCAGUCACAGCAAGAGAUGAAGUAGAUCCACCUCGUAUAAGUAUGGAUCCCAAAUUUAAAGAAACCCUUGUACUGCAUGCUGGUGAAUCAUUCAAGAUUGACGCUGAUGUGUAUGGCAAACCGUUACCUUCUAUUCAAUGGCUAAAAGGCGAUAAGGAACUAUCAAACACGGCACGCCUGGAUAUCAAAACUAGUGACUUUGCCACAAGCCUAAGUGUAAAAGAAGCCAUUCGGGUUGAUAGUGGACAUUACGUAUUGCUAGCAAAGAAUGUUGCAGGUGAAAAAACAGCUUCUAUUCAUGUCAAGGUUCUCGACAGACCUGGUCCCCCUGAAGGGCCUAUUGUUAUAACAGGAGUUACUGUUGAAAAAUGUAUGCUAUCGUGGAAGCCCCCAUUGCAGGACGGUGGCAGUGACAUUUUACAUUAUGUCGUUGAAAGAAGAGAAACUAGUCGCUUAGUUUGGACUUUAGUUGAUGCCAAUGUACAGACUCUUGGUUGCAAAGUUACUAAACUUUUGGAAGGCAAUGAAUAUAUCUUCCGUGUCAUGGCUGUAAACAAAUAUGGUGUCGGUGAGCCCCUUGAAUCUGAGCCUGUGGUUGCAAAAAAUCCUUUUGUAGUGCCACUUCCACCAAAGGCCCCAGAAGUUUCAGCUGUUACCAAGGAUUCUAUGAUUGUUGUAUGGGAGAGGCCAGCUUCUGAUGGUGGCAGUGAAAUUUUGGGAUACGUACUUGAAAAACGUGAUAAAGAAGGCAUUCGAUGGACAAGGUGUAACAAGCGUUUGAUAAGCGAACUUCGAUACCGAGUCACUGGACUUCUAGAAAAUCAUGAUUAUGAAUACAGAGUUUCAGCUGAAAAUGCAGCUGGCCUCAGUGAACCCAGUCCACCUUCUAUUUAUUAUAAAGCUUGUGACCCUAUAUACAAACCAGGUCCUCCUAAUAACCCCAAAGCAAUAGAUGUUACAAGAUCAUCAGUCUUCCUUUCCUGGGGUAAACCAAUCUAUGAUGGUGGCUCUGAAAUUCAAGGAUACAUUGUUGAAAACUGUGAUGUAAGUGUUGGAGACUGGGCAAUUUGUACACCACCAACUGGAAUUAAGAAAACCAACAUGGAAGUAGAAAAAUUGUUGGAAAAACAUGAAUACAAAUUCCGCAUUUGUGCUGUUAAUAAAGCCGGAGUAGGAGAGCACGCUGAUGUUCCUGGAACUAUUCUUGUUGAAGAAAAGCUUGAAGCUCCAGACCUUGAUCUUGACAUGGAACUGAGAAAAGUUAUAAAUGUAAGAGCAGGUGGUUCCUUAAGAUUAUUUGUUCCAAUCAGAGGACGCCCAACACCUGAAGUAAAAUGGAGUAAGGUGGAAGGUGACAUCCGGGAGGCAGCUAUUAUUGACAGCACUAGCAGCUUUACCUCAUUGGUUCUAGACAACGUUAACAGAUUUGAUUCUGGGAAAUACACUCUUACUUUAGAAAACAGCAGUGGUAAGAAGUCUGCCUUUGUCAUUGUAAGAGUCCUAGAUACCCCAGGUCCUCCAAUUAACCUGAAAAUUAAAGACAUCACCAAAGACUCUGUUUCACUAGCAUGGGAGCCUCCUUUGAUAGAUGGUGGAGCUAAAAUUAAAAAUUAUAUUAUUGAAAAGCGUGAAGCCACAAGAAAAGCCUAUGCAGCUGUUGUAACAAAUUGCCACAAGACCUCAUGGAAAAUUGAUCAACUUCAGGAGGGCUGCUAUUAUUACUUCAGAGUUUCUGGAGAGAAUGAAUUUGGAAUUGGACUACCUGCAGAAACAAGUGAUCCAGUUAAAGUUGCUGAAGUUCCUCAACCUCCCGGAAAGAUAACAGUGGACGAUGUUACAAGAAACAGUGUUUCAUUGAGCUGGGCAAAGCCUGAACAUGAUGGUGGAAGCAAAAUUUUGCAAUACAUCGUGGAAAUGCAAGUUAAGGGCAGCGAGAAAUGGUCAGAGUGUACGCGUGUCAAGAUUCUUGAAGCGCUUGUUACUAACCUAACUCAAGGUGAAGAGUACCUCUUUAGAGUAAUGGCUGUAAAUGAAAAGGGUAGGAGUGAUCCACGGUCACUUGCUGUUCCAAUAACUGCCAAAGAUCUCGUUAUUGAACCAGAUGUAAGACCACAAUUCCACAGUUACAGUAUACAAGUGGGACAAGACCUAAAGGUUGAAGUACCAAUAUCUGGUCGACCUAAGCCUACUAUUACUUGGACCAAAGAUGGCAUACCAUUAAAGCAGACAACUAGAGUUAAUGUCAUUGAUUCAGCUAAUCUUACCAUCCUAAAUAUUAAAGAAACCAGUAAAGAAGACAGUGGAAUGUAUGAAAUUGCAGUUGCCAAUGUUGUUGGACAGAAAUCUGCAUCUAUUGAAAUCAUAACACUAGACAAACCAGAUCCUCCAAAAGGUCCUGUUAAAUUUGAUGAUAUUAGUGCGGAAAGUAUUACAUUAUCCUGGAACCCUCCGACAUAUACAGGUGGCUGCCAAAUUACCAAUUAUAUUGUUCAUAAGAGAGAUACAACCACCACAGUUUGGGAGACAGUUUCAGCUACUGUUGCAAGAACUACCCUCAAGGUGAUGAAGCUGAAAACUGGGUCAGAAUAUCAAUUUAGAAUAUUUGCUGAAAAUAGGUAUGGCCAGAGCUUUGCCCUGGAGUCUGAUGCGGUUGUUGCCCAAUAUCCCUAUAAAGAACCAGGCCCUCCUGGUACACCAUUUGUGACAACAGUUACAAAAGACUCUAUGAUUGUGCAGUGGCAUGAACCAAUAAACGAUGGUGGAAGCAAAAUUUUGGGUUAUCAUCUUGAGAGAAAAGAAAGAAACAGCAUCUUGUGGACAAAAGUAAACAAGACAGUUAUUCAAGACACACAUUAUAAGACAACUAAUCUUGACGAAGGCCUUGAAUAUGAAUUUAGAGUUUCUGCAGAAAAUAUUGUUGGCACAGGCAAAACAAGCAAAGUUUCAGAAUGCUAUGUAGCUCGUGAUCCAUGUGAUCCACCAGGAUGCCCUGAAGCUAUUGUUGUUAAAAGAAGCUCAAUUACUCUGCAGUGGACUAAGCCAGAAUAUGAUGGUGGCAGCAAAAUUACAGGCUAUGUAGUAGAGAAACGUGAUUUGCCCGACGGUCGCUGGAUGAAAGCAAGCUUUACCAAUAUUACUGAAACUCAGUUUACUGUAACAGGCCUUACUGAAGAUCAACGAUACGAAUUUAGAGUAAUUGCAAGGAAUGCUGCUGGAGCAGUGAGCAAGCCUUCUGAUAGCACAGGACCAAUAACAGCAAAAGACGAAGUUGAACUUCCAAGAAUUUCUAUGGAUCCAAAAUACAAAGAUGCAAUUGUUGUAAAUGCUGGAGAAACGUUCAGACUUGAGGCUGAUGUCCAUGGGAAGCCAAUUCCUACUAUUAUGUGGUUGAAAGGAGAUAAAGAACUUGAAGAUACUGCUCGAUAUGAAAUAAGGAAUACAGACUUUAAGGCCUUGAUUACUGUAAAAGAUGCUAUACGUGUUGAUGGUGGGCAAUAUAUUUUGCAGGCCUCCAAUGUUGCAGGGACAAAAUCAGUACCAGUAACAGUAAAAGUACUGGACAGACCAGGGCCUCCAGAAAGUGUUCAGGUUUCCGGAGUUACUUGUGAAAAAUGUUCCUUAGCAUGGGCUCCACCAAUCCAUGAUGGUGGCAGUGACAUUUCUCACUACAUCAUUGAAAAGAGAGAAACAAGUCGCCUUGCUUGGACAGUUGUUGCUUCAGAUGCUGUAGCUACAAUGCUGAAAGUAACAAAACUUCUGGAAGGAAAUGAAUAUAUCUUCCGCGUAAUGGCAGUUAAUAAAUAUGGAGUUGGUGAGCCUCUGGAGUCUGCACCAGUACUAAUGAAAAACCCAUUUGUUGUUCCCGGUCCUCCAAAGUCCCUAGAAGUCACCAACAUUACAAAGGAUUCUAUGACUGUCUGUUGGCAUCGUCCAGAUAGUGAUGGUGGCAGUGAAAUUGUGAGCUACAUUGUGGAAAAAAGAGACAGAACUGGUAUCAGAUGGGUGAAAUGCAACAAACGCAGAAUUACAGACUUGCGAUUAAGGGUCACAGGACUUGCAGAAGAUCAUGAAUAUGAAUUCAGAGUGUCUGCUGAAAAUGCAGCUGGAAUUGGUGAACCAAGUCAAGUUACUCCCUUCUGGAAAGCAUGUGAUCCUAUGUUCAAGCCUGGCCCACCCACUAAUGCCCAUGCUGUAGAUACUACAAAGAAUUCAAUUACAGUUGCAUGGGGUAAACCUAUUUAUGACGGCGGCAGUGAAAUCCUGGGAUAUAUUGUAGAAACCUGCAAAGCCGAUGAAGAAGAGUGGUCGAUAGCUACUCCCCAGACUGGUCUAAGAGUCAAUCGUUUUGAGAUCAAAAAGCUCAUUGAACAUCAAGAGUACAAGCUAAGAGUGUGUGCCCUAAACAAAAUUGGAGUAGGUGAGGCUGCAGCAGUUCCUGGUACGGUUAAACCAGAAGAUAAACUUGAGGCUCCUGAACUUGAUAUUGACUCAGAGUUAAGGAAGGGAAUUGUUGUUAGAGCUGGUGGAUCUGUCAGGAUAAACAUACCAUUUAAAGGACGCCCAACUCCUGAAAUCUCAUGGUCUCGAGAAGAAGGAGAAUUUACAGAUAAGGUUCAAAUCGAAAAGGGUCUGACUUAUACACAGCUAUCGAUUGAUUACUGUGAUAGAAAUGACGCUGGAAAGUAUAUACUGAAAUUAGAAAACAGCAGUGGCUCUAAGUCUGCAUUUGUUACCGUUAAAGUACUUGACACUCCAGGACCACCACAAAAUUUAGUAGUCAAAGAAAUAAGGAAAGAUUAUGCUGUACUGACAUGGGAACCUCCAGCUAAUGAUGGUGGUGCAAAGAUAAAGAACUAUGUGAUUGAUAAACGUGAGUCAACCAGAAAGGCAUAUGCAAACGUGAGUGCCAAGUGCAGCAAAACAAGCUUUAAAGUUGAAAAUCUUACGGAAGGGGCAAUUUAUUAUUUUAGAGUUAUGGCUGAAAAUGAGUUUGGAAUUGGUGUUCCAGUUGAAACUGCAGAUGCCUCCAAAGCCUCUGAACCACCUUUGCCUCCUGGAAAAGUGACACUAACUGAUGUGACUCAGAGAAGUGCAUCGUUUAUGUGGGAGAAGCCUGAACAUGAUGGAGGUAGCAGAAUUUUGGGAUACAUUGUUGAAAUGCAGCCAAAAGGAUCUGAUAAAUGGAAUGUUGUUACUGAAACCAAAGUAUGCAAUGCAGUUGUGUCUGGUUUGAGUUCUGGACAUGAAUAUCAAUUCCGUAUCAAGGCAUAUAAUGAAAAAGGCAAAAGUGAUCCGAGACCACUGGCAGUUCCUGUGAUUGCUAAAGACUUGACAAUUCAGCCAAAUUUCAAACUGAUGUUCAAUACGUAUACUGUACAAGCUGGAGAAGACCUUAAAGUAGAAAUACCCUUUAUAGCACGACCAAAGCCUAAUAUCACUUGGGAAAAAGAUGGUCAGCCCCUAAAACAGACAACUAGAUUACAUGUUGAAGAUACACCAACAUCGACUACUUUGUAUAUUAAAGAAAGUAACAAGGAUGACUUUGGGAAAUAUACUGUAACAGCAACCAAUACUGCAGGCACAGCAAUAGAGCAUCUGAGUAUAAUAGUGCUAGAGAAGCCUGGCCCACCACAAGGACCUGUCCGUUUUGAUGAAGUUAGCUCAAAUUUUGUUGUCUUCUCAUGGGAACCACCAGCAUAUACAGGUGGCUGCCAAAUAUCCAAUUACAUUGUAGAGAAACGUGAUACAACUACCACCACCUGGCAGAUGGUAUCAGCAACCGUUGCAAGGACAACAAUUAAAGUAACAAAACUUAAAACAGGUUCUGAAUACCAGUUUAGAAUUAGUGCUGAAAAUCGUUAUGGAAAGAGCUCUGCACUAGAUUCUAAACCAGUUCUUGUACAAUAUCCAUACAAGGAACCAGGACCACCAGGAACGCCAUUUGUCAAUACAGCUACCAAAGACUACAUGAUAGUACAAUGGCAUGAACCAGUUAAUGAUGGAGGAAGCAAAGUUCUUGGAUAUCAUCUAGAACGUAAAGAUAAAAACAGCAUUCUUUGGACAAAGUUGAAUAAGACCCUCAUUCAGGACACUAAAUACAAAACAGAGGGACUUGAAGAAGGUCUUGAAUAUGAAUUUAGAGUUUCUGCUGAAAACAUUGUUGGCAUUGGUAAGGUUAGCAAAACAUCUGAAUUGUAUGUCGCUCGAGAUGCUUGCGAUCCACCAGGCCGUCCUGAUGCAAUUGUUAUUACUAGAAACUAUAUAACACUAAAAUGGAAGAAACCUGAAUAUGAUGGUGGCAGCAAAAUAACUGGAUAUAUCGUAGAAAAGAGAGAAUUGCCUGAAGGUCGUUGGAUGAAAGCCAGUUUUACAAAUGUACUAGAAACUGAGUUUACAGUAACUGGUCUUGUGGAAGACCAAAGAUAUGAAUUCAGAGUAAUUGCAAGAAAUGCAGCUGGUAGCUUAAGUGAACCAUCUGAAAGCACAGGACCAAUUAUUGCUAGAGAUGAAAUUGAAGCACCAAGAGCUUCACUGGAUCCAAAAUACAAAGAUCUUAUUGUCGUUCAUGCUGGAGAAACAUUUGUUCUUGAGGCUGACAUCCAUGGCAAACCUAUUCCUGAUAUCACAUGGUCGAAGGAUGGAAAAGAAUUUGAAGGAGCAACUGCAAGAAUGGAAAUUAAGUCUACCAUUGAAAGAACAACCCUCACAGUCAAAGAUUGCAUUAGAGUGGAUGGAGGCAUUUACACACUUAAACUGAGCAAUGUUGGUGGCACAAAGUCUAUACCCAUCACUGUGAAAGUGCUCGACAGACCUGGACCUCCAGAAGCUCCUCUGAAAGUUACAGGUGUGACUGCAGAAAAAUGCUACCUAGCAUGGGGAGCACCCUUACAAGAUGGUGGUGCUAACAUUUCACAUUAUGUCAUAGAAAAGAGAGAGACAAGCCGGCUUUCAUGGACACAAGUGUCAUCUGAUGUGCAAGCUCUGAACCACAAAGUAACCAGGCUUCUUCCAGGCAAUGAGUACAUUUUCCGUGUAAUGGCUGUUAACAAAUAUGGAAUCGGUGAACCACUGGAAUCUGAGCCGGUGUUGGCAUGCAACCCAUACAAACCUCCAGGUCCUCCUUCAACACCUGAAGUUUCUGGGAUCACAAAAGAUUCUAUGAUUGUCACCUGGAGUCGUCCAACAGAUAAUGGUGGAGCUGAAAUUGAAGGUUACAUUCUAGAAAAGCGAGAUAAAGAUGGCAUUCGAUGGACCAAGUGCAAUAAAAAGAGACUGACCGACUCGCGAUUUAGAGUAACUGGACUUACAGAUGGCCAUUUCUAUGAGUUUAGGGUUUCUGCUGAAAAUGCUGCUGGCAUUGGGGAACCUAGUGAGCCAUCCGUUUUCUAUCGUGCCUGUGAUGCAGUGUAUCCACCUGGCCCUCCAAGCAAUCCAAAGGUGACUGAUACCUCCAGAUCAUCUGUGUCACUUGCAUGGAACAAGCCUAUUUAUGAUGGUGGUGCUCCUGUUAAAGGAUACAUGGUGGAAUUUAAAGAAGCGACUGCUGAUGAAUGGACAAGUUGCACACCGCCAUCUGGAUUACAAGGGAAACAAUUCACAGUAACAAAACUUAAAGAAAACAGCGAGUAUAACUUCCGCAUCUGUGCUAUCAACUCAGAAGGCGUUGGAGAGCCAGCAACUAUACCUGGUAGUGUUGUUGCUGCCGAGAAAAUUGAACCUCCUGAAAUCGAACUUGAUGCAGAUCUCAGAAAAGUCGUCACAGUGCGUGCUAGUGGCACAUUGCGCUUGUUUGUCACUAUCAAAGGCAGGCCAGAGCCAGAAGUAAAAUGGGAAAAAGCAGAAGGCACUCUGAGUGACAGAGCUCAGGUUGAGGUUACUAGUUCAUAUACAAUGUUGGUCAUUGAUAAUGUCAACAGAUUUGACAGCGGUAAAUAUAACUUGACUUUAGAAAACAAUAGCGGCAAGAAAUCAGCAUUUGUUAAUGUGCGAGUGCUUGAUACACCAAGUGCACCUGUGAACUUGACUGUCAGAGAAGUGAAGAAAGAUUUAGUGACGUUAGCUUGGGAGGCUCCACUUAUUGAUGGUGGAGCUAAAAUUACAAAUUACAUAAUUGAAAAAAGGGAAACCACACGAAAGGCCUAUGCCACUAUUACAACCAACUGCACCAAGAAUGUCUUCAGAAUCGAACAGCUACAAGAGGGAUGCAGUUAUUACUUCCGUGUCUUGGCUGCAAAUGAAUAUGGAGUUGGUUUGCCAGCAGAAACAUCUGAACCUGUUAAAGCUUCUGAGCCACCCUAUCCACCUGGAAAAGUUACCCUUGUUGAUGUUACACGCCACAGUGCUACUAUUAAAUGGGAGAAACCUGAGAGUGAUGGUGGCAGUAAAAUAACUGGCUAUGUAGUCGAAAUGCAAACGAAAGGAAGUGAAAAAUGGAGCACCUGCACACAAGUUAAGACAUUAGAAGCAACAAUAUCAGGAUUAACUAUGGGAGAAGAAUACACAUUCCGAGUCUGUGCUGUUAAUGAAAAAGGGAAGAGUGAUCCAAGACAGCUUGGGGUUCCAGUAGUUGCAAAGGAUAUUGAAAUCCAGCCUUCAGUUGAACUUCUUUUCAAUACUUUCAGUGUUAAAGCUGGUGAAGAUCUUAAGAUUGAUGUGCCCAUCAGAGGAAGGCCAAUUCCGUCAGUUACCUGGAAGAAGGAUGGACUGCCUUUAAGAGAGACAACUAGAGUAAAUGUCCAAACAUCAAAAACAUCAACAUCACUAGCAAUUAAGGAAGCUUCAAGAGAAGAUGUAGGAAGUUAUGAAUUAAAUGUUUCAAGCAGUGCAGGUUCUACUACAGCUGCUAUCACUGUAAUUGUCCUUGACAGACCAGGACCACCAACUGCAUUACAUAUUGACAAUAUCAGUGCUGAUAACAUAACCAUAUCUUGGAAACCCCCCGAGUAUGAUGGUGGCUGUCAAAUUAGCAAUUAUAUUGUGGAGAAGAGAGAAACAACUACAACGACAUGGAGUAUUGUGUCUGCAGCAGUGGCACGUACUUCAAUUAAAAUUGCUCGCUUAACCACAGGAUCAGAAUAUCAGUUCCGUGUUUCUGCAGAAAAUCGCUAUGGCAAGAGCACCUAUGUUGAAACUACACCUGUUGUUGCAGAGUAUCCAUUUAGCCCUCCUGGUCCACCUGGUACUCCCCGAGUUACACAUGCAACUAAAGCCUUCAUGAUAGUAAAUUGGCAGGAGCCAGUUAAUGAUGGAGGUAGCAAAAUACUUGGCUAUCACCUUGAGCAUAAAGAAAGAAGCAGCAUCCUUUGGACUAAAGUAAAUAAAAUCCUUAUAAGUGACACACAGAUGAAGGUCACAGGCCUUGAUGAAGGACUGAUGUAUGAAUACCGUGUGUAUGCUGAAAAUAUUGUAGGAAUAGGUAAAUGUAGCAAAUCAUGUGAGCCUGUUGCUGCAAGGGACCCAUGUGAUCCCCCUGGCCAACCAGAAGUGACUAAUAUUACAAGAACUUGUGUCUCACUCUCAUGGACCAAACCAGAAUAUGAUGGUGGUGCAAAGAUCACAGGCUACAUUAUUGAGCGGAAAGAGCUACCAGAUGGCCGUUGGCUGAAAUGCAACUUCACUAAUGUACAAGAAAGGUUCUUUGAUGUAACAGGGCUUACUGAAGACCAACGAUAUGAAUUCCGUGUCAUUGCAAGGAAUGCUGCUGGACAAUUUAGUGAGCCAUCUGAAACAACUGGACCAGUGACUGUAAAGGAUGAUAUUGAAGCUCCAAGAAUUAUGAUGGAUGUCAGAUUCAGAGAUGUUGUUGUUGUUAAAGCUGGAGAGAUCUUGAAAAUCAAUGCUGAUAUUGCUGGACGUCCCUUGCCUGUAGUUUCAUGGUCAAAGGAUGGCAAAGAGAUUGAGGAAAAAGCAAGAGUUGAAAUUGUCUCUACAGAUCACACUACUGCAAUAACUGUUAAAGACUGCAUUCGACGUGAUUCAGGGCAAUAUGUACUAACAUUACAAAAUGUCGCUGGAACAAGAUCACUAGCUGUCAAUUGCAAGGUACUUGAUAGACCUGGUCCACCAGCAGCCCCACUAGAAAUCAAAGGACUUACUGCUGAGAAGUGUCACCUGUCAUGGGGACCACCUCAAGAAAAUGGCGGUGCAGAGAUCGAUCAUUAUAUUGUGGAAAAACGUGAGACCAGUAGAAUUGCGUGGACUAUUUGUGAAGCAGAGCUUCCAACAACAUCCUGCAAAGUGACAAAACUGCUUAGAGGAAAUGAAUAUAUCUUCAGGGUGAUGGGUGUUAACAAAUAUGGUGUAGGGGAACCUUUGGAAAGUGAUGCUGUCAAAGCUCUAGAUCCUUUCACUGUUCCAAGCCCACCUAAAUCUUUAGAGCUUACUAGUAUAACAAAGGAAUCCAUGACGCUUUGUUGGGCAAGACCUGACAGUGAUGGAGGAAAUGAAAUUUCUGGAUAUGUGAUUGAAAGGCGUGAGAAAAAUAGCCUCCGGUGGAUACGUGUCAACAAAAAGCCAGUUUAUGAUCUAAGGGUAAAAUCUACAGGCCUUCGUGAAGGAUGUGAAUAUGAAUAUCGAGUAUUUGCAGAAAAUGCUGCAGGUCUUAGUCUUCCUAGUGAUGUUUCACCACUAAUAAAAGCAGAAGAUCCAGUUUUCCUGCCAUCACCUCCAUCUAGGCCCAAGGUUGUGGAUUCUACAAGGUCACAUAUAACAAUUGGAUGGACAAAGCCAUUAUUUGAUGGAGGUGCCCCUAUUACUGGAUACACUGUUGAAUACAAGCUAACUAGUGAAACUAAUUGGUCAACUGCUAUCCAAAGCUUAAGAGCCACAGAAUAUACCAUAAUUGGUCUUACAUCUGGAGCUGAAUACGUUUUCAGAGUAAGUUCUGUCAAUAAAGUUGGCACUUCUGAUCCAAGUGAUAUCUCAGAACCUCAAGUAGCAAAAGAAAGGGAAGAAGAACCAGCUUUUGAUAUUGAUAACGAAAUGAGAAAGACUCUAGUUGUGAAAGCUGGUGGAUCGUUCACAAUGACUGUGCCUUUCAGAGGAAAACCUAUCCCCAAUGUACUGUGGAGUAAGCCAGAUACUGAUCUCCGUACACGAGCAAAUAUUGAUUCCUCAGAUAACCGCACCUCACUUACUGUUGAAAAAGCAACAAGGAAUGAUUCCGGAAAGUAUACAUUAACAUUACAAAACAUCGUAAGCACAGCUACUUUGACAUUAGUUGUUAAAGUUCUUGACUCACCAGGACCUCCAUCUAAUAUUGUUGUAAAGGAUGUAACAAAAGAAUCAGCUGUGUUAUCUUGGGAAGCUCCUGAGAAUGAUGGCGGUGCCCCUGUGAAGAACUAUCACAUCGAAAAACGAGAAGCAAGCAAGAAAGCUUGGGUCACUGUAACCAACAAUUGCAAUCGUCUUUCCUACAAAGUGACCCAUCUACAAGAAGGUGGAAUUUAUUACUUCAGAGUCUCUGGAGAAAAUGAGUUUGGCGUUGGAGUACCCCUUGAAACUAAAGACGGAGUUAAAAUAACAGAAAAACCAAGCCCACCAGAAAAACUGGGAGUAUCAAGCAUUAGUAAAGAUAGUGUGUCUCUUGUGUGGCUAAAACCAGAACAUGAUGGUGGAAGCAGAGUUGUAGGCUACCUCGUUGAAGCUCUGGAGAAAGGGCAGCAAAAAUGGGUCAAAUGUGCAGUAGUGAAGACAACUCAUCAUGUUGUCCAAGGGCUCAAGGAGAAUAUGGACUACUUCUUCAGAGUAUUUGCUGAAAACCAAGCUGGUCUAAGUGACCCUAAAGAGCUUCUUCUAGCUGUUACAGUUAAAGAACAACUUGAAUCUCCCGAGGUUGACAUGAAAGGUUUCCCGAACCACACAGUUUAUGUACGAGCAGGUUCAAACCUAAAGGUUGAAAUUCCACUUUCUGGAAAACCGUUGCCAAAGGUGACUUUAUCUAAAGACGGCAUUCCUCUCAAACCGACCAUGAGGUUUAACACAGAAACCACAGCAGAAAGUGUCAUCGUUAACCUUAAAGAAAGCAUGGCUGCUGAUGCGGGUCGUUAUGACAUCACCGCUGCCAACUCCAGUGGAACGACUAAAUCUUUCAUCAAGAUUGUUGUCCUAGACAGACCAGGCCCUCCUGUCGGUCCUGUUUUUGUUAGUGAUAUCACUGAAGAAAGUGUUACACUGAAGUGGGAGCCACCACGUUAUGAUGGCGGAAGUCAAGUUACCAACUACAUUGUACUGAAAAGAGAAACAAGCACUGCUGUGUGGUCUGAAGUGUCUGCAACGGUUGCCAGAAAUAUUAUUAAAGUCACAAAGCUAACGACGGGAGAAGAAUAUCAAUUCCGUAUUAAAGCAGAAAAUCGCUUUGGCAUAAGUGACCAUAUUGAUUCAGCAUGUAUAACUGUUAAUCUGCCUUACACCACACCUGGACCACCUUCCACACCAUGGAUCACCAAUGUAACCCGAGAAAGCAUCACUGUUGGGUGGCAUGAACCUGUUUCCAAUGGAGGCAAUGCUGUCAUAGGCUACCACCUGGAAAUGAAGGAUAGGAACAGUAUAUUAUGGAAGAAAGUAAACAAAAUGAUUAUACGCACAACUCACUUCAAGGCCUCCAACAUUUCCGCUGGACUUAUUUAUGAAUUCAGGGUUUAUGCAGAAAAUGCAGCUGGUAUUGGAAAAGCAAGUCAUUCAUCUGAUGCAGUACUUGCUAUUGAUGCAUGUGAGCCACCAAGAAGUCUUCGUGUCACAGAUAUUUCCAAGACAUUUGUCAGCCUUUCUUGGAUACAGCCAGCUUUCGAUGGUGGUAGCAAAAUUACCGGAUAUAUUGUCGAGAAACGCGAUCUUCCAAAUGGAAGAUGGACAAAAGCUAGCUUCACCAAUGUCAUUGAGACUCAGUUUACUGUCUCAGGAUUGACUCAGAGCUCUCAAUAUGAAUUCCGUGUUUUUACCAAGAAUGCUGCAGGUUCAAUUAGUAAUCCAUCGGAUGUCUUGGGACCUGUCACAUGUGUAGAUACAUAUGGUGCACCUGAAAUAGACGUACCACCAGAAUAUACAGAAAUGGUGAAAUACAAAGCUGGCACAGCAGUUAAGCUGAAACUUGGCAUUUCAGGAAAGCCUAUACCUACAAUUGAAUGGUUCAGAAAUGGCAAAGAAAUACAAACUAGUGCCCAGAUAUCUAUUGAAAACACCACCGAAUUUGCAUCUAUACUGAUCAAAGAUGCAACCCGUCUUAACAGUGGAAGCUAUGAACUGAAAUUAAAGAAUGCCAUGGGUUCUGCAACUGCCACCGUCAAAGUACAAAUACUUGAUAAGCCAGGACCUCCAGGUGGACCUAUACAUUUCAAAACAGUCACUGCUGAAAAGGUCACCCUUAUGUGGGAACCCCCAGCAGAUGAUGGAGGUGCCAGUAUAAGCCAUUACAUUGUUGAAAAACGUGAGACAAGCCGCGUGGUUUGGUCAAUGGUUUCAGAAAAACAAGAGCAAUGCAUUGUCACUACCACCAAAGUCAUAAAAGGAAAUGAAUAUAUAUUCCGCAUCCGAGCUGUGAAUAAGUUUGGUGCUGGUGAUCCAUUGGAAUCUGACAGUGUUGUAGCUAAGAAUGCAUUUGUUACACCUGGACAACCUAGUGUGCCGGAGGUCACCAUGAUAACCAAGCACUCAAUGACUGUACUUUGGAGCAGGCCUACGGUAGAUGGUGGCAGUGAUAUAAAUGGAUAUUACCUUGAGAGGCGUGAUAAGAAAAGUCUAAGCUGGUUCAAGGUCUCUAAGGAAACCAUCCGUGACACCAGACACAAAGUGACAGGACUAACAGAAAACAGUGAAUACCAAUUCAGAGUUUCUGCUGUGAAUGCAGCUGGCCAAGGUCCAUUCUCCGAUGCAUCUGACUUCUUCAAAGCUGCAGAUCCUAUUGACAAACCUGGACCUCCUGUUAAGCUAAAGGUUGUGGAUUCUACAAAGACGUCUGUCACACUUAGCUGGACCAAACCAGCCUAUGAUGGAGGAAGUGCAAUUACCAGCUAUGUCAUAGAAAAGAGAGAAGGAGAUGAAGAAGAAUGGGUUGUAGUCAGUGCAAGAGGAGAAGUGAGAACCACAGAAUAUGUUGUUUCUCAACUUCAGCCAGGAAUCAAUUACUACUUCCGUGUAGCUGCUAUAAAUUAUGCUGGACAAGGAGAACCUAUUGAAAUGACGGAACCUGUUCAAGCUAAAGACAUACUUGAGGAGCCAGAGAUUGAUCUGGAUGUGGCUCUCAGAACCUCCAUUGUAGCUAAGGCUGGUGAAGAUGUACGGAUAAUGAUUCCAUUUAAAGGAAGACCACCUCCAACUGUCACAUGGAGAAAGGGUGAAAAGAACCUUGGUGUUGAUGAACGAUAUAGCAUUCAGAAUACAGAAUCAUCCACGCUUCUUAGUAUUCCUCAAGUCACUCGCAAUGAUACAGGAAAAUAUGUCCUCACAAUUGAGAACGGAGUUGGAAAAUCGAAAACUUCAUUUGUGAAUGUCAAAGUGCUUGAUACACCAUCUGCAUGCCAGAGAUUGCAUCUUAAAAAUGUUUCUCGUGGAACUGUGACAUUGGUAUGGGAACCACCACUCAUCAAUGGUGGAUCUGAAGUAACAAAUUAUGUCAUUGAAAAAAGAGACGCUACAAAGAGAGCUUGGUCUUCUGUUACAGCAAAGUGCUCUAACACAUUAUUUAAGAUAACUGACCUGUCAGAGAAGACCCCAUACUUCUUCCGAGUUCUAGCAGAAAAUGAAAAUGGGUUGGGUGAACCAUGUGAAACUUCUGAACCAGUUAAAGCUGCAGAAGUCCCUGGACCUGUACAGGAUCUGGUCAUGAAAGAUUCAACAAAGACUUCUGUCACCUUACAGUGGAGCAAACCUGAAUUUGAUGGCGGUAGUAUCAUAACUGAUUAUGUUAUUGAAAAGAGACUGAAGGAAGAAACUGAAUGGUCAUUUGCAGGGACAAGUAAAGCAUGUGAAUUUGAAGUUGAAAAACUAAAGGAGCUUUCUGUUAUGGAAUUCAGAGUGUCUGCAAAGAACGAAAAAGGAAGAAGUGAUGGCGUUUCAACUGGGCCUAUUACAGUGAAAGACUAUGUAAUAAUACCUGAUGCAGACCUUUCCGAUAUACCUGGAGGACAAGUAACAGUGAGAAUAGGCUAUAAUGUACACAUUGAAUUGCCAUACAAGGGAAAGCCAAAACCAACUAUGAGUUGGCUGAAAGACAACAUGCCUCUUAAAGAAAGUGAACAGAUUCGCUUCAAGAAAACAGAAAACAAAAUCACCUUAAGCAUUAAGAAUGUGAAAAAAGAGAAUGGUGGCAAAUACACCUUAAUUCUUGAUAAUAAUGUUCACAGAAAGUCAUUCCCAAUUACAGUUAUAACACUUGGCCCUCCAUCCAAGCCAAAAGGUCCUGUAAAACUAGACGAAAUCAAAGCAGACAGUAUGGUUCUUUCAUGGGGUGCUCCUGAAGAUGAUGGAGGAGGAGAAAUUACUGGCUACAGUGUUGAGAAGCGGGAGACUUCACAAACCAAUUGGAAAAUGGUAUGUUCUAGUGCAGAAAAGACAACUUUCAAAAUUUCUAAUCUUAUUAAAGAUGCAGAGUACCAGUUCAGAAUCCGUGCAGAAAACAGAUAUGGAGUGAGCCCACCGCUUAACUCUAUAGAAGUCAUAGCAAAACACCAGUUUAAACCGCCAGGUUCACCAGGGAAGCCUGUUGUUUACAACAUAACAGCUGACGGAAUGACCAUAUCUUGGGAUGCUCCAAUGUACGAUGGCGGUGCAGAAAUUACAGGAUACCAUGUUGAAAAGAAAGAACGAAACAGCAUCCUGUGGCAAAAAGUAAAUGUUUCAUCAAUAGCUAAUAGGGAGUACAGAGUUCUUGGAUUAAUGGAUGGCUUGGACUAUCAAUUCCGUGUAUAUGCAGAAAACUCAGCUGGAUUAAGCGCUGCUAGUGAUCCAAGCAAAUUUGCCUUGGCUGUCUCUCCAGUCGAUCCACCUGGCACCCCUGAUUACAUUGAUGUGACUAGGGAAACCAUUACUCUGAAAUGGACUGCACCUCUGCGUGAUGGAGGCAGCAAAAUUGUGGGUUACAGUAUUGAGAAACGGCAAGGAAGCGGUGAUCGCUGGGUCAGAUGCAAUUUUAUUGAUGUCAGUGAAUGCCAAUACACAGUUACUGGACUUAGCCCUGGUGAUCGAUACGAAUUCAGAAUUCUUGCAAGAAAUGCCGUUGGAACGAUCAGCCCUCCUUCUCAGUCUUCAGGCUAUAUCAUGACCAGAGAUGAAGCUGUUGCACCAAAUAUUGAAUUUGGGGCCGAGCAUUUCGAAGGUCUUACAGUUAAAGCUGGAGAAAGCAUAAGACUUAAAGUUCUCAUCACAGGCCGGCCAGUUCCUCAGGUGACCUGGUUGAAAGAUGGACAAGAGAUUGACAAAAGACUUAAUAUCGAAAUAACCGAUGCCAUUGGCUAUAGCACCAUCUUUGUUCGAGAUGCAUCUCGGGACCAUCGUGGAAUAUAUAGGGUAGAAGCAAAGAAUGCAUCAGGCACCAAACAGGCAGAAAUAACCGUAAGAGUACAAGAUACUCCAGGAAAAGUGGGUGGGCCAAUACGAUUCACCAAUAUUACUGAAGAGAAGGCAACAUUAUGGUGGGAGCCUCCAGCUAAUGAUGGCUGUGCAGCAAUUACUCAUUAUGUGAUUGAAAAGCGUGAAACCAGCAGAGUAUCCUGGGCGCUAAUUGAAGACCACUGUGAAGCCUGUAGUUAUACUGCACUCAAAUUAAUAAAGGGCAACGAAUACCAGUUCCGUGUCUCCGCAGCCAACAAGUUUGGCGUUGGCAGGCCACUGGAAUCUGAUCCAUUUGUAGCUCAAGCACAUUACACUGUUCCUGACGCUCCUGGCACUCCAGAACCUAGCAAUGUAACAGGAAACAGCAUCACACUCACAUGGACAAGGCCAAAGUCAGAUGGUGGAAGUGACAUUGACCAAUAUAUCUUGGAGAGAAGAGAGAAGAAGAGCAUUCUCUGGGUCAAAGUGUCCAGCAAGAGGCCUAUUGCUGAAACUAGAUACAGAGUCACUGGCCUCACGGAAGGCAAUGAAUACGAGUUCCAGGUCAUGGCAGAAAAUAAAGCAGGAGUGGGGCCACCAAGUGGUAUUUCAAGGCUGAUAAAAUGCAGAGAGCCAGUUCAUCCACCAAGUGCUCCUACCGUUGUCAAAGUGACAGACACAUCAAAAACAAGUGUCAGCUUAGAAUGGACCAAGCCUGUCUUUGAUGGAGGACUGGAAAUCAUUGGCUACAUCAUUGACAUGUGCAAAGCUGAUUUGGGAGAGUGGCAUAAAGUCAACGCUGAGACUUGCAUUGCUACCAAGUAUACUGUGGUUGACCUAGAACCAAACGAGCACUACAAAUUCCGAGUCUGUGCUGUCAAUGGCGCAGGCAAAGGAGAAAGCUGUGAAGUUUCUGCUUCGGUGCAAACGGUAGAUAGACUCUCUUCCCCUGAACUUGAUAUUGAUGCAAGCUUCAAGCAGACUCACAUUAUCAGAGCGGGAGCAAAUAUCCGUCUCUUCAUUGCCUUCAAGGGCAGACCUGUUCCUACCGCUAUAUGGUCCAAAGCAGAUUCUGACCUUAGCGUGCGGGCUGACAUUCAUACCACAGACUCAUUUAGCACAUUAACUGUGGAGAACUGCAAUAGAACAGAUGCUGGCAAAUACGUUUUUACUGUAGAAAACAACAGUGGUAGCAAAUCUAUUGCUUUCACUGUUAAAGUCCUAGAUACUCCUGGGCCACCAGGUCCUAUUACCUUUAAGGAUGUGACCAGAGACUCUAUCACGUUAAUGUGGGAUGCCCCUGUUUUGGAUGGAGGUGCCCGUAUACAUCAUUACGUUGUGGAGAAGCGAGAAGCAAGCCGCCGCAGCUGGCAGGUUGUAAAUGAAAAAUGUACCCGGCAGAUUGCUAAGAUCACCAAUCUUGCCGAAGGUGUGCCCUAUUUUUACCGGGUUUCAGCGGAAAAUGAAUAUGGAGUAGGUGAACCAUGUGAAUUGACAGAGCCAGUUGUAGCCACUGAAGAGCCUGCACCACCUAAGAGGUUAGAUAUUGUUGAUACCACCAAAUCGUCUGUGGUCUUAGCUUGGCUUAAACCUGAUCAUGAUGGUGGCAGUCGUAUCAUUGGAUACCUACUAGAGAUGAAACAAAAGGGAUCUGACUAUUGGAUUGAAGCUGGCCAGACGAAACAGCUAACUUUUACAGUUGAAGGUCUUAUAGAGAACAACGAAUAUGAGUUCCGGAUCAAAGCAAGGAAUAAUGCUGGAUACAGUCAGGCAAGAGAAGCCUUUUCUUCUGUCAUUAUUAAAGAACCACAGAUUGAGCCCACUGCAGAUCUCAGUGGAAUAACUAGGCAACUUAUAACUUGCAAAACUGGAAGCUCCUUUACUAUUGAUAUACCAAUUAGUGGACGUCCUGUUCCAAAGGUAACAUGGAAACUUGAAGAAAUGAGACUUAAGGAAACUGAUAGAGUGACUAUCAAGACAACAAAGGUUAGAACCACGCUGACUGUUAAGGACAGCAUGAGAGGUGACUCUGGCAAAUAUUAUUUGACUCUCGAGAACACGGCCGGUGUGAAAACAUUCACCGUCACAGUUGUCGUCAUUGGAAGACCAGGUCCAGUUACGCGCCCCAUAGAAAUAUCAUCUGUGACAGCUGAAUCCUGUGUAUUGUCAUGGAAGGAACCUGAAGAUGAUGGUGGCACUGAUAUUACAAACUACAUUGUUGAAAAACGUGAAUCUGGUACAACGGCAUGGCAACUGGUAAAUUCCAGUGUCAAACGUACACAGAUCAAAGUAACUCAUCUCACCAAAUACAUGGAAUACACCUUCCGUGUCAGCUCAGAAAACAGAUUUGGGGUCAGCAAGCCAAUAGAAUCAGUACCAAUAGUAGCUGAACAUCCAUUUGUCCCACCAAGCCCACCCACUAGACCCGAGGUCUAUUUUGUUUCUUCCAAUGCCAUGUCUAUUCGGUGGGAGGAACCAUAUCAUGAUGGUGGCAGCAAAGUUGUUGGAUACUGGAUUGAAAAGAAAGAACGCAACACGAUCCUUUGGGUAAAGGAAAACAAAAGUCCAUGUACCGAAUGCAACUAUAAGAUUACAGGACUUGUGGAAGGUUUGGAAUAUCAAUUCAGAACAUAUGCAUUAAAUGCUGCUGGCGUAAGCAAGGCUAGUGAAGCUUCCAGGCCAGUAGUGGCCCAAAACCCAGUUGAUCCACCAGGUCGACCAGAGGUAACAGAUGUCACACGAUCUUCAGUGUCAUUAAGCUGGUCUUCCCCACUUUAUGAUGGCGGAAGCAAAGUUGUUGGCUAUAUUGUAGAACGCAAACCAUACAAUGAAACUGGAGAUGGCCGUUGGCUGAAAUGCAACUAUACCAUUGUCUCAGAAAACUUCUUUACCGUGACAGCUCUCGGUGAAGGAGAGGAAUAUGAAUUCCGUGUAUUGGCAAAGAACGCUGCUGGUGUGAUUAGCAAGGGUUCCGAAUCUACUGGUGCUGUUACCUGUAAAGAUGAAUACUCACCACCUAAAGCUGUGCUGGAUGCCAAAUUGCAAGGAGAUAUUGUAACAAUUAGGGCUGGAUCCGACCUUGUUCUUGAGGCAUCGAUUGGUGGAAAACCAGAACCAAAAGUCUUUUGGUCUAAGGGUGACAGAGAAUUGGACCCAUGUGAAAAGAUCUCUUUACAAUACACAAGCAAGCAUGCUGUUGCAAUCAUCAAGUUCUGUGACAGAAACGAUACCGGAAAAUACACACUAACUGUUAAAAAUGCAAGUGGAACAAAGCAAGUUGCUGUCUUAGUUAAAGUGCUUGAUUCUCCUGGUCCAUGUGCUGGCAAAAUCACCAUUAGCAGAGUAACAGAAGAGAAGUGUACCUUGGCUUGGAAAAUGCCUCAAGAAGAUGGAGGGGCAGAAAUUACCCAUUACAUCGUUGAGAGACGCGAGACCAGCAGACUGAACUGGGUUAUUGUUGAAGCUGAAUGUCCGACACUGUCAUGUGUAGUAACGAGACUUAUUAAGAACAAUGAAUACAUAUUCCGUGUAAGAGCUGUCAACAAGUACGGACCAGGCGUUCCUCUUGAAACUGAACCCAUUAUUGCUAGAAAUUCAUUCACUAUUCCAUCACCCCCUGGAGCACCUGAAUCAGUGGGUGUUGGCAAAGAACAUAUCAUUAUUCAGUGGCUGAAACCAGAGUCAGAUGGGGGUAAUGAGAUCAGUACCUAUCUUGUAGACAAACGAGAAAAGAGAAGUCUACGCUGGACACGGGUUAACAGAGACUACAUCAUUUAUGAUACGAGGUUGAAAGUUACUAAUCUAAUGGAAGGCAGUGAAUACCAAUUCCGUGUCACUGCUGUUAAUGCUGCUGGUAACAGUGAGCCUAGUGAUGUUUCUCCAUACAUUUUCUGCAAAGAUCCAUCAUACACUCCAGCACCACCUUCACCUCCAAGAGUUGUGGACACUACUAAGACCAGCAUAAGCUUGGCUUGGACAAAGCCCAUGUAUGAUGGUGGAGUUGAUAUAUUAGGCUAUGUUCUUGAAAUGAAAGAAGAAGGUACUGAACAAUGGUAUAGAGCACAUAGUACUGCCACCAUAAGGAAUGCCGAAUUCACUGUGAUUGGUCUUAAAACAAGCCAGAAAUACCGCUUUAGAGUGGCUGCCACCAAUGUAAAUGGAAUGAGUGAAUACAGUGAGUCAACUGCUGAAAUAGAACCAGUGGAACGGCUAGAAAUUCCAGAUCUUGAGCUUGCUGAGGAUCUGAAGAAGAUCGUUACUGUUAGAGCAGGAGGCUCUUUACGUCUCAUGGUAUCGGUAUCUGGCAGACCAGCGCCAAUGAUUGCCUGGCGCAAAGAGGGUGUUGACCUGGCAAAUCGGGGUAUUAUUGACACAACAGACAGCUAUACGCUGUUGGUUGUGGAUAAAGUUAAUCGGUACGAUGCUGGAAAAUAUGUCAUUGAGGCCGAAAAUCAAUCAGGAAAGAAAUCGGCAACAAUUCUUGUAAAAGUCUAUGACACUCCUGGCCCACCAGGAUCAGUGAGAGUCAAAGAAGUCUCAAAGGAGUCUGUGACAAUUACUUGGGAAAUUCCUACUAUUGACGGUGGAGCUCCGAUCAACAACUAUAUAAUUGAGAAACGUGAGGCUGCCAUGAGAGCUUACAAGACAGUGACUACUAAAUGUAACAAAACCAUUUAUAGAAUUUCUGGACUCCUCGAAGGAGCUCUAUACUAUUUCCGAGUACUUCCAGAAAAUAUCUAUGGUAUUGGUGAACCCUGUGAGACGUUAGAUGCGAUGCUUGUGUCAGAGGUUCCAAGUGUGCCUCAAAAACUGGAGGUGGUUGAUGUUACCAAAUCAACUGUAUCACUUGCAUGGGAAAAACCACAGCAUGAUGGCGGCAGCAGGCUAACUGGCUAUGUGGUUGAGGCCUGUAAAGCUGGAACCGAAAGGUGGAUGAAAGUUGUAACACUAAAGCCUACAAUACUUGAGCACACAAUAAUUUCAUUAAAUGAAGGCGAACAAUACUUGUUUAGAGUCAGAGCACAAAAUCAGAAGGGUGUGUCCGAACCAAGAGAGAUAGUCACAGCAGUGACUGUACAAGAACUAAAAGUUCUACCUGCAAUUGAUCUUGCUGGAAUACCUCAAAAGACCAUUCAUGUACCUGCUGGUAGACCUGUAGAACUAGCUAUUCCAAUUUCUGGACGACCACCUCCAGCUGUUUCUUGGUUCUUUGCUGGCUCUAAACUAAGAGAAUCAGAACGGGUCAAGGUUGAAACAGUCGCUAAGACAGCUAAAUUAACUAUUCGUGAAACCACAAUACGUGACACUGGAGAAUACACACUUGAACUGAAGAAUACAACUGGAACUGCUCUUGAAAGAAUAAAAGUUAUUAUUCUUGACAAACCUGGACAACCCAUUGGACCUAUUAAAAUAGUUGAUAUUGACUCAACUUUUGUAACAAUUUCCUGGGAACCACCUGAGAUGGAUGGGGGUGCAACAUUAAGUGGCUAUGUGGUGGAACAACGUGAUGCUCACCGUCCAGGAUGGUUACCAGUGUCUGAAUCUGUAACUCGGACAAUGUUUAAGUUUUCUAAACUUACCGAGGGUGCCGAGUACGUGUUCCGUGUGGCUGCCACAAACCGCUUUGGCAUUGGAUCUUACUUGCAGUCUGAAAUUAUUGAAUGCAAGAGCAGAAUCAGUAUUCCUGGCCUUCCUGGCACCCCAGAAGUGUUUGAUAUCUCUCGUGAUGGAAUGACACUUACUUGGUAUCCACCAGAAGAGGAUGGUGGUUCACAGAUCUCUGGUUAUAUUGUGGAGCGCAAAGAAGUGAGAUCAGACAGAUGGGUCCGUGUAAAUAAAAUUGCAGUGACUAUGACACGCUACCGAUCUACUGGGUUGAUAGAAGGACUGGAGUAUGAACACCGUGUCACCGCUAUCAAUGCUCGGGGCACUGGCAAACCAAGUCGAGCUUCCAAGCCUGCAGUUGCUAUGGAUCCAAUUGCUCCUCCAGGCAAACCUCAGAAUCCAAGAGUUACAGAUACUACAAGAACAUCCAUUUCUCUGGCUUGGAGCCCACCAGAAGAUGAAGGCGGGUCUAAAGUCACUGGCUACUUGAUUGAAAUGCAAAAGGUUGAUCAGUUUGAAUGGACCAAAUGCAACACCACUCCCACCAAGAUCCGUGAAUACACUCUAACGCACCUUCCUCAAGGUGCAGAGUAUAGAUUCCGUGUUAUGGCCUGUAAUGCUGGUGGCCCUGGUGAACCUGCGGAGGUACCAGGAACAGCCAAAGUGACUGAAAUGCUUGAAUAUCCUGAUUAUGAACUUGAUGAAAAAUACCUGGAAGGUGUCUUUGUAAGACAAGGUGGCGUAAUUAAACUUUCAGUUCCAAUCAAAGGAAAGCCCAUUCCGAUAUGCAAGUGGACUAAAGAAGGGCAUGAUGUUAUCAAGAGAGCGAUGAUUGCCACUUCUGAAUCAGAUACUGAACUUGUGAUAAAAGAUGCAGAAAGAGAAGAUUCUGGUACCUAUGAUUUGACGCUUGAGAACAAAUGUGGCAAGAAGGUUGUCUACAUCAAAGUCAGAGUGAUUGGCAUUCCAAAUCCACCAGAAGGACCACUUGAAUAUGAUGACAUACAAGCACGCUCUGUUAGAGUCAGCUGGAAACCUCCAACAGAUGAUGGCGGAGCAGAUCUACUGGGAUACAUUGUUGAGAGGCGUGAAGUACCGAAGACUGCCUGGUACACUGUGGAUUCCAGAGUAAAGGGUACAUCCCUAGUCGUGAAGGGACUCAAAGAAAAUGUGGAAUAUCACUUCCGGGUUUAUGCUGAAAACCAGUUUGGUGUAAGCAAGUCCCUGAAAUCCGAAGAGCCAGUUGUGCCAAAAACACCAUUGCAUCCUCCAGAGCCUCCAAGUUAUCCACCAGAGAUACUCGAUGUCACAAAGAGUUCUAUUAGUUUAUCUUGGUCCAGACCUAGAGAUGAUGGUGGUUCUCGUGUCACUGGCUACUAUAUUGAACGUAAAGAGACAUCUACUGAGAAAUGGGUCAGGCACAACAAGACUCACAUCACAACUACAAUGUAUACAGUCACAGGGCUGGUUCCAGAUGCUGAAUAUCAGUUCCGUAUUGUGGCCCAAAAUGAUAUUGGCGAGGGUGAACCAAGCCCUGCUUCUGAGCCAGUUGUGUGCAAGGAUCCAUUUGACAAACCAAGCCAGCCGGGAGAAAUUGAGAUCAUAUCUAUAUUUAAGGAUAGCAUUACUUUAGAAUGGGAGCGUCCUGAAUGCGAUGGUGGUAAAGAUAUCAUUGGAUACUGGGUUGAAUAUCGCCAGUCUGGAGAAUCUGCAUGGAAAAAGUGCAAUAAAGAACGCAUCAAAGACAGGCAGUUUACAAUGGGAGGCUUAUUGGAAGCCACAGAAUAUGAAUUCAGAGUUUUUGCAGAAAAUGAGACUGGAAUCAGUAGACCACGUAGAACAGCAAUGACAGUGAAGACAAAACUGACAUCUGGAGAAGCACCAGGAGUAAGACAAGAGAUGAAGGAUGUCACUACAAAUCUAGGUGAACCAGCUCAGUUAUCAUGCCAGAUCCUUGGGAGACCUCUUCCCGAUAUUAAAUGGUAUCGUUUUGGCAAAGAACUCGUACAGAGCAGAAAAUACAAGAUGUCAUCAGACGGACGCACCCACACACUGACAGUACUCACAGAAGAGCAGGACGAUGAAGGAGUUUACACUUGCAAGGCUAUCAAUGAUGUUGGAGAGAUUGAAACUAGUGGCAAACUAUUGUUGCAAGCUCCUCCCCAGUUCCACCCUGGCUUCCCAUUGAAAGAGAAAUACCUUGCAGGAGUGGGUUCCACUCUUCGCCUCCAUAUUGUAUACAUCGGUCGUCCAGUACCUGCUAUCACUUGGUUCCAUGGCAAGAAACCUUUGAAAAACACAGAAAAUAUUACUAUUGAGAACACAGAGCAUUAUACCCAUCUCGUCAUUAAAAAUGUACAACAUAAGACCCACGCAGGAAAGUACAAAGUGCAACUUAGUAACAUAUUUGGAACAGUUGACACGGUACUCAAUGUGGAAAUACAAGAUAAGCCUGAUAAACCAACAGGUCCAAUUGUUGUGGAAGCUUUGCUGAAGAACUCUGUGGUCAUCAGCUGGAAGCCACCGGAAGAUGAUGGAGGUGCCUUCGUUACCAAUUACACUGUCGAGAAAAGAGAAGCAAAAGAAGGCACAGAGUGGCAGCUGGUAUCUUCAAGCAUUUCUAGCACAACCUGUAGAAUCGUCAACCUAACAGAAAAUGCAGGCUACUAUUUCCGUGUCUUUGCUCAGAAUACAUUUGGCAUGAGUGAAGCAUUAGAGGUUUCUUCUGUUGUUGUCAUCAAGACUCCGUUUGAGAAACCAGGCCACCCAACUCAGCCAAUUGUAUCUGCUGUGACAAAAGAUUCCUGUGUGGUAUCUUGGAGGCCACCUGCUAGUGAUGGAGGCUCAAAGAUCAGAAAUUACUACCUCGAGAAACGUGAAAAGAAGCAAAACAAAUGGAUUGCUGUAACAACAGAAGAAAUCCAUGAAACCGUCUAUUCUGUCACCAGUCUUGUUGAAGGCCUUGAAUAUGAGUUCCGUGUAAAAUGUGAAAAUCUAGGUGGUGAAAGUGAAUGGAGUGAAAUUUCACAACCUAUCACUCCCAAAUCUGAUGUACCAAUUCAGGCACCACAUUUCAAGGAAGAAAUCAGAAACCUGAAUGUGAAAUUUAGAGGUCAUGCCACAUUUGUUUGCAAAAUCACCGGUCAUCCUAAGCCUGUUGUAAAAUGGUUCAGGCAGGGCAAAGAGAUUAUGCCAGAUGGUGAGAAGGUGAAGAUACAAGAAUUUAAGGGUGGAUAUCACCAACUGGUAAUUACAGAUGUAACAGAUGAUGAUGCCACUGUAUAUCAAGUGAGAGCAACCAACCAGGGAGGAUCUGUGUCUGGGACUGCUUCUUUAGAUGUUGAAGUUCCUGCUAAGAUCCACUUGCCUAAAAAUCUUGAAGGCAUGGGAGCCGUUCACGCUCUCCGUGGUGAAGUUAUAAGCAUCAAAAUCCCAUUUAGUGGCAAGCCUGAUCCAGUGAUCACAUGGCAGAAAGGACAAGAUCUCAUUGAUACUAAUGGACACUACCAAGUUAUUGUUACACGGUCAUUCACAUCUCUUGUUUUCCCUAAUGGUGUGGAUAGAAAAGAUGCUGGUUUCUACAUUGUCUGUGCUAAAAACAGGUUUGGCAUUGAUCAGAAAACUGUUGAGUUAGAUGUCGCAGAUGUACCUGAUGCACCAAGAGGUCUGAAAGCAAGUGAAGUUUCAAGGGACUCGGUCAACUUAACAUGGAAUGCUCCAGCUAAUGAUGGUGGAAGCAGAGUCACACACUAUACUGUUGAGAAACGUGCUACCACAGCUGAGAGGUGGAUCCGUGUUGGACAAGCUCGUGACACACGAUACACUGUAGUAAACCUAUUUGGUAAAACAAGCUAUGUAUUCCGUGUUAUAGCAGAGAAUAAAUUUGGGCAGAGCAAACCUUCUGAGCCUACAGAUUCCGUUAUAACCAAGGAGGAUAAGACUAGAGUACUAAAUUACGAUGAAGAAGUUGAUGAGGCCAGGGAAGUCACCACAGCAAAAGCAUCACACUCUUCUACAAAGGAACUGUAUGAUAAAUAUAUGAUUGCUGAAGAACUUGGACGUGGGCAAUUUGGAGUUGCCCACCGCUGUGUUGAGAUAACUUCUAAGAAGACCUAUCUGGCCAAGUUUGUCAAAGUAAAAGGUGCUGAUCAAGUGUUAGUAAAGAAAGAAAUUUCCAUCCUAAACAUUGCCAGGCACAGAAAUAUCCUACAUCUUCAUGAAUCAUUUGAAAGCCUAGAAGAAUUGGUCAUGAUUUCUGAGUUCAUAUCUGGAGUUGACAUCUUUGAAAGACUUAAUACCCCUGCAUUUGAACUGAAUGAAAGAGAAAUUGUAAGCUAUGUACGUCAAGUAUGUGAAGCACUUGAAUUCCUACACAGUCAUAGCAUUGGGCACUUUGAUAUCAGGCCAGAGAACAUUAUUUACUUUACCAGAAGAAGCUCUGUAGUUAAAAUUAUUGAAUUUGGCCAGGCAAGGCAGCUGAAACCUGGUGAUAAUUUCAGACUUCAAUUUACUUCUCCGGAAUAUUAUGGACCUGAAGUCCAUCAGCAUGAUUUGGUCAGCUCAGCCAGUGAUAUGUGGUCACUUGGAACUCUAGUGUAUGUACUUCUAAGUGGCCUGAAUCCUUUUAUUGCUGAAACAAACCAACAGACAAUUGAAAAUAUCAUCAGUGCUGAAUACAACUUUGAUGAUGAAGCCUUCAAAGAUAUAAGUAUUGAAGCCUUGGACUUUGUUGACCGCCUGCUAGUAAAAGAAAGGAAAGCUCGUAUGACUGCUUCAGAUGCCCUUGAACAUUCUUGGUUGAAGCAGAGGACAGAGAAAACUAGCACAAAAGUAAUCAAAACAUUGAGACACAGACGUUACUACCAAACCUUAGUGAAGAAGGAAUGGAAUACAGUUGUAUCAGUAGCCCGUGUUUCAUGGGGUGGAGCAGUCAGAUCUCAGAGGGGUGUUACAGUUGCUAAGGUUAAAGUGGCAUCGAUUGAAAUUGGACCCAUAACUGGGCAGAUAAUGCAUUCUGUUGGAGAAGAAGGUGGUCAUGCCAAGUAUGUCUGCAAGAUUGAAAACUAUGACUCAGCCACAGAAGUGACCUGGUACUUCGGAGUAAGACAACUGGAGAACAGUGAAAAAUAUGAAAUCAGCUACCAUGAAGGAGUGGCCACAAUGUAUGUCAAAGAUAUUGCAAAAUCAGAUAAUGGUACCUACAGAUGCAAAGUUGCUAAUGACUAUGGUGAAGACAGUUCCUAUGCAGAACUAUUUGUUAAAGGUGUGAGAGAAGUUUCUGACUAUUACAGAUGCAGAACUGUCAAGAGAGUGAAACGCCGAGUAGAUACCUUGAGACUCUUGGAGAGGCCACCCGAAUUUACUCUGCCUCUGUAUAACCAUACAGCCUAUAUUGGAGAAAAUGUCAGGUUUGGAGUAACUAUCACAGUCCAUCCAGAACCUCGUGUAACCUGGUUCAAAUCUGGUCAGAAGAUCAAGCCAGGAGAUGACGAUAGGAAGUAUACUUUUGAAACUGAUAAGGGUCUUUAUCAGCUUUUCAUCCAUAAUGUCAACGAGGAUGAUGAUGCCGAAUAUACUGUGCUAGCACGCAACAAAUAUGGUGAGGACAGCUGCAAAGCUAAGUUAACUGUUGUUCAGCAUGCUCCCUCAGAGGAUACCACCUUGAGACCCAUGUUCAAGAGACUAUUAGCAAAUGCAGAAUGCCAAGAAGGCCACAGUGUCUGCUUUGAGAUAAGAGUAUCUGGUAUACCAAAACCAACACUAAAAUGGGAAAAAGAUGGUCAGCCUCUAUCUGCUAGCCCCAAUAUUGAAAUUGUACAUGAAGGGUUAGACUAUUAUGCUUUGCAUAUCAGAGAUACUCUACCAGAAGACAGCGGUUAUUAUAGAGUUACUGCAACAAAUAGUGCUGGAUCCUCAAGCUGCCAGGCUUACUUGAAAGUAGAGCGCUUGAGAUACGUCAAACGUGAAUACACCAGUGUAGAAGAGCAGCAAAAACUCGUACAGAGGAGAAUUGACAAAACAGUGAGAAUGGCAGAAAUCCUUUCAAGAACCGAAUCUGUCCCACUGACAGACGUAGCACAGGAAGCUCUGAGACAAGCUGCUAUCCUGUAUAAACCAGCUGUAACCACAAAGACUGUCAAAGGUGAAUUUGAACUCAGAAAGGAAGAAAUUAAAGAAGAAAGGAGGCUCCGAAUGCCUUAUGAGAUCCCAGAGCCUCGCAGACGUGCAGCCACUGCUCUUGAAGAAGAUCAGAAUAUCAAAUUGUUUGUGCCGAUGUCAGACAUGAAGUGGUACAAGAAGCUGAGAGACCAGUAUGAGAUGCCAGGAAAGCUUGACAGAAUCGUUCAGAAGCGACCAAAGCGCAUUCGCCUUUCCAGAUGGGAACAAUUCUAUGUGAUGCCGCUGCCACGCAUUACUGAUCAAUAUAAACCUAAGUGGCGCAUACCCAAAUUGUCACAAGAUGAUCUUGAAAUAGUGAGACCAGCACGCCGACGUACCCCAUCUCCUGAUUAUGAAUUUUAUUACAGACCAAGAAGGCGAUCGCUUAGUGACCUGUCAGAUGAAGAAAUACUUCUGCCUGUGGAUGAUUAUUUAGCCAUGAAGAGAACUGAAGAAGAAAGAUUGCGGCUUGAAGAAGAACUGGAAUUAGGCUUUUCUGCUUCACCUCCAAGCAGAAGCCCACCACGAUUUGAACUGUCUUCCCUUCAUUACUCUGCAGCAGAUGCACAAGCUGCCACAGAAGCAUCUAGGCAAAGAGAGCUGAGAUAUGGAACCUAUCAUAUACCUUCUAAAGAAGAUACUGCUGCAACUUAUGCCCAGCUCCGACAACGCCACGACAGAGCAAUUUAUAGGCCAUCGAAACAGAAAGAGAGAAUCAUGGCUGAGAAAGAGGAUGAAGAGCUGCUACGACCAGUCACCACAACCAAGCGGCUCUCAGAGUACAAGAGUGAGCUUGAGUAUAUGUCACAAGAAGAACAGAGACGAUUGAGGAGGAGGAGAGAAAGAGAAAUAACUGAGAUCACAUCAAAAGAGGAAGAAGAGGAAUUAGAAAUGGUGAGACAUGUUCACAGGGAAUUUUCACCUCCCUCAAGAUUACUAGGAAGAAGACGCUCUCUUUCUCCAACUUACAUUGAGCUAAUGCGCCCUGUAUCUGAAUUAAUUCGACCCCGUUCACACCCUGUGGAAGAAACUGAGAGAAGAUCACCUACACCAGAGAGAACUCGGCCUCGCUCGCCAAGUCCAGUGUCCAGUGAGAGAUCUCUCUCUCGAUUUGAAAGAACAGCAAGAUUUGAUAUAUUUUCCAGGUAUGAGUCCAUGAAAGCUGCUUUGAAAACUCAAAAAACAAUGGAAAGGAAAUAUGAAGUUCUGACUCAAGAACCUUUCACUCUGGAUCAUGCCCCACGCAUCACUCUGAGGAUGCGCUCACAUCGCGUACCAUGUGGCACCAACACCAGAUUCAUUUUGAAUGUCCAGUCCAAACCAACUGCUGAGGUGAAAUGGUAUCAUAAUGGGGUUGAAAUACAAGAAAGCCAUAAGAUACAUUUCACUAAUACUAGUGGUGUGUUAACCUUGGAGAUCCUAGAUUGCCAUAUUGAUGACAGUGGUACAUACCGUGUUGUGUGUACAAACUAUAGAGGAGAAUGUUCUGACUAUGCAACUUUAGAUGUUACAGGCGGAGACUACACUACUUAUACCUCCCAACGUAGAGAUGAGGAAGUACCCAGAUCCAUUAUCCCUGACUUGAGAAGGACUGAGGCGUAUGCAAUCUCCUCAUUUAAGAAAGUCUCUGAAACAGAAGCAAGGGCUUCCGUAAGAGAAGUCAAGUCAGAACUGACAGAAACAAGAGAAUCACUAUCAUCGUAUGAACAUCAUGCCUCUGCCGAAAAGAAAGUCAGUGCAUCAGAGGAAAGAUCACUAGAAGAAAGAGCUGUGCACCGAAAAUUUAAAACCACUCUUCCUGCUACAAUAUUAACAAAACCACGGUCAAUCACUGUUUCUGAAGGAGAGACUGCAAGAUUUUCUUGUGACAUUGAUGGGGAGCCAACACCAACAGUGACAUGGAUACAUGCAAGUCAAGCUAUUGUUUCUGCUGGGCGCUACCAAGUUACACGUACACAAUAUAAAUCUACCUUUGAGAUUUCAUCUGUCCAGAGCUCAGAUGAAGGAAGCUACACUGUUGUGGUAGAAAAUUCUGAAGGAAGGCAGGAAGCCCACUUCAGUUUGACUGUACAAAAGAAAAGGGUUCCAGAAAAAGCAAUUACAUCACCUCCAAGGGUCAAAUCUCCUGAGCCUCAUGUGAAGUCCCCAGACAGAGUAAAAUCUCCGAAACGAGUAAAAUCACCUGAACCGUCUCCUGCCCCCUCAAAAGCCAAGUCAACAACUGCAGGGAAAACAACACCAGCAGAGAAAGUAGACUUGCCAGUUGCUGUUCCUCCUAAGAUUAAACAGCAGCUGAAGGUGGAAGCAUCAGGUGAUAAAGUAAAAUUAUUCUGUUCAGUUGAAAGCAGUGUUUUAAGUGUCCGAGAAGUAGCCUGGUACAAAGAUGGCAAGAAACUAAAAGAAGAUAGUCGUCUCAAAUUUCAUUAUGCAGCUGAUGGCACAUAUGAACUUAAGAUCCAUAAUCUCAAGGAAUCUGACCAAGGUGAAUAUACAUGUGAGGUCAUUGGAGAAGGUGGCACCUCUAAAACCAACUUCCAGUUCGUUGGCCAAACUUUUAAAAAUGUCAGUUCUCAGGUUUCAAGUUUAGCCCAAACUGAAAUAUCAGCUCAGAGAGAAGCUGAAAUACUUGAAGUAUCUACUCAGAAGAAAGCUACAGUGACUUCCCAAGAAAAGGCAGUGGUCCAGGAGGAAUUCGUUAAAAAGUCUGUAGUGUCUGAAGAUGUUAAAAAAUCUUAUGCAGAAGUUAAAUCUACUACCACUAAAAUGGCUGUGUCAGAAGGUCAAAAGGCUACCCUUAAAGCAAGUAUUGCUGGAGCUUCUGAUGUAAAAUGGUUGCUGAAUGGAAUAGAACUAACUAAUUCUGAAGAUUAUAGAUAUGGUGUGUCAGGAAGUGAUCAUACUCUGACCAUCAAAAAAACAACACAGAAAGAUGAAGGAAUACUUACCUGUGAAGGAAAGACCGAACAGGGCAUCAUCAAAUGUCACUUUGAAAUGAGUUUUUCAAAAGAUGAUUCAAAUAUUCCAGUUUUUAUCAUGCAACCCAAAUCUCAAAACAUCGAUGAAGGACAAGAUGUGUCGCUUACGUGUGAAGUCUCUGGAGAGCCUUCUCCUGAAAUCAACUGGUUUAAGGAUAACCAACCAAUUUCUCUCUCAGCCAACAUCCGAGUAAGUCGUUCCAAGAAUGUUUAUUCUCUUGCAAUCCACAAAGCCGCAGUGAGCGACAGUGGGAAAUACACAGUCAAAGCGAAAAACUUUCAUGGGCAAUGUUCUGCAACAGCAUCUCUGACUGUCCUCCCUCUAAUUGAAGAACCUCCAAAAGAGGUAGUGUUGAGGACAAGUGGUGAUGCAAGCAUGCAGGAAAGUUUCUCCUCGCAGUCAUUUCAAAUGUCUGCUUCUAAACAAGAAGCUUCGUUCAGCAGUAGCAGCAGUAGCAGCAUGACUGAAAUGAAAUUUGCAAGCAUGUCUGCCAAAAGCAUGUCUUCCAUGAAAGAUUCCUUUGUAGAGAUGAGCUCCAGCAGUAUAAUGGGGAAAUCUAGCCUGACCCAACUGGAGAGUUCAACUAGUAGAAUGAUUAAACCAGGUUUGAGAGGAAUACCACCCAAAAUUGAAGCUCUUCCCAAUGAUAUCUCCAUUGAGGAAGGAAAGGUUCUCACCAUAUCCUGUGCCUUCUCUGGUGAACCUGUUCCUGACAUAACAUGGUCCUGCGGAGGAAAAGACAUUUCUAGUCAGGGUGGUAGAUUCCACAUUGAAACCAGUGAAGAUUUAACCACUCUCAUCAUCAUGGAUGUGCAAAAAAAUGAUGGAGGACUUUAUACAUUGAAUUUAGGAAAUGAUUUUGGCACUGAUUCUGCCACUGUGAAUAUUAACAUUCGAUCGAUUUAGAAGGCUUGGCCUAUUUUAUUUACACUUGACUUUUGCCAAGUGAUUCAUAUGCACUGAAAUAAGUGAUCUGUAAAUAUAUAUUUUUAAAAAAAUAUUUUUAUACCUACCUGAACCAGACAAAGUCCAAAGAAAUACACUAUGACUUAUAGUCAUUAUCAUUUGACUUUGAAACAUUUUUUUUCAUUUGACAUGUACAUACUGUAUAUAGCCGAAGAUAACGGUUAUGGAGUUUUGUACCAUUUAUUUUAUGACAUUUUAAAAUGUAACUUUUGGAACUGUUGGUAGGAGAAAGUUUCUUAGGGAACGAAUACCCUGCUCAACAUUUAACUAAUAUUUGUGCCUCAACAAAAUGUUGAUGUCUAAGAAUGCCUCAACAGGUAGAGAGGCUCCCUGUUGAAGACUUAUUUACCUACAUCUAAGAGAUUAUGCUGUGCACGGUUUCUUUAUACGUGCACGAAUUUAUUUUGAAUCAGAAACAUAAGGCAUUGGUGAGGUUUGCACAUACCCUCCUGUAAGCCACACUUUAAUAUCUUAUGUUCCGUCUGAUCAAUGUCAAACUAUAUUUUGUUCAUGACUGACUCACAAUACUUUGAGCAAAGUGCAAACGGCCAGCAUUUUGUUCACCACCUGUUAAUGUAUUGUUUCUGGCACAUUGACUGCUUGAAUAGCUUUACGAUAAAGUAACAUCACCUGGCUAUCCCCUUGAUUAAGAAAGCUGUUUGGGUACUCAAGUCCAGAAGCAGUACCAACUCUUGGAGGUUCCUAGGAUGCAGUGAUUGUGUGGUAGCAUUAGGAUUUUACUAGAUACUGUCAACUCCAAGCAACUAAGCUUUGAACCACAGUUUAAAGAAAAAUUUAAAACUGUUGCUAUAACAUCACAUUUUGCCCUGAACUUAAAUUUUAAUUAGUUUAAUUAAUGUAGUAGUAAACUGUACUGUUAGCUGUUUUGUUGAACCUCCUUGAGAUAGUAUUGUUCAUUUGAAAUAAAGCAUGCUACCUGCACUUCA